GCGAGGCGUGGCACAUCAGAGCGGCUGUAAGUGUUCUAUCUCUGCUUCCCUUCCCUCCGUGGCUAUCGUUAGAGAUCCAGCCUUUACAAUCAUUGAUGUGUUGGAGCCGGGGAUUUGCACAGGAAGGGGGCAUCCUUAGAGGGCUCGCUUUAUUUUUUUGCCCACCUUAUUGCUGAUCAGCAGAAUGUAUAGGGGAGGAGAGGGGCAGGAUUUUUGAAAAUCUAAGUCAUUUCCUGUUAAGGAUCAUUUCCUGGUUAAGACCCAGAUAUCAGCUGCUGUGCUGUUCCCAUACACAAUAUUCAAUUUAAUACUUCAUGGAUCUAAUUGCUUCAAAGCAUCUCAAUCUCCUGCAAGGUUGAUGUGCUGAGGGACUGCCUGUGAUGCAUGUUUUUGGAGAGCAUGCUUGGCUUCCAUUUAUGUAGCAUUUAAUGGGAUAUUUCAAUUUCUACCCUGACUCCAUCGCUGGUAUAGGGUUGGUUAUACUAACCCGGCAUAAUUAGUUUAUGCAGGACUGUCACCGUUUUAAUAUAUGUAUAUGCAUGUUAACCCCUGCUGCAGUUUAAGUGGAGAAUUCUUCUUUAUUUAUUUUUUUCUGCCAUUUUUGUUUAGAACAUUAUAUUUAGGGCGUGAUAGCUAUUGAAUGAAAUCAUUCAUCUGAUCUUGUGGGAGGCAUCAUUUUGCUUGUAGAAGACUUUUGGGGGUCAAUAUCAUGAAGAAGUUUUUUGACUCCCGGCGUGAACUUGGGGGAGCAGGAUCUGGAGUCGGUGGUGGGUCAUCCAGUGGCUUAGGGACCGGUUACAUCGGACGAGUCUUUAAUAUUGGGCGACACCAAGUGACAGUGGAUGAAGUUUUGGCUGAAGGUAACAUUUUAUAUUUGCAGUGCAUAUUUUUCCAGUUGAAACCAUAUCAAAGUAUUAUAUGGGGUGAUUUUACAAAGUAGAGAUGUGAUAGGUUGAUGGGGAGGUAUACAUAUUCCUUAAUAGUAUUUAAUUGCUUAACCUUUUAUUCUAGAUAAAUGCUUGCGAAAGCACCAAGGGGUUAAAUAAUAUUGCUGUUUACAGCAGGUAUGUGUUAUCAGGGGUAAAUGUUGGAAACAUGUACUUGUUAAUAUUCAUUCACACUGCCUUUAGUAGACAUGUAUUCAAAUAUUCACACAUACGUAAUAUUGCAGUUAUUUUCCUGGUCUUUAUAGCCCAUGAAAGUACAGAGGUCAUGAAAAAACACCGGCCCUAACUGUCUAAGCAGGUCUGUUCCAGGUUAUUGACUUAGACCUCCCAUAAUUCUUCUCAACCCUAUGCCUGGCAGAGAAUGAUAGGGGUCAUAGACCAACAACAUUAGGAUUUCCUACAUAGGGCCAUCAUUUUGUUGUGCAAAGUACUCCUUGUGUUUGCAGUAAAUACAUGGGAGUCCAGAUUGAGAGAGAAUACAAAACAAUAUUCCAAAAUUGUGGAAAUUACCAAUACAAUCCAUUUGUGCAAAAGAAACGCAUGCCCUCGAACUAGUGCAAUGCUUUGCCCAAUUUGGGCCAGCUAGAGACCUAAAUCAUCUUGUAAUACGAUCUUUUGUGUAGUUGGUCAAGAAAGAAGUGUGCAGACCAUGAUGUGUGGUUAUUGACAGGGUUAUUCAUAAAAAUAGACAUUAUUGGGAAAUGAUGGGGAAAAAUGGAUGCAGUUUUUAUUCCAUUAUGGCUAAAUAAAAUGUACUAUGACCAAUCCAGUUCCAAGUCUGCUGAAGAUAGUGUAUGUGGGUAUUGGUUAGAGUGCCUGUUCCUAAAUAUUUGAAAGGGGAUUAAUAGCAACCUAUGUGAACUAUGUAGUACUUGCUUCUAGUAUGUACUGUAUUGGAAAGAUCGGUUCUUCUGUUAUGAUAGCUGGAUUGUCACUUGUGGAGUCCAAAACCAAGCAAUGGCUAAUGGCCAUUGUAACAGUCAAGCAUCAUGGGAAAUUGAGUUCACAAAAAAUCUGGGUUUUGAAGAUAACUCCGCAAUAACUCUUGUAACAAAAGUUUGUUUAUUGAAAAACAUAAAACAAGCUAUAGAUUUGUUUAUUGCGUUCAUAGUUUUGUCUGUGCCAUACUUGAGAAAAGUUUUCUUUUUUAUUUUUUUUUUUGGAGGAACUGCUAAAUCUCUCAUAUACAUUUUUCAGAACCAUUUUUGUCUUUCAUUCACAAUUUUUGUCAUAAAGCAGUAUAUUACUCUUAAAAUCCGAAUUUGCCCCUUUGUUAUUGACAAAUUCUACUUCCUUUCACUAUGACUAUUUUAGGCAUAGCUGAUAUUUGCUGGAUCGAAUAUUGUGUAUGAAGGGUAUUUAAUGGGUAUUUAAAGUUGCAAUCACAAGUUGUAUAAGCAAAGUUUAUGCACUCUUCCACAUAUUGAAGUGGUUAUUAUGCAAGGUCCCUUUUCCUGCAGCUUUUCAUUUGACAGAUUUGUUAAACUGACAAAACAGGGCUUUAAAGCAGAACACCGAAGCCAAAACAACCCAUAAGGCACACCUCAUUAGUGGCCGGAGCACUCUAUGGACUUGCAAGCGAUGACUGCCUGCCAGUUCCUCUCUGUCAGAUCUGGUAUAAGUUGGUAUCCAAGCUGACAAGUGUAAUUCCUGGCUUUCUUGAGGUGGAGCUAUAAACACUGCCUCUAGGUCUUUUUUUUUUAUGUAUAUACUGUAAAUGUUUUUUUUAUUUUAUUUUUUUUAUUUUUACAAAUUUAACAAACUGGGUCCUGGGUUAACUAGUGAGGAAGGCUGAACUUGAUGGACACGUCUCUUUUCAGCUUAUGUAACUAUUUCAGUAACUAAUACUUUGAAAACUUCAAGUAGUUGUGGUGUGUAGAGUUUCCCUUUAAGGCUUAUAUCUAUUAAACUCAUAUCUUUGUGUUCCGUUCUCUCCUGAACUGGAUCACAGAUUUAGAAAAUGUCUCUGUUUUUUUUCAUGAUUAUGAUUAUUAUAGUUUCUGCCAUCUGACUUGUCUGUUCAGCCCAAAGUUUAAUUUAACCCUUUCUAAUUUCAAUACACUCCACAGUUUUCUUGACCCUGUAACCCUAUGUGGCAAAGGGUUAGACAAGUCCCAUGAGAAUCCUGUAAAGUCUCCUUUCAUGAAGUGGGUAAAAUUUAAAAAAGCCAAGAUAUUUUACUGAUGGUACAUUUUGCCUCUGUAAAUAGAGAUGGUUUGCUAAGCAUCAUGCAGGGUAGCAUUUUUGCCAAAGCCUCCCUGUAAUAUAAGUUUCCCUCAAGCAGUGUGAAGUACGGUUGCCCAAGCGUUUUACCUUCACUUGGGCAAUCUCUCUCUGUUUUUGUGAGCAUUCAGUUAACCUGAAUCAUGGUACAUAGAAAUAUAUUUGUCUUCUCUGGGCCCAGUAAAUUUUUAUAUAUGUAUGAAUGAGUCAUCAUUACGGCAAGCAAUGACUUCAUAUUAAACACGGGCAGAUCUAAAAACUGCCUUUAAAUCCAAUAAUUUCUAUUCUUAACCACACUUAUGGGGGCAGCGAGUGUAAGCUUCGGGGGACUGAGACAUCCUUGUUUGAAAUCAAAUUCUGAUCUUUAGUAUGCAAUACUUGCAGGCCUACACUGAAUGUGGCUCUCUGCACAGUCCCUUCAUUCUGUAUUCUUGAAAAGGACAUACGGAUGUUUAUCUUUACUAUCAACUGCCUUCUAUAAGGAAAAAGGGGCUGAGGGUGAGGAAUGCAAAUUUAUAUUGAAAACCCUGAUUUGUUUUGAAAUCCCUCUUCUAUUCUUUUUUUUUUUUUUAUGGUUGGUAGGUAAUUGAGAGGGCCUAUUCAAAGCUAGCACAUUAAUAGGUUAAUGAACGGCUAAAGCAGUGAUGUGUCAGGCCUCCUUGAAGUGAAUGGAGAUCAUAAUCCUUUUAACAAGGAGGUAAAUGCUUUAGAGUAAAUAGGAGCAGUGUGUGCCUUUUCACGCACACCCUGCUCCCUUUAGACACUGUUUUUUUCCACUUUUUCCUUUCACAUCAUUUUAUUCCUCCAUCUCUUGAUUUUUUUUUUUCUUUAUUGCUCACUCUCCUUAUUAAAUGAGUCUUCAAUUUAUCAACACGUAUUUUGUCUCUCUCUCCAUCCCUCUCUCUUUUAAUUCUACCCUCUCUCCUUCUCUUUUACCGUUUCAUGAAUUGCUGGCUCAGCAGUUUUCUCUGGCUAGAGCUGGUCUACAGAGCUUCAUUAUUAAAUGCCCAUGGGACAUCCGGCUUUUCCUGUCUCAUUCCAAUGAUCGGCUCCUGGAAUACAGCACAGUCACAGUGCCCCAUGUUAUCCCACGUAGACCCUCUUAAUACAGUGAUCUGCCUAUGGAACAAACCGAUUAACAAGUAUAAAAUAAAUGUAGGUUCAGGACAGCAUUCUGAUUGUAGUAAGAGGGAUUCCCAAACAAAGGGUGUUACUCUGAAUAGGUACAGGGGUGGUACUGCAUUAACAUAGCAUCACUAACCUCAAUUCAUAAAUAUUAACAGGCAGGGAGGUUUUUCAGGUAAUGGCUGCUACAGUUAUUUGUUUGAUACUCUGACUAACACACUCACCUACCUAUCUUAUACGCUCUCAGAGAAACCUUAUCUUUCAGACCAGGAUUGAAGCCAUGCUGACUAGACCCACAAGGUCCAACCUGUAGUCAUGUCGGUUUUCUGGUCACUGGAUCUUCUGGAUCAUAACCCAUGCUAUGAAGAGGGGGAAAAAAUUGUGUUUUAAAGAGUGUCCAUUGCUAAGGGCACCUGCAGAAAAGCAGAAUGAGGUCUGAAACACAAUGCCUGUCUGUGCUCAUUUGCAUGUCAAGCUGGAAAUUCUGUGUCCAAGGGGUUCCACUUAGAUAUGCAAAUAAUGCCCAAAAGUUUUUUUUGUUUCUUUUUUUUUUUUUGUUUGUUUUUUUUGUUUAGACAUUCUUAGAGGGUUACUCCAUCCACCAAUCACUACUUCUACGUUAUGAAGUGGUCAUGGUGAUAGGAGUCUGAUGUGCAGUGUUUCAGCUUAAAACACUGCACAUUCAGAUAUAUUUUUUAAUUAUGUGCAAGUUGCACCAUCACAUGUGACUUAGGCAGCCAAGAAGUCUGAUCCGGGCUGCCUAAUGUCAAUUCUGUGCAUUUAAAAAAAAAAAAAAAGUGUCAACAGCACGCUGCUAUCAGACAUCACAGUUUCUCCCUUAUAGGCAGAGCUCGACACUUUAACACUGAUUAAAGUCCUCCCCAUACCCUCUGCAAUUUGUUGUAAUACCCUGUCUUCUGUUAAAUCCUCCAAUUAUAAGCUUCUCUAUAAGGAGCCUUUGAUUGAACCUUGGUUCAGCUGACGGGCGUACGUUGUGCAGUGUUGGGAGCUUUGCCUGGCACUGGUUAAGGUAAUUUAAACUACAUUCAAAAUGGCGUUUAUUUUGAGGGAAUAAUGUCAAUAGGGCAUUAUACUAUUUUACACUUAAAAGGGCUGGGAAACCCUUUAAAUGCAUCUUUAGUAAACCUGGAGGAAACAGCCAUAGGUGGACAUAAAAGGAGAUGUAUAUGCGUCUUUCUAUAUAAAUAGGUAGUUUUUAUCUGCUAGUAAACGGUACCCUGCACAGGUUUAAUGACACGGGAUAUGGGUGAAUUCUAACUUUUAAAAAUUCCUCCAUGCAUGAAGGCCAGGCAUACUCUUACCUCAUCAAGCAGAAUAGGUCAAGGCUGCAGUAAACAGGCAUCACUGCUCUGUAAUGGCUCUUUCACAUUCUCUCCAGGCUAAUCAGUUACAGAGCUGCCCUACAAAGGGUUGUGACUACAUUAGAGGUUUUUUUUCUAUGCAUUACAAAAGGUGCUGAAAACAAAACUUUCUCUUUUUUUUUUUUUUUUUUCACUUUGGUUUAAGGUAUGCCUGAAGCAUUUUUAGUACUUUCAAGGUAGGCAUCCAUGUCAUCAUUUUUGGCAGCUGAUGGCAUAGUGUUGCUAAUGUAUUAUUAGCAUUUAUAUAUAAAUAAUAUGUUCUGCAUUGUUUUUCAAUUAUAGAGAAGUCAAGUAAUUGACAUACAAAAUAAUAUACAAGACGAGGUGAAUCAAGGUACAACUAAUAAUGGAGCAGUAUUUUUUUUUUUUUAUAUAGAUAUCUCUUUUAACUAGCUAUAUUGAUACUAUUCUAUAUAAUUAAGUAAUGUAUCUCUAUUCCUCCGGUUUUAAAGAUAUACCCAUCACUCUAGGCCUGUUUUAUGUUUGCAUGGUGUAACCUUUAUGGUUUCCAUGGCAAUAUUAGUAGUGAUGGAUUUGGGCCUUGCUAUUGCAUCACAAGUGCUGCGCUAUCUAAACUAGGAAUAUACACUGCUGAGCUCUGCCUGCAGGAGAUUAAAGCAUUAUAAACUUGUCUCACUUGUUGGAACUCUAUUGCAUUACUAACUUAUGUUUGUCAAUAGUUUGUUUUGUAUAUGAUCUAGGAAACCAGGCCCUUUUAUUGGUGUGUGAAUUUGCAAGAGUGCUCAGUGAAUAGAUGAAACUAAAUGGGAAAAGUGGAUAUUUUAUCUUUUUAUUUAUUUAUUUAAAAUCAUUUGCAAGUUAAUUGUUCUAAGUGCUACCAUAUGUAGACGUUUAAAUUAAUGGGGAACUGUCCUUCCCGGGAUUUGAAUUAAAGGGACACUAUAGUCACCAGAACAACUACAGAUUAUAAUUGUUCCCUUCAGUCUUUUUUCAUGCAAACACUGGCUUUUCAGAUAAAAAGUAGUGUUUACAUUGCCUCUAGGGACACCUCCACGUGGCCACUCCUUAGAUGGCCACUGGAGGUGCUUCCUGGGUCAGUGCUGCCGAAAAAGCAGCCCUGACAUUCAGCGUCCCCACCCUCUGCAUGGAGACUCUGAAUUUUCCUCGUAGCGAUGCAUUGAUUCAAUGCAUCUCUAUGAGGAGGUCCUGAUUGGCCAAAACUGCAUUUUGUCCCGCCCCAUGCUGAUUUCCUAUGGGAAAGCAUUGGAUUGGCUAAACAAUUGGCCAUUCACAAAGGGGACGGAGCCAGCAGCGGCAGACCCGCACGGCGCUUGAAAUAAGGUGAGUUUUCAUAUACUUUUAUAUGGGGGGCUAAGAGGGGCAAACCACCUAAAUGGUGGGUUAAACACUAUAGGGUCAGGAAUAUAUUGGUGUUUCUGACCCUAUAGUGUUUCUUUAAUAUGUUGACAUAUCCACAAUAACUGAACAAAUGUGUUUGUGAUGCCUGAACCAUAAACUUUAAUGUAGAAAUCUACACUGUUUUCAUCUAUUCUAGAGGGUAGGGGGUACAGCGUAAGCCUUUACCUUUUAUACUAAGCUUUCUUUAUUGACUCACCCCUGGUAACAGGUUUGCUGCAUCACUUGUUUUAAGAAAUUCUCUGCAAUGAUGGGCUCAGAACUUUGGGACAUGUUAGCCCAGGGAUAUUGGUUUUGGAACUCUCUUUGGUCAUACAAUCCAAAUGGCUGAAGAGGGGUUGGGGCUUUGGGUCCUCUUCCUCACACGCUUCAAAACCCUCUGUAAAAGUUGAUGUGAGGCUUCUCAUAGACCAAGAGUUUGUUUCCUAUGCUUUCGAAUGAGAAACAUUGAUCUCUUGGGGGUGGAGUAGAGCUGUGGUAGAGAUAUUUUUUUAUUUUUUUAUUCAUUUAUUUAACCUCUUUAUUUGCGAGAAAUGGAGGGGCCUUGAAUUUAGAUAGCAUUUACAACACUAUUACAUAAUUAUGAAAUUAAUUUUAUUUGUAACUCUUAAGUGUUGCUUUAAUGCAUUUUACCUUUAACGUUGUAGCAAAAAAAAGUCACACUUGUGCAUCACUUGCAGCAUAUCUGUGUCACAUUGUUUGUUUCUCAGGACCAGGAUAUGGAUAAGAAAAUUUGCCAAUUCAUUGCCACUGCAUUUAAAGGGAUCAUACGAUAUGUUUCCAAGUAGCCUCUUGCGGGGCUCAAGGGGUUAAAACCCCUUCGAUCUCUUGCCUGAAUCCGGCGCUAGGUCAGGCUCUGCAGAGCAUGAGGACGUCUAGUGUCGGGUAACGGACCAAAGGUCCGUUUCGAUUCUGCAAGCCAUCUAGCCACUGAGGGUAGACUUAGAGCUGCAGUGUAAACAUUGCUGUUUCUAUGGAAUUGCAAUGGUUUACAUUGCAGCACUAGGUACAAAACAAACACAGCACCCAGACCACUUCAGUUAGCUAAAGUGGUUUGGUUGCCUACAGUGUCCCUUUAAAAUCACUAUGAAGUCACAAACAUGCAAGGCGUUAAUUUCACUUGUGUGUCAUACACUGCUUUAUUUUAAAGUGGCUCUGUCACCUGGGGUCUUUGCAUCUAGUGACCUUGCCGCUUUCAGUGUGGUGGGCACAGGGUGCAGUAAAACGUAGUCUCUACUUACCCUGGGAUGCAUAGACAAAUCUUUUUUCCACUCAGCCUUCACAAAUGACAGCAGACAGCUUGACAUCGGUAGCUCCGCCUUUUUAUCAUGCGGAAGAAAAAUACACACGACAAAGUUGUCCGUACUAUGUCUUUUGACUGUGUUGGAAUUUCAGUGAAAUUCCAACACAGUCUUUAUGAGCAUUUUAAUAAAGAUUUUAUCUUUAUAUAUGCUCUUCUAUUUUUAAGGUGGGUGUUGUGUGACAAAACCUGCUUUAAUAAAUGUCAAUGCCUUUUUGUGGGAAUAUUUUGCAUACUAAUCUAGCAUAAACAUUUAUCAUACUGACCUAUAUAAAGCUGGAAUGAGCUGUACAUUAUAUAACUUUGUACACCUGUAACCACUCCACCAACUGGUCAAUCCAAAAUAUAAAGUCAUAAAUAAUGACUAGUGUUACUGCUUCUCUGACAUUCCUCUUAGAAAUCAGGCUCGGACUGGUUGUUUGGUGCUAAGGAAAGGUUAUAGUUAUGGUUUAAUAUAUUCUGAGACGUUCUUUCCUUCAGGAUCUAGGUAGCUUAGAGUAGUAGUAGUAGGCCAUGUUUUUUAUUGUUGUUUUUCAUUUCUGAUCACAUUUUGGAAAAACUCUAACCGUUCAGAUUUCACUUUGGUUUAAGGAGUUGUACUUAAAACAAUGCUAUAUUUCUUUGGAAAGUGAGGAAGCAUGAUUUCUCUGAAUUUAUUUUCCCAAUGUGGAAAUAUGCACUACAGCAAAUUUUGAAGAAGAAAUUGCAUCUGUGCUUGUGUGUGUGUGUGUGUGUACAUUGAAUAUACAGUUUUGUUUGUUUUUUUUGAUUUUUAUUAUUUAUUAAGCAUCAACAAAUUCUGUAGUGCUGUACAAUGGGUGGACUAAGAGACACGUAAUUGUAACCAGACAAGUUAGACGCACAGGGACAGAGGGGUUGAGGGCCCUGCUCAAUGAGCUUAUAUGCUAGAUGGAGUAGGGUAGAAAAGCAGAUUACUAGAAAAGUAUUCACUGAUGGCGUUGGGGGUUAUUUUUGACAGUUGCAGGAGAGGAAUCUGGGUGCGGGAAGGGAAAACCGUUUAAAUUAAAAUUUAAAAAAAUCUUCUCACAUUUUUAUUUUUUGGGUUGUUUUUUUUUAUAUAAUGUCUUCCUCCCAACAAAUACAUUUUUCCCGGGAAGUCAAGUUUUGAAUUUUACAUGUCUUACUAGGGUGUAGCGCCACAUCCGGCUCCUGUCAACCAUUUGAUUUAUGGGGUAAGCGUUUCUUUCAGGUGUGAGAGGCAUCCUCUUGCAGCGGCAUGCAGACCCACUAAAAAAUGGUCCGAAGGGGGGCGGAGCCAACCACGGAACGAGAUGGCCGCAAGCUAAACAAGCUCCUCUCCUGACGGUGUGAAUCCGCGGACAUCGGGCGGAUAAACUAACCAUGGGACACCCUAAAAGAGCGGCAUCCACUCCCCACACCUCCGGUAAGCAGCCCGUGGGAAAAACGGGAGCCCACACCAAAUACUUCCACGAUAAUGCGGAACUCCAGCCCGGCGGGGUAGGCCCAAACAUGGCGCCGGAAUCACCCCAUCACAGCUCCCCACCAUCCAGUCCGGCAGACUCAGAAUGGUCAGGCAUACCUGGGGACACAGAAGUAAGAGAUCUCCUUCGUAACAUGCCGUCUAAGCAAGACCUGGCGAACAUGCUGGGUUAGCUGGAGAUGUCCUUCCAAGGCAAAUUGGACGCCAUAGGAGCAGACAUACGCCACAUGGGUGAUAGGAUUGGGUCACUGGAAGAGGACAGGGAUGUCACCCACACGCAGGUACAAUCCCUCCAGGAAACUAUGAGAGCCCACACAGCCCAGCUAACGGAAUUACAGCGCUCACUAGAUGAUCUGGAUAACAGGGGGAGAAGGAAUAACCUGAGGGUGAGAGGCAUCCCUGAAAAUGACAAUGAAGACAUCAUAGCAACACUUACUGAGCUUUUCAAUUUAAUCCUUGGCAGAGCUCCUGACUCAACUAUAAUAUUUGACAGAGCCCAUAGAGCCCUAAGACCCAGGGGCCUGUCCACAGACAGAUCCAGAGACGUGAUAUGCCGGCUGCACUAUUACAGAUGCAAAGAAGACAUCCUGGCAGCGCUACGAAACUCUACCCAGCCGUUGCUAUUCCAUAACAACCAAAUCAGUAUUUAUCCAGAUCUAUCCUGGCUCACACUACAAGCCAGACGCUCACUGAAACUCAUCACGGACCAGCUGAGGGUGAGGAACAUCAGAUACAGGUGGGGCUUUCCAUUUGCCUUAAGCACCACGAUUAAUGGCACCCAGCACAACAUCCACACCAUACAGGAUGUCCCAAUAUUCCAGAGGGAACUAGACCUCCCCAUGACUCACGUCAGCGACUGGUAUGGCCCGACGCCACCUCAUGGGAUACCUCCGGCGCCCCAACGCUCCCGCUGGCAGCAGGAGACAAGGAAAAGACACACGGAGGCCACGGACACCACAUUCCAAGGGGAUACGAGACCACCUUCCACAAGAAGGCAAUAACCUACUCAACUACCCAAAACAGCAGAAAAUCAGCACGCUAAAGAUACCACAGCUACUCGCAGAUGAUGGAAUUCCAAUUUAAAAAAAAAAAAAAAGGAAAGAAAAAGGAAAAAAUAAAAAAAAAGCCCAGAAAGGACAAAAGCAUUGGAGAAAGGUGACUUUCUAUUACAAGCUUUAUCGUAGGGGUCGGACCCACAUUGGGUAAGAGUCACCGAUGACACUCGCAUGUGAUACUCUUGACUUACCGGGGACCCGAACAGAGAUAAAACCAGUCGAAGCUGAGGCACACUACCUCCCACGAUACCGGGACUUUCUCCCUCCGAGGCACAGGUGGACGAGUUGGGAGAUUCCUCUGCCCACGCCAAAGACUCUCAUGAGGGCGGGUAAUAUGGUUAUUGUUUGAAUCUGUUUAGACACCCCCUUUCUACCCUGGGUUAACACAACUUAACACAAAUGUAUAUAGAUAUUGCAGGGAAGAAUACGACAUGGUGCCCACUAGCCUAAAAAAACAACCAGCAGCGCAGACUAGCGAUAACCACCGCAAGGUAAAAGAUACCGGGGCACUGUACCAUAUGCCACCUAUUACACCUACCUAGCGGCCAUAAUCGACCCAAGCCACAGAGUCGAGAUAGAUAUACCCGAAAGUCUCGGGAACUUAUCUCCCAAGGGCCCUCACAAUGUCCCCCCCCCUUCAAUAGAACCCUCCCCCCCCCCCAAAAUACGAAAUGCCCACUUAAGGGCUACCAAAUAAAAACACAGGCCCUUAGCCACAUGACCGGGCGGAGGGGAAAGAGACGCCAUAAGAGUAUCCCACCUGAACUCCAAGGUGCCCGAAAAGCCCAACACACCAAGCCUUGUCCCAGGGGUCCCAAGCCUAAUACGCACCCGCCCACAAAGCUAAAUGUACCACUUCAAGCGAGGUUCACACCGAACAGGAUAGCGAUUAGCCAUACCCCUCUCUUCACCCACAACUAGACUUGCGGUCUAUUAUAUACCCUCUCCCCCCCCCCCCCAAGAUAAUACUCCUAGGAGUAUGGGCAUACACACACGUAUGCCUAUACCAGAUAUUAUUUGAACUUAGGCCCCUCAGGCCUACACCAAGGUGACAGAUAGGCUCUCGGAGAGAAGGAUCAUCUCACCCGAGACAGUUACCAUAGGUAUUUAAGCACCAGACCCAGGUGCAGGUUAUAAGUCCAAGUGUGUGAUAUUCAUAUGUUUUAUUUUUUUUUUUCUUGUUCUUGAGUGUUUACUGAAAAUUUUUUUUUUUUUACUUGUUUUGUUUGUUGUAUUACUACUUGUAAAUAUCCAAAUAUUUCUAUAUAGACAGGUCUGUGGCCGAGCGCUGGGUGGAGACAAGACACCUACCCCAUUCACCCCUAAAAUAACCGACCAACGAUGACCACCCUACGCAUAAUCACUCUCAAUGUGAAAGGGUUAAACUCCCCAGAAAAACGUUCCCUGACCCUCAACGAGUUGCACAGACUGAGAGCCGACGUGGCGUUCCUCCAGGAAACCCAUUUAAAAAAAGACAAAGCUCCCAAUCUGAGGAACAGUACAUAUCCCACAAGCUACUAUGGCCACUUCGCUGAGAAAAAGACUCGGGGAGUGGCCAUAUUACUCUCCGCACAGGUACCUUUCACACUCAUAGACCAGAAAACAGACGAUUCAGGGAGGUUACUGCUUGUAAAGGGGACCAUGGGACAAAACAAAAUUACCUUUGUAAACAUGUACCUACCCAACACGGGCCAAUGCAAGACCCUCAAAAAAUGCCUAAGAUAGAUAGAGACCUUUGCAGAGGGUAUACUCAUCAUGGGGGGUGACUGCAACUUGUCUCUAGACUCGGCUCUAGACACCACAUCGGCAACUCCUAACAGAGAUGACUCAAAACGCAAGUGCUUCUCCCGCCUCUUAGACAGCUCCCAACUAUACGAAUGCUGGAGAGUAAGUCACCCCAAUAGAAAAGACUACUCAUACUAUUCACAUGCAAAUCGUACCUACUCUAGGUUGGAUAUGUUCUUCCUACCUCAGCGGUUAUUGCAUUUAGUGACAGCAUGCUCCUACGGCCCUAUCACAUGGUCAGACCAUGCGCCCCUGUCUCUUGCCGUUCAUAUACCCUCCCUUCCCCUAAAAACUUACCAAUGGAAAUUAAAUGACUUGCUACUAAAUGACAAAUCAGUGACUGAAAAAAUACGCACUUCCAUUCAACAGUACUUCACAGAGAACUCCUCCCAACAAACCUCCCCCCCAAUAACAUGGGAAGCACAUAAGUGUGUGCUUCGGGGACAGCUCAUAGCCAUAGCCUCCACACAGAAAAAAAGGAGAGACAAUAAAAUUGCAUCCCUCACAAAAGACAUACGGGCCCUGGAGGCGGCCCACCACAGUAAGGACGUCUUCCAGACAUAUAAGGCGUUGCUCGCAAAGCGCACAGAGCUACAACAAAUAUUAAACACACAGGUCCAACGCACACUAUUACGCACCAAACAUUCCUACUUCUAUUCCGGAGGCAAAUGAGGUCGCCUCCUGGCCUCUGCAUUAAAACAAAGCAGACAAACAACUUUCAUAGCAAAGGUUAAACACCCGGAAAAGGGCGUAUCACGAACCCUACCAGAUAUAAUGGAAGCCUUCCACAAGUUCUACACAGAACUAUAUAACCUCAGGAGCUCCCCCCCGCUAGCAACAGACAUUGAACGCUUCCUGACUCCCAGGGUGCAUAAAAAAAUCCCCAGUGAAGCACUGCAAUCCCUAGACAGCCCCUUGACGAGAGACAAAUUCCUUAAAGUAGUGAGCUCUUUGCCCCUGCGGAAAAGCCCGGGCCCAGAUGGUUACACGGCCAAAUACUUCAAAACAUUCAGAGACAUUCUGGCAGAUCCCUUUCUAGACGCCUUUAAUUUCCUCACCGACACCCCAGCCCUACAGACUCCUGCUCUAGAGGCCCAUAUUACCUUAUUGCCAAAGCCAGGAAAAGACCCCACCAACUGUGGAAGUUAUCGCCCAAUAUCACUGAUCAAUGUAGACCUAAAAAUUUUCACUAAAAUUCUAGCAAAUCGAUUACGCACCCUACUAUCCAACCUCAUACACACAGACCAAGCGGGCUUUGUCCCAGGAAGGGAAGCAAAGCACAACACGACAAAACUUCUCAACCUCAUCCAUUUGUCUCAGUCCCACAAUCUACCCAGCCUCCUGCUCUCGGUCGAUGCCGAAAAAGCAUUCGACCGAGUAGACUGGUCUCUUCUUAGAGCCACAUUGCAAGCUAUGGGCUUUGGGCCAAAUUGGGACAAGUGGCUUGGGGCUAUAUAUUCCACCCCCACGGCCAAACUUAAAAUUAACGGACAACUGUCGAAGCCAGUGCAUAUAAGGAACGGCACGAGACAGGGGUGCCCCCUAUCCCCUCUCCUCUUCAUCCUUACGUUGGAGCCAUUCCUUCAGGGGAUCAGAGAUAACAAAGAUAUCACAGGCUUCCGGGUGGAACACCAGGAAUACAAGAUCUCAGCGUUCGCUGACGAUCUACUCUUUACAAUAAUCAAUCCCAGCACAUCCAUGCAGCCUCUCUUAGAAGAGAUAGCCACAUAUAAUAAGAUAUCCAACUUCCAAGUUAACUUUACCAAGAGCGAGAUCCUACCCCUGAAAAUCACCCAGCCACUACAAUCCACACUAAAGGAGAAAUACCCCUUCUCGUGGGCUGCAGCCCACAUCAAAUACCUGGGGGAACACCUAACGCAUAACCUCGCCACCACGUACAACAUCAACUUUCUCCCACUCCUCCAACAAAUAGAAAUAGAUCUGACUAAAUGGCACAAGCACCACUUUGGAUGGCUGUGCCGCAUCAACAUCCUAAAAAUGAACACGCUCCCAAGACUGUUAUACCUUCUACAAACACUACCAGUCCACAUCCCCAAAUCAUUCUUCCAAAAGAUCAAGAACCUCUUCACCAAAUUUAUAUGGGCAGACAAACACCCCAGAAUAGCUUUCGCCACACUCACUAAACCUAAAAGCCAAGGCGGACUGGGGAUGCCACACAUAGAGCUAUAUCACAAAGCGACCAUCCUCACAAGGAUAUAUGAAUGGGCCAACCCACGCCCACAACUACAAUGGGUGCAACUGGAGAAAACCUUUUUCACAACCCCGCUCCAAGGGAUCCCAUGGCUAAACACAGGAUCUACAUCCCUAUCCCCACACCACUCCCGUCACCCCACCAUUACACCCACACUCCGAACCUGGAAGCUCAUGAGACUGGGGACCUCAAUAUCCCCUCAUCCAUCCCCCCUCUAUCCUCUAACAGGAAACAUACAGUUCCAACCCGGGCUGCCGAACCACUCCUUUGACUUCUUAAAAAUACCCCAGGAAACGCCCUAUCUGAGACUCCAUACGGUCUUAGAGGGCGGCUCAGUCAAACCACUCGAAUCCCUAAUGGGACCAGAACGACCCACGACACUACAGAUCUUCAAAUAUGCGCAAUUGACACACUACAUACGAUCCACGCGAUUACUUCUAGCUGGCUCCCGGACGUUCACAACGUAUGAAUUAUAUUGUACCUCCCAAUCCCUCAAAAGAAAGCACUUAUCGAUUUUUUUUUUUUUAUAAGAUGAUUCAAGGGGAGCUUAAGGGACAAAUGCCACAUUACACACAAACAUGGAAUAGGGAACUCUCCACUAACAUUACCCAGGGGGGCUGGGGCAUCAUCUUUCAGGGCAUACAGAGAUCUUCCGUCAGCACUGCUAUCCAGGAAAGCACUUACAAGAAAAUCUCCAGGUGGCAUUACUCGCCCACUAAAUUACAACGUAUCUUCCCGCACAUGCCAGAUACAUGCUGGAGAUGCGGGCAAUUGGGAGGAACAACAGCUCAUAUUUGGUGGCACUGCCCAACCAUACAACUCUACUGGAAAAGAGUGAGGGAGAUAAUUAACACUGUAACAGGGGGGAACUUACCUCUCAACCCGGAGACAAUGCUCUUCCUAUUAUUUUCAGACCCCAUCGCCAAACCACAGAGGGUCCUAACGACCCACCUGCUCACUGCGGCCAACCUCCUCAUUCCAAUACAUUGGAAGGCCUCUAAGGCACCAUCGGUGAGGGAAUGGCUCCAGAAAGUCGAGUCUAUUCGAAUAAUGGAGGAACUGACAGCCUCUAUAAAUGACAAAUACGCCCAAUAUGCCUCCGCAUGGGAACCCUGGUCCAAAUACAUAGACAAUACCACAACAUCAUGAGAACUCGAGUUGCUCAGGGCCGUCUCCAAGACUGCCCAAUGGCAAUGCAUACACCCCCCCUCCUUCACCCCAACCCUCACCCUCCCUCUCCCCCCUCUCCCCAGACGCAGCAAUAAACAAGCCACAGACCUGGCUAAGAAGUUGGGACCUACCAGUCCCCGGUUAUAGAAUUAGGAUUACUUGCGGUUGACAUGCUGUCUAACAGGACAGUCAUAGGGCACAAUAAGACGUAAACACGAUAUCUGCGCUAGUACAGACCGUUCGGGUUGAACAACUCCUUCUAAGUGUAUCUCACCAUUAUACUAUCGAUAUUACUGUGGAAAAUCUAGCUUUUUAAAUAUGAUGCAGCCAGAAUGUAGAACAUGGCAUAAUCACCUUCACGCCUUAAAAGUGAAACUUAAGCCAGCAUAUAGAGCUAAUUGCUUCAACCUUGAUACACCUGAACUGUAGACAUGUAACAGUUGCAAUUGUAAGGUCCACUGGUUAAAAAUUGUGCAUGUAACCACAAACAAGAAUGCGCUACAGUUGAUGCUACUGUUUAAAUAUGUACACGUACGCUGUUGUGGCGUAUGUCGUUAAUACUGUAACCACAUGUGUAAUGAAAAUAAAAAAUGUAAUAAAAAAAUGGUCCGAACAAAAUGUUAAAUGACCGGGGGAAAACUAGGUAAGAUUUAACCCCUUCCACGCCCUAGAGCCCGGCUGGAGGGGAUCCAGAGGGUGAGGGGGACCCAAGGACCCUAUAGAGCCAGGAAAAUGAGUGUUUUCCUGGCACUAUAGUGGUCCUUUAAGUUAGCAGGUUUUUUUUUUUCUCUAUUUACUUUCCCGUUUUUAUACAUUAUCUUUGUGAAUGUUUAACAAUAGCUUAAAUUUUCAGGAUUACGCAAAGCAUCAUGGCCCCUUCAUUAAUUUGAAAUGGUCAUGGUGCCUAGUGUUUUUAUAUGUAGCAUUUGGCUUUAAAACGCAGUACAUGCAGAGAUUAACCCCUUCACUGCUGGAGGUGUACAAAGUUCCGGGUUGGCUAAAGUAAAUUCUUUGCAAAAUUGGAAUCUGACGCCAGCACGUGACACGCGCAUAGUUGUCCCUCAUGACAUAUUUAUGAUAUUACCCCAUAACCCCCUGAAAAGAACUACAGACACCAUAGUUUUGGUAAAAAAAAUGAUCACAGCUUUAAUUAAUAUUGAUAAAAAUGUACUUAAAUAGGCCAUUUUCAAACAAACACUUAGUAUGACAUCAUCCCAUCAAACAUUUUACAUAAGUAUACCCGCAGACAAUGACCCAACCAUAAAUAACAGUAAUACAUCAAUGCAACUAUAUAACAUUGUGGCAGAUUGCCAGUAAAUCGCUGCCAAGGGUUCCCUUUCCCAAAGUAAAGUAGUUCUAUCGACCAUGAGAGUAAAUAUCGCUGGUAUAGCCUUUCCCCCCACACAUUAGUUGAGACUGAAUGCUGGGAGUAGAUAUGUUUAUGGCAAGCAUUCUCAAUUUAUACAUACAAUAAACUCCUCCCUGUGCCUGAGAGAUAAUUGAGGCAGGAAACUUACAACUCCAUUAUCUCCCAGGUACAGAAAAAUAUGAAAAAAUUUCAACACCCCAAAAUCCAUGGAAACGCCUUGAGUCACAUCCCCUGAUAGCCCUGAUUGGAGUGCCUAACAUAUCCAAAAAGCACUCAGAUCGGUUCGGUGGUUUCGAAUUGCCAUCUAGGUACAGUUUUACGUUCAGAAGUGGCUCAGAGACAGAAGAGCAGGCUUAAGAUAUACAAGGACCCAGGAUCAAUUCCCCUGUAAGGCACCUGUGGGGUGGCCACGCCUAGCCUUCUGGCACGGGGAGGACCAUGACCGGGACAUAACAAGAUACCACUAUUCCCCCAGGUUCUGCGCUACCGACAAGCUCAAACCUACCAAACCAAAAACAAACAUACCGUUAAGUAUUCCUCCUGAACUUAACUAUCCCACCUACCAAGCCUACCUACCCCCAAAUUAUCCUAUUCAUCCCCUGCCGCUGUGACCAAACAGGAGAAAUAAAUCCAACAUACUCCACCUAACUGCAAAUUAAAUAGGGAGGGUGGGACAGGCACAAGAAGUUGAGAAUUUAAAUUUAAAAUGGCUUAUUUCCUAAAAUGUUUUGCUAUUUAUAUCAACUCCUUAAGCCCCGCCCGCUCUUAUUAAUCCUCCACUUAAAGUCCUCAUUCUCCAUAUGCUCUAGACAAGUUGUGGAACUGCACUCAGCCCUUCGCCCUGGAAUCCUAGGGUGCUCUUGGAUUAGUCCCAGUACCAAAGAGACCAAAUAUAGCAUAUAUUAGUAGAAAAGUAAUCCAGGCAUUCCAAAAUGUUCCAAAGAAUAGGCAAGCUUGACAAAGGCCCUAAGGGGUCGAAACGUUGCAUUUUGGUUCUUGGGUCCAAUAAAAUUGCCUAUUCUUUGGAACAUUUUGGAGUGCCUGGAUUACCUCCCAGCUCUGUCAGGGCCCAUUCCAUAUAGCUUUGCUGCUCCAUGGGCUUCAUACAGUAUACUGGCUCCAGACAGUGCCAGUACACCCUCAUCCAUACCACCUCUGUCAUUCCCUCAAUCUGUCCUCUCUGAUAUCCCUUCUCCUCUGUCAAAUGGUAUUGACGUCAGCCAGGGAGGAUCGAGCUGAGAGAGAACUUUGCCUCGGCAAGGGAAAAGUAUGUUAUAUGUUUUUUUUAUUUUUUUCAAAUUAUUCACAUUGUUUGGUGUUUGGGUGGACCAGCACAGAAGGGGAUACUGCAAAAAAAAAAUAAAAAAAAAAAUUUAUGAAAACAUUGGUUUUUCGUUGGAGUAACCCCUUAAAAGUUAUACAACCUUAGUUUGUGUUAUUAGAAAAGCUCUUGUGACAGAUUUGCGUUGAAAUUGUAGUUUGAGAAUCCAUUAUUUUCUGAUUAUGGCAUCUUUGGGUGUGGCUCUUCCUAUCUUCUGUCUGUUUAAACAUCAGAAAUGCAGCUUUAAACGAAAGGCUUACUGUGGAGUCAGUCCAGGCUGUUUGUUCAGCCAUUUCCUGACAAGCUUAGAAAAAUAUACAUAUUAUUCUAAGUUGAGUCAUAUUUAUAGCAUCAGUGCAGUAAAAGCAAUGCAGCCAUCUAAAUGUGCUUGCUGCCUCCUGUAGAGAAUCCCUAAUUCCUUGUUUAGUAACUCAAACUAUGCACUUUAGCACAUUUUAAAGUAGAUUUAUCAUCAGGCGUGCAGUUUAUGCACCAUCAUAUAACAUGUUUAAAAAAAAAAAAAAAAGCCUGUUUAUCUUAUCAACUGUCUCUUCUGUUCUAUUGUUGCUGUUGUUUUUUUGUUUAUUUUGUCAUUCUUAAAGGAUAACUAUACGGUCAGGAACACAAACAUGUAUUCCUGACCCUAUAGUGUUAAAACCACCAUCUAGCCCCUCCUGGGCCCCUCAUGGCUCCAUAAAUAUAGCAACAUCUUACUGUAUUCAAGCCUGAAGCUGUAACUCUGCAUGUUGUUUGACCCAGAAAAACAAGCAGUCUGCUUACAUCAUCAGAAGUGGUAGCCUGAUCCAAUCACAGUGCUUCCCGGUAGGAUUGGCUGCGACUGACAAGGAGGCAGAUCAGGGGCAGAGGCAGCAUGAUUCAAACACAGCCCUGGCCAAUCAGCAUUUCCUCAUAGAGAUGAAUUGAAUCAAUGAAUCUCUAUGAGGAAAGUUCAGUGUCUGCAUGCAGAGGGAGGAGAUACUGAAUGUUUGGAUGCAUUUUAGGCAGCCAUGACCCAGGAAGGAUCUCUAACAGCCAUCUAAGGAGUGGCCAGUGAAGUUAUCACUAAGCUGUAAUGUAAACACUGCAUUUUCUCUGAAAAGACAGUGUUUACAGCAAAAAGCCUGAAGGUAAUGAUUCUACACACCAGAACAAAUUCAAUAAGCUAUAGUUGUUCUGGUGACUAUAGUGUCCCUUUAAUUUUUCCAGUGCAUAAAUUUACAACACGUUUGUCAUGCCACAACAGCAUCAGCAGGCUUCUCAAAACACAUAAUGGUCAUGCCAAAUAUAUAACAGCACUAUUCUUGUUAAAGAAAUAUUAAUGUUAGCAAACUAAUUCCGUACAUUGUGAGUGUUUUUAUAAGGAAGUACAUAACUUGGACAUAUAUGUGUUCACUGGCGUAAGUCUGAUUGUGGUAUCAGUAGUGAGACCAAAGGGUGAGUCUGCACAAGAAAUGUUAGGUUAACUAACAGGUAAUAAAAGGCCCUAUAGGAACGGGAGUAAAGAAUGUAUACUCUACAGGCCUCCUUGUGAUCGUAUCGAGUGUCAGAUAAAACUGCAUGGUAAUUAGAUGGAGUUAAGCAUAACCUAAAAAAAUAAUUGUAUAGCGAUAUCCCUGUUAGACAUUAGGAGGUAGAAAACAAUAAAGACAAAGGAAAGUGGUAGAAUUCACAGUAAGCCUAUUGCCUAUAGGAAGGUUGAGUUCUGAGCUGUGAUGCGAUGGCAAUACAUGAGCUGGGGGCUCAGCCUACACCUGUCGUAUGACGGACACUACCCCAGCAAUAUGAAGGACUCAGGUCCCAGACAUCUACUCCCUUACAUAACCCAGAUCAACGUGCCCACAAGUCCCUUCGUGGAUUACGACAAGGACUAGGUCUCGAGGCUCUCUAUCAGGUUGCUUCAUAAGAGGAGUGGUGACCUUCUGAAGUAGUGAGCUGUGAGUAGGGAACUGUCCUGAUUUAGGCCGUGGCAUAGGAAGAUGGUCCACAGCAGGAACGGGCCUUCGUGCUGAAAUCCUUUCCGGGGUGCCCACCUCAGUUUCUGCACCUUCAAUGCUGCGUCAGAGCGUGGCCCAGAAGUCACAGGCUGUUGUUCUAUGUAGGGGUUGUGUCAGCGGGUUUGCCUCGAGUACGCAGGCGACAUUCGGCUUUGGUGUAGAAGUCAGCAAAUAAGGCAUCCGGUUUCUCCGUGAGAGAGCGCAGUGCUUGUCUCGUGGUGCAGGUCCCCUUGUGCUGACCCCCAUCUUGGUUACAGUAAGCUGGCUGCCACAGUUGAGAGGGUGCUUAGUGGUAGCCAGUGUAACACCGAGCAGAGGUUCCGGGAUAUCUGUCAACGGAGGGGGUUAGGAGGAAGAGUGUGAUGGUGAUGUCCUCGGGGUAUUGAGCAGCAAGAGGCUGAGGGGUUGGCCGCCUCCCUCAAGCCAGCUUGUCAGGACACUUGUAGGCCCAGAUCCACCUCCAGUAAAAGCUGUCGGAUUUGGAAAUAAGACGAUUACCCCUGUAUCGGAUGCCUGCCGUUCACAGGGUAUGUUCACUACUAAGAUUCAGGACUCAAAGUGGUAGUUAAGACUGUUUUUAAAGAUUUUCUGAUUGUAGCUCACACGAUGUGCAACCGGUCAGCACGGCUGUUAGGCUCUGCCCCGUCUUGUUUUUUUCAAUGCAUGAAAUAAUAUGCAAUGUUCCUGCUAAAUAUGCUGUGCAUAGGGCAUAAUCAGAGAGUUCAGAGAACCAUUUCCUGUUUCCUUCCAACUGAAAAGUUGACUUGAAACUUUUGAUACAAUUAUGGAAGUGAAUUGACUUGUUUGAGGUGGCAUACCCAAGGAAUCGAUAUUCACAGAGGCAGGAUCACCUACGGACCUCAGAGAAUGACAGCGCUAAAGAAUAGAAAUAUAAUGUUUACUGCUAAAGGGGAUGUUGUGAUCGUUUUACUUUAACCCCUUAAGGACACAUGACGGAAAUAUUCUGUCAUGAUUCCAUUUUAUUUCUGAAACUGUGUCCUUAAGGGGUUGAAGGAACUCUCUAAUAUAAUCACUGCGGCUGGAGAAGUGGCUAUGUGCUUGGAGUCUCUGCACAUUUUCCGUUUUGUUUAAUGUCAAAUAGUUAGAAGUGUUUUGACAAAAUCUGAAUCUUUCCCCAGUACCUGGAGGCCACAUCCUCUUUGACAAUUAUGCAAAUGUAGAUUUUACACUUUUAGGUUAACUAGCCCUCAGUGCUCUCAGGCAAUUUGGGUGAACUUGAUAUUAAUUAUACCAGAAAUAAAGGAUUUAGCUACCUUCCGGUUCUAUACCUUCAGCAAUAAGAACAAACCCUGGCCUACUGGUGUGCCAUUAGUUGGGAACUAAUAUAUCCUAGAUUAUCCUUGUAUAAGCAAAUGUUUACACAAUUGGAACUGCCUGAUUUAAAGCUCACCCCCGCACACAUUUUUAUUUAAUUUUAAAAGAAGCUGUGGAAGGCAAGAGUUCAGCGUACAAACGUCCCAUUGUGCAGCGCUACGAAAUUUGCUGGUGCUAUAUAAAUAAAAAUUAACAAUAAUAAUAAUAAUAUAAAAUAAUUCAAACUGUAACACUACAUUCUGUGUAUAAAGGCAAAUACAUAUUAGCAAUUUUAUAUCAAAGAAAAAUGUAAUAUGUUGAAAUUUCGGCCUCUUAUAAAGGUGUGUUAUCUCCACCCUGCAGGCUGCAUAGAGAUAAGUAUACAUUUGCCUAAUGUUAAUAUAAAAUGUCCUUUGGGAUAGAGCACAAUAUUUGACCAAUGUAAUGGUAGCCAUAAUCCUAAAAUAUGUGAAUUAAAAUAUAUUUUAGUUUAAAACACACUUGCAAUACACCAGCCAUGUUACAAUACAAUGCUUUUUAUCAACCUGCACCACACUCACACCUUUAGAUAUAAGAUGUGAAAAUUAUUUUAAUUUAUUUCAGUACAUUGCUACAAUGUGAAGCUAAAAUAAUUUAAGCUCUUUUUUUUUUUUUCUUUCUUCAUUGCUUGUUACCAUUUCCAUAAUAGUAUUAAAGGAACACUACAGGCACCAACCUGAGGUUAAUACUUUUUACAAAAUUUGCUCUGACACCAAAAAGGUAUUUAUGAGCAUUUCAUGAAGCUAAAAUCUUUAUUAAAACCUCAUAUUGACUGCUUUGGAAUUUCAUUGAAAUUGUAAUACCGCCAAUUUCACAGGAUCUUCCCUAGACAUCAGUGCUGUAUUUCUCCACAUAGUGACAUUAUCAUAAAGCACAGCAAAGAUUUCUGUGAGUUGGAGUUCAGCCAUUUGCUUUUGUAAGUAUAAGCUAAUAAUAUUACUUCAAGUGCACAUGAAUUCAUGGGAUGUCAGCACUACUGUAGAACAUCCUGAUUGGCUGAUCACCUCCUUGUCUGGGACAUGUUAACUAAGUUUAUUAUAUUACAUAUGUUUUUAUAUGAAAGUACAUUAAACAAGAAUUGAUCAGUUCUAGCAUGCAGUGUCACUUCAAAGGUACAUACAUUAUAGGCACCCAGACCACUUCAUCUCAUUGAAGUGGUCUGGGUGUAGUGGCCCUGCCCCCAGACAGGUACUUGACACUUAAAGGGACACUAUAGUCACCAGAACAACUACAGCUUAUUGUAUUUGUUCUGGUCAGUAGAAUCCUUCCCUGCAGGCAUUUUGCAGUAAACACUGUCUUUUUCGAGAAAAUAAUAACUCCACUGGCCACUCCUCAGCUGGCUACUAUAUGUGCUUCCUUGGGCAGUGCUGCAGAGUAAGCAGCACUGCCAUUCAGUGUCUCCACCCUAUGCAUGCAGACACGGAACUUUCCUCAUAGAGAUGCAUUGAUUCAAUGGAUCUCUAUGAGGAGCUGCUGAUUUGACCAGGGCUGUGUUUGGUUUGUGCUGGCUCUGCCCCUGAUCUGCCUCUUUGAAAGUCUAUGGGAAAGCAUUGUUAUUGGCUCACAGAAUCACUUCUGAUUAUGUCAGUAGAAAAUGAUCAAGGCAGUCCAAUAGUUUCCAAUUCUUAAGGCAAUUUAUUUGGACCAGGAACUACAAAGCAACAUUUCAGCCCCAACAGGGCUUUUUUUGAGCUUGAAAAAAGCCCUGUUGGGGCUGAAAUGUUGCUUUGUAGUUCCUGGUCCAAAUAAAUUGCCUUAAGAAUUGGAAACUAUUGGAGUGCCUUGAUCAUUUUCUACAAAUUAUCCGCUUGGUCCUUUUGGGUACUGGGACUUUUUCAAGAGCACCCUGGAUUCCCUAGUGAGGAGCUGAGUGCACUUCCAGCUAUGAUUAUACGUUUUCUGAUUAUGUCAGGCAUGUCAGUUGCAGAGGCAGCAGCAGACUUGAAUGCAAGUAAGAUUUUACUAUAUUAAGGAAGGCUGGGGGGAGGGGGGGUUAGAUGGUGGUUUUAACACUUCAGGGUCAGGAAUACAUGUUUGUGUUCCUGACCCUAUAAUGUUUAUUUAUUGCUGGACAUCCUCAGGUUUAGCAUGAGGACGUGCAGUAUCUUGAAAUAGCACAUAGGAAAACAUUGAUUCUAUGCUUUCCUAGGGGUAUGGCCUAAUGCACACGCUGCACUCGUUCAACCAACAUAAGAGGAGCCUUAUCACCCUGCAGAACCCAGGUACAAGGUAAACAUUUGCCAAACAAUUUGCUCCAUUUUCAGGGAACGGCAUCUAGAUACUCCUGACAUCAUAACCACUACAGCGGGAUUGUAGAGGUCAUGAUGUUCAGAGUAACUCUUUAAAAUUGUCAUAUAUAUAUUUAUAGUUGCAUACAAUAGAAUAACCUAUACAUAUACAGCAUUUUAUAAUUUAUACUGUUCAUAGUCUAAUGUAUGUGUUUAUAAUGUUUUCUAAAUUUAAAGGACCACUUCGGGUACCUUAACUGCUUUAUUUGUAAGAAGUUGUUAUGGUGCAAGUGGGUCUCAUUCACAAAAUAGAGAGAAAACUAUACGUAUGUUUUUCACUCCAUUUUGUAAAUGGGGAACUACUGAUAGGCUGAAAGGGUCAGUUGAAACCCUCAGCCUAUCAGUGGCACCCAAUCCAGGGCUAAUACACCUUAUAUCAUAAAGAUAUAUUAAGUGUGAAAUAUCAUAUAUUCAGUGUCAUAAGAUGUAUUCAGUGUGAAAUAUCAAGAUUGUCUCACUUUACCUCCAUUUGUCUCACUUUACCUCCAUUCUAGCACUGCUUCAUGGGUGUUACUCUUUUUGUAAUAUCCACCUCCUUGUCGUCUUCCAUUCUGCCUGCAGUCUUACUUGAUUUGCCCUGCUUGGGACGCCUUAGCCGCGUCACUUCACACCUAUACUCCCUAGCCAACACUAGAAGUGCUGGAUAAGGAGUUUCCAUAUCAACUGCAGCGCAUGCGCUGUGGUUGCUAUGGGAGGAGAGCAGAGGUACCUCCUGGGGGAGAUCUUUUCUGCUCUUCCUUGUCAACCAAUGCCUCGGCAUGCCUCCACCUGCACUCCACCUUUGUUCUUCACCGAUUUGCCGUGCUUAGGACGCAUGUUCAUGUAGGUCUUCUCUUGUGACGUCGGCAUUCUGGCUUCGUUGGCAGUGUGCAUGCGUCGGAACGGAGUUACAUGAUAUCACUCCAUUUCUAUACUUCUUAGCUGGCGCCAGAGGUCUUUUCUGUCCUCCCUUGUCAGUCACUGUCUCUGUGUAUGUAGAAAGUGCUGUAGAGCAGUGUACCUCAAGCACGCCAAAGUAUGCCAUGGACAUGUUUACUUUAAGGCUGUAAUAGAUUGAAUGCAGUCCUUAAAAUGUGUUUUGUAAUAAAUGUCAGUAUUUAAAAUUGACAACUAAAAUUAAUGAGCUGAUUAGGAUAGAAGUACGCAUAUAUAUUUAAUAAGGUGUCUAAUGCUGGUGGCAUUUAUAAGCUUUUGAUGAAGGUUAAAAGAUAAAAAAAAAAGUAGGUGUGCCUUGGCAAUUGUUCUUUUAUUGAAGUGUGUCUUGGUUCAAAGACGUUUGGGAGGGCGCUGGCUUGCUACUACUGCCUUCCCUUGGGUCUGUGUCACACUUUAAAAUUCAAGCAUUGGCAAUGCCAGUUUGCUGAUAACGGCAAUGAAAUUCGUUUAGAAAUUACAUUUUUGUUUUUUAAUUUGAAGGGACAUUCCACUGCCAAAAUACAUGUAAAAACCCCCCCACCACUUUUAGUAGUUACACCCUAUAUGAAAACAUGCGUGUAUUUUUUUCCUUGGGAGGAUAUCUAAAAACAGCAUGCACAAUCUGUCCAUCUCUUGCUUGCUGCCUUUGCAAACCCUCCCUUUCUAACCCCGUCCAGACUUUCUGUUUAUAUCCAAUAACAGACUUCUCAAUGAGAAGUCUUUGCAAGGCAGGUGCAUUGGGCGAUUGCUGCCUCUUAAAUUUAGCUCCAAUGAGCUAACCAAACCAGGAUGUAACAUUGUCUGUUGUCUUCUUGAAAGCCAGGUGGUGUAACCAGGUAAAUUCAUAAGAGUGUCAAAUUGUAUUGAAACCUGUACUUUUUGUAAAAUGAAAAGGAAGAGCAAAAAGACACACUCUUUACAUAUCAACCAUUUCAGUAAGAUCAAGUGCUUUAGGAGUCUGGAGUGUCCCAUUAACCCCUUAAGGACCAAACUUCUGGAAUAAAAGGGAAUCAUGACAUGUCACACAUGUCAUGUGUCCUUAAGGGGUUAAACAUACUUGGUGAGUGUGCCAAGUUUUGCUUGUUGCAUGCAAGUGAUGUUCGACCAUGCUCUAUGCAGUAACAUUUUGUGACAUACAGGUCCGGUGUGCUCUACCACCUGCACCUCACACCAAAUGAGGAUGUAGGACUAUGGGAGACAGCUAUAGUGUUGGAUGUUGCAUCAACUCACAUGGAGUCUGUGCUUUAAAAACAAAAAAACUGACAAGUUUUCAAGAUCAGAUUAUUGGCACUUAAUGCAUACAAAAUAGUAGAGCACCGUACUUGUCCCUAUAAUGUUAAAAUCCAAACUAGACAUGUUAUAAUAAAUCUAAAAUAGCAGUGUGUUAAGCCAUCAUGCUAUUUAGUCUCCAUUUAGCUGCUACACAUCUGUUCUCUAUUUUGUCGACACUAACCCUACUCUACCACCUACUCUGCAAUUACCGGGCACUAUAAUUUAAAUAUAUUUAUAUAUUGUUAGUACAGCUAUCAGGGUAACGUUGUUCAUGAUAUACUGUGCUGUUCUAUUUUAUACAUGACAUUUAUAUACUUGUCUUUUUAUCCCCUUACUUAUAGCUUGUUUUGUCACCUUACUGCUGUCCAUUGUCCUCAGGAAAUUGGGGAAAUCGGCACAAAACCCUAUGACUGCCAUUUAUUAUUGUCAAUAGAUUUUUGAUUGAGAGAUCUCAUCCAUUUCUUGGUUGAAUGGGGCACCACUGCAGUGGAAUCAGAACUUGUGAAUUUGCUGUUAAUUUUGAUAUGCAAAGAGGAUACAUAUAUAUUCUCAAUAAAUUUUAUAUAUGUGUGUAUAUUAUUAUUAUUAUUUUUUUUUUAAUUUGAUGAAGUUAAGAAUCAGGAUGUUCAUCCACAAAGGACUGUCUAUUUACCUGUUUAGAAUAAUGGACAGACUAAUCUGGCACCAGUUGCCUAGUGAAAAGGUUAUAGUAAUCAUUCCAUUCCACUCCUGGGCUAACAUCAUAGGUGUUGCUAGGGGGGAAUUGUGGGCUGACUCCCCAGAUAUUUGACUUUGUAGCCCCUGAUCUGAGUAGAUCACCGCUCCUUCAGGCUACUAAGGUGGAGUGGGGGAGUUGUGCCACCCCAGGUAACUUUUGAGAUGGCGUGCUGGGGAAGGGAACUUUGCUGCACACCCCUCUAUUAGUUAGGUAGCAUGGCAGGGUCACAUUGAAUACCUGCAUCUACUUGUUCCUGGCUAUACUUUCAUUAAGAACUCAAGGAACAUAAGCAGCAUGUUGUUCGUAGGUGGCAAGCAACAUAUCCUAGAGAGGUAGGGAUACGGCAACACAUCUCUACCUCUCUGUUAGUGUAGGGGUCAUCAAGAUUUGUUUUGGACUCAAGCCCCAGGUGGUGCUGAAGCCUAACAAUGACCUUGUUAGACAUGCUGAGAUUCCAGUGAUGCUGUCUUGUUGUAUGUGUCUCCUAUGUGUCAUUCAUAAGUAUAGUUUCACUUGGGCAAGAAAACAGGCUGUUUUGCUGCUGUUUAUACAGGUUCACCUCUAUUGACGUCCUCUUUCUGUACAGAGUGAAUGAAUGUAAUUGUAGGUUUGCUGAUAAACUGGAAUUUGUUGUUACUCAUGCUGUGUCACUCUUGGCCUGUAUAAUGUGCUGACAUAGGAUCUAAUGACAUAGGUUACGUGCUGUGGAAUGACGCAAUGCUAAACUCCUUCACAUAGACUGUUAAAAUCUUGCAAGUGAGUUGUCAAGUACGAACACAGUAGGGAUCAAACAAUAUAAUUUUUCCUGAGCCGAUACCGAUUAUCUGUCACCUUUUGGGCUGAUUGCCAAUAUCUGGUGCCGAUAUUCUGUACAUUUAAAGUUUAAAAAAAGCAACACAGUUUCUACACAAAUCUUGCAUUAAUUGAACAUUCUGACAGCAAUUACACUUCUAUCAUUCUCUGACAGCCGGUACAUGCUGUUACUGAUAGGAGUGUGAUUGUGGUAGCAAUCAUACUCCUAUCACUGUCAGCCAGCCCAGUGUAUUACUGUUUCAUCUCCAUGCCUUCAGCUUUAGCUCCACAUGACUCACAGAAAGCGGUGGCGUGAGGUCACUAAAUGACUCUUCUUUUGCUUGAGGCUGAAGUUUCCAGAUACAUGUAGUGACUGGGACAGGUGAGUAAGUUAUCGGUAAGAACAGUAAAUUACAAGGCUGGUACAGAUUAUCAUUAAUAUGCUGAAUAUCGGCUCUAAUAAUCGGCAGAACCUAGAACAGGUCUGUCUUUUUAAAAAAAAAAUUAUCUUAUUUGCUUUUGUGGUUCUGUUAAUAGUCAAUAUAAAAGGAGGUCUUUUGCAGCUGCACAAAUGAUUAUGAACAAUUUUUGCCUCGUUAUCUUCUCUCGCCUUUCUAAGUUAUUUUUAUAAACCGUCCUGACUGCUUCCUGCAUCCUAUUAAUAAUAGAAUCAGUGCCCAGGUAGGAGGAAAAUAUUCUCAUCCUUAAAGACCUCCUUGCAAAACCUGCAGAAACUCAGUGCCUAACUCCUAUACAUACAUGCACCUAGAGCAACGGUGGGCACGUAAACACUCAUCAUAUGUUGCCAUCCAAAGAGAACAAAGUCACGAUGUUUUACAUUGUCCAGUCAGUGAAUUUAAUCAUGGUUUUUGGUAGUUAAAGUCUGAUAUCCCCUAAAUGGCAACACCGUGUCCACUAAUGUAGGAUGACUAACACGUAUUUGAUUUGUCAUUGGCUGGUUGAGAGUCAUGACAAAGUAGUCCACGACAGCUGGACUUAUUGAUUAAACACAGGAAACCUGGAUGACUGGCAAAGGAUUAUGGGAACUGACAGUAGCACAGUGGGUGCAGAACUGCAAUGCUUCUUACUCCUGGCUAUUAUGUAUCAUGUAAGGUGGGUGUCUCUGAUAAAUGUGACAAGAUACUGUUUUCAGUAAACAGAAGUUGAUUCAUGAAAAAGACACCCAGGUCUUCCAGUAAGUGAAUCCAGAAUUACUUGAGUGGAGAUUGCAGUGAACCCACAUAGUAAAAAAAAUUAUGUAAAACCUAAUCAGCUGAUUAUAGGUGUCCUAAUCAAAGACACUGUAUUUUUUCCAUUGUCAGGUAUUUUUAUUCAGCAGUUAUCUAAAUAACAGGAAAAGGAGCUGGUUAAAGGUGACUAGUACCUAGAUUUUUGCAUUUGUUUACCACAAUUACAAUACUGAAAACCUUUCAGGCAUUAAUGAUCUCAGUGAAAAUAUUUGCAUCUUUGGAUCCUUAAUACAUGUGAUGACCGUAUAUAAUUAAUAAUUUUGGUAAUAUUUUAACAUGCAAUGUGUCUUCCACAGGAGGAUUUGCUCUUGUUUUCCUGGUUCGAACCAGCAAUGGGAUGCGCCGAGCACUAAAACGCAUGUAUGUGAAUAAUGAGCAAGACCUACAAGUUUGCAAGAGAGAGAUUCAAAUCAUGGUAAGAGAUUGGGUCCUCCUAGUGUAAUGCGCAAAUAAAAAUUGGGUCGGGGGGCGGGGCCUGGCAGCCAUGGCGGCUGGACGUGUUUUCUACGAGCUCCUCCAGCAUAACCAGAUUUAGUCCAGCCACCAAGGUUCUUCAUACCCUACCUUGAGCAGUUUGAAACUCCACAAUGUCCUGCAAUGUUUGACCGGCUUGGGGUUGCAUCCAGCGGUCACGAGCACUACACAGCUGGAGGUCUUUCUGCCGAGAGGGAGCAGGGCCUGGCGGGUGCUGUGUUAGGGAGAGGUGGCCAAUCUCCCGGCCCAACGCGUGCUGACUCAAGCACUAAGAAGAUGCUGCCCCGUUACCCCCAUAUGGACCGGCGGGGGUUAUCCUGGUCCUCACCCAGGGAGCACCUAUGCUCCGCGAGAAAACAAUACCGUGAAGCAUGGCUCCUACAAGGGCAGCGCAGUUAAAAUGGCGGAGGCAGCAUGUUAUCAGGCGCACCAGCGAGCGUGGUCUAACCUGGACACCCUCUUUCACCAGUUCUGUGUUCAACUACGACAUAAGUAUUUCCUUACUGCGCAACAAGCCCCACUGCCUACCACACCUACGAAGGUACCCAGAGGCUCCCAGAACCGAUGAGUUGCUCAGACCCUUAUAGUGGCCCACCUCAAGUGGCGAAGACUGCAUCUGCAAUGGAAGAAAAAGGCUGAACGCAGCGCUACACUAAAGCGGAGCAAUCACCCCCCACAAUCCGGGUUAUCCAAGGGGGCGGAAACCAGAUGGCACAUAGGAUAUAGUGAAAGGAGGAAAGCACUGCCCUAAAGAGAUGUUAUUGAUAUCUUAAAACGUAACUUUUAUUAGAAAAAUCUAUAAAGUGAACAAGAAAUAUACAAAGAAAAGAAAAAGAAAACAAGUAAAUAAAUAAAUAAAUAAAUGAAUGUUGGUUAUAAAAACCUCAGUUUCCCACAAAAGAUUUGUAGGAAAAUAUAGACAAAUGAUCGUAUUUGCUGACACAGAAUCAAAGUUAGCAUUCAAUAUAUUGUAACUAUAUAGUUAUAACAGAAUGUAUGAAUAGAAAGUGCCAGCUGGAUAUGAAUUCAUGUUGCCAAAUAUUGUAAUGUAUCAAUUUGUUUCGAUCACUUGCUGAAUCUAGUGUAGACGGACAAACGUCUGCAUUGUCUUGCACAGUCUGAAUCUUAAUUUAUCUGGAUUUGAUUAUUGGGUCUGGGCUUAGUCCGUCUAAUGCUAGGUUUUAUAUUUAAACAGGAGAUAUGCGGUAAAACAAAUCCGUAGAGAGUCCUUCUCAGUCUGACUCCCUACAAUGUACUCAUAUUCGUCCAGAGGAUAUGGGGAGAAAAAAGGGUCUAUAAAGAGAUCCUCGUCAGUCUGACUAACUAACUGACGUAUGAUAUUCACUCGGUAUAAUUUACAUAGAAUACAAAGAAGUAUAGUAAUUGAGUGUUGUUGUACCGAAUAGUGGAACAGAUCUUACUGUGUCCACGAUGGCAUCUGCUUUUAAACCAAAAAGCUGUGCUGUCUAGUCAGACUCCAAACAGCUAACUGGUAUAUACCUCAAUAGAUAAGAGAGUGUAAAAUCACGGCUAGAAAGUUCUCUAUCACCAGAAGUGUUUGAAAAACCCCUCAGGUCACAGCUAAAAAGAUAUAAAGUUUCUUUUCAUAAAAUAUGAUAGUAUGAAUUCGACUCAAUAUCGUAUUGUGUAAAAGAAAGAGUCUUACUGUGCCUUCGAGGGCACCUGCUUCAAGGUAAAGAGGCUGCGCUAGCUGACUACAAUCUACAUGAAUUCGAGUGAUAGAUAUCGUGCUGUAUAACAAAAAGAAUCUUACUGUGCCUUCGAGGGCCUUCGAGGGCACCUCCUUCAAGGUAAAGAGGCUGGGCUAGCUGACUACAAUCUACAUGGAUUCGAGUGAUAGAUAUCGUGCUAUAUAACAGAAAGAGUCUCACUGUGCCUUCGAGGGCACCUACUUCUGGGUAAAGAAGCUGCGCUAGCUAACUACAAUAUGUAAAUCAAAACUGAAUAUGAGUAAAAUGUCUUGAUACACGUGGUGAGAGACUAAACUUCACUAUAACAUCCAUUAGUGAGGAGUCUCAGCAUACACUCAACCUAACCAUCUAUAAAUCUGAUCAAUUCUAACAGUAAAUCCAAACAGAAAUUGUACGAUCUAAAAGUAUGAUAUGAGGCUAAGGUUGAGGUCGGAGGAUAGAAAUCUCCUACUACCCCAGAUGGCACAUAGACCAGUCCUGGCUUCAUAUUUUCUAUCUGUCUCUCACUUCACUACCUGCUCCUGCCAUGUGUGGCCCAUUGCACAAUAUGAUUCUGUGGGACUGUAUCCUGCCACUGACAGGCAUAAGCUGAAUGGCGUCCAGGGGACAUACUCUUCUUCUUUCAUGCAGUGCUGGAUUUCAAGCCUUUACUCACCUUUCUUCUCCCAGUACUACUUUGGGGCCCCAGUGGUGGCAAUAUUGUGUUAAUAGCUGUAAAUUUAGCUUGGUACUAUAUUUUUUUUGUUCCUUUCUCCUCCAAAAAAUGUGCAGCAUUUAUUUCACGUUACAUUUCAUGCUCAAAAAUCUGCCUGUAUUACAAACUCCUGCUGACCUGUUUCUCUAUGCCUGUGACUUGUUAUCAUUUGCACAUCAAAGAAUUUUUUUUAAAUUAAUUGGGCUAUAUUAAUUAAACUGUGUAUUUGUAUCCCAGUGUGUACUAGUAAAAGAAACUGGGAGAAAAGUAAAAAGGAAUGAAACAAAACACAACAUAAUACUUCCCACAAGCCAACAGGAUAAUUUCAGCUUCUUAGAUCAGUGGUGAGGGCAAGACCAUGAAUGUCAAGAUACAUAGGUGUGAAACCCCCUACAAAUACACACAAUGAAGCACAGUUACCCUUGAUACAUUGGCAAGUACAUAAAAGGUCAUCAUUUGUUCUAAUAGUGUAUAAGAUAGUGAUAAUACCCAUUUGUACUAUUGGUAUCUAUAGUCCAGUUUUAAGGCUAGUGGCUUGUUCAGAUGUAAUAUCCAUUAACUGGCCUUUAACUAAGGUUGCUAGUUCCACAGGGAUUGCAGCUACAUUUUGAUGGACAGUACACUGAUAAAGCUGCCCUGUAGUACUGUAACCGAUUCCUUUUGAUAUAAUAAAUUGACCACCUUUAUGCAGCAUUGGAAUUCUCCGUAUUGCCGAACAGCACUUUUCAUGUGUUGCUGCUUCGUAUGUACGAGUGAAAUGAAUCAGGGUGGAUAUGGUAAUCCUAUCUUUAACUGAAGUUUGUUGCCAAGGAUAAGGAAGGCAUUCUUCCGAGAGGUCAAGCAUCUGUGCUACAGGGGUUAGGUGGUGUUUCUCCCAAAAUGCUACUUUCUUAAAUUAUAACGGAAAUUUCUUUACUUUAUUUUUCCUCCCUUUCAGAUAUUUUGGUGAGUGGUAUAGACUGGAUUGUGUCCAUUAACCAUUUCACUUCCUGUGGGCUUAGGCAUUCUGUGGAAUAUUAAGGGUUCAUACAGCAUUGGUGUUGCUCUGUGUAAUAAAUUACUACUUAAAUAUCUUAACCUUAAAGGCACACUAUAGGCCCCCAGACCACUUCAGCUAUUUAGAGUGGUGUGGGUGCACUGUCCCUAUUGCACUUAGUGCUGCAAUGUUAAACAUUGCAGUUCCAGAGAAACUGCAAUGUUUACAUUGCAGCACUAAGUCUGCCUCCAGAGGCUCUCUCCCAGACAGCCUCUGGAGGCGCUACCUGGAUCCUAAAAGGUUCGGUAACUGACACUGGACAUCCUCACGCUCUGCAUGAGGAUAUCCAGUGUCAGAUUAUUAUUUUUUUACCCAUAGGAAAGCAUUGAUUCUAAUGCGUAUGUGCGGCAUGUGCCGCACAUACGCAUUAGAGCCUGCUUGUCGUGGGACGUCAAAGCAGGCAGCGGCUAAGGCAAGUAGGUAAAGGGUUUUUAACCCAUUAUUCACGUCGGUGGUGGGUGCGAGGGAGGGGGGAGGAAGAGUGGCUAUAGUGCCAGGUGUACAGAUUUCUAUUUCUGGCACUUAUAGUAUCCCUUUAAUAUUGUUGUUGUUUAAUUUUGCUUAAAUCAUUACGAUGCCGGCCUCGCGUUCCAUGGUCUACUACGGCACUGUUUAAUGUUGUUUUUGUUAAUGUUUUCCCUUUUACAACUGGUGAAUCCUCUUUUUAUGUUUUACUCUCUUUCUGUAGAGGGAUCUCUCUGGACAUAAGAACAUCGUUGGAUACAUAGAUUCCAGUAUUAAUUCUGUGAGCAGUGGGGAUGUUUGGGAGGUUCUGAUCCUGAUGGAUUUCUGUCGAGGUGAGGCCUUGGAUUUUGAUUAUCAGUUAUUGACAAUAUUCAGUGACCUGCAUGACAGUUUGAGUAUCUGCAUACACAACCAGCUUAAUUGUAUUUUUAAAAAACACCUAAAUCAACAUUUGCAUCCUCUUUCUGCAUUCCUUAGAUAUUUGCAAGGAUUCAGUUGUCUUUUUUUAUUUGGUGGCACGGUCAAUAACAGAAACAUCAUUCUCCCUUGUUUCUUGGUUGAAGUAGAGUUCAUCAAUCUGGUGUUUGUCUGUCUUUCUUUUUCAGAACAUGUGUAGAAGUUGGGUUCUGGGUUUGCUUGAUCAAACAUAAACAUAAUAGAGAAUUUUGUUUUCACAAAAGUUAAUAUUGCAUUUCCCAACUAAUCUGUGUCUACCACAGAGUAAUUGCACUCGCUCUUAAUUCUCUGGUGGGCCCUCAUGCACAGAAAAAGAUUGACCAAGCACUUACUAUGGAUGUCAUGGAGAUGUUCCUUUGACCUUUGUGGAGGUUUACAAGCAAUGUCUACAUUUUACUAUUACUCUACUACUCAUAGUUGAAGGAAUACAGCAAUAAAGCUUUUUUUUUUGCUCUUUUUUUUUUUACCACAAUCCUCUGAUAUGUUAUCUUGUUUUAGUAUCCAAUAUAAAACCAGGGACAUAGCUAGGGUUACAAAAAAACAACUGGCUUUUGAGCCCAUAAAUAAUUGAGUUACCCUACUUACCCCUGCUCACCUCCCACUCCUGCCUCUCCCCAACGCUCUUAAACACUCCUAUAGACACACAGUUACUUACUCUCCCAAGAGUUCCCACCAUGCAAUCACUGAAGUUGACAUGAUUAAGGAGUGCUGGAGCUUCAGUGAGGAACAUAUCUGCACAGGGUGCACUGUACAUAUAGCCUCUGAGUCCCACAGCAGCCCAGGGCCUGGGAUGCAGAGCUAAAAAUAAUUACCGAUUUUUAGACCAAGGGUUUUUCAGGGGCCUACUCAAGGCUUUAGCCAUGGUCAGUCCCCCCUCCUGAAGCCAAUGUCUACCACGCAUUACCCUUGUAGGUGUAUGUCAGCAAAGCAACCAUGACGCUUUAUCAAUAUGUAUUUAAUCUGCCUGCAGUCACCCCUCUGUUUGAGAUCUGACAUUUUUUAAAAAGCUCCACUUUCUUUUUCUAAACUUUAUCGCCUCAGUGAUGUAACUGGCCUUCUCUGUGCAUGGACUGUCCCUGUGUAACUCAUGAUUUUGACAUAAUAUAUAACAUGUUAUGCAUUGGUAUUGCUGAGGCCACAUUUAUUUUUUCUUAGUGAUCCAAUAAGCCAUGCAUGAAAUUGGGACUUUCUUUCUCUAUCUGCAGGAGGACAAGUGGUGAACUUGAUGAAUCAACGACUGCAGACAGGAUUCACAGAAAAUGAAGUUCUUCAGAUCUUCUGUGACACAUGCGAGGCAGUGGCCCGUCUUCACCAGUGCAAGACUCCGAUAAUACACCGGGAUCUCAAGGUACGCUUAGGUGGAUUUUAUGCACUGGCCUCCAUUAAUGAUUCCCUGGUUGAUACUAAUGUGUUGUUUUCUUUUUCUUCUUUUAUUUCUCUAUGGUCUGGACUAUUAAAGCAUAUUCUGGUCAUAGGCUAGCGCAUACCCUCCUUAUAUUCUAGUUUUGCUUCUCUCUGUCUGUUUCCCUGGUGUGCUUUGACUGCAAGUAUUGGUGUUUUGUUUUCUCAAACCUUUUUACCAGCAGUCAUUUUUUUGCUGCAUUAAUUUCCUUUACCAUUUCUAAACCCUGUCAUCUGUCUGGGGUAUUAGAGGGUCACAUCUGUGUUGGAUUAAUUCAUUAAUCCCCCUCUCCAAGUGCUACAGACUUGUAUCUGUACUUCUGUAUGGAUAUCUUGAAUGUAAUUCUGACAUGUCCUCUCUCCAGAUUACAGUUUGCUAUAGAGUAUUUUAGAGAAUGUAUCAUAUUACUCCAUAUUUGUUUUAACCUCUUAAGGACCAAACUUCUGAAAUAAAAGGGAAUCAUGACAUGUCACACAUGUCAUGUGUCCUUAAGGGGUUAAAGGACUUGGGAAGAUCUGGCAAGAUCUACAAUUUACAAUGUGCACUAGACACAUGUAUGGGUCUUCAUAGACAUUAAAAGUUGCUUAUAGAGAGCGCUCAGCUAUAGGUGCUCGCCAUAAAUUUGACAGCCAAGGGGGCCUUUUUUUCUUCAGAUGUGGUACCCAUGAGAUUUGUGCCCAUUUUCUUAUACAGAUUUAGAUUUUAAUUUAGAGAAAGCUGCCAUUUUAUUAUUAACUACUUAUUUUUGUCAAAUGUUCAUACUUUCCAAUGUCCAUUUUACAGUCUUGUGAAUACUUUAGAAAUAUUGAGUUAUAUAUGUAGAUAACAUCUUAAUCUGAUAGGAACUGGAUUCACAGGACUGUUUGAGUUAAGUUGGGAUUCCAGAGAGUAACAAAUGCACACCCCCAAGAAUAUAUGAAAAUUGUGAAUCAGUAAUUGUGUGUAGAUUAUUUGCUGUUCUUAAAUUGAUACUAUCACUAAAAAUGACUUCAUCUGUUAAAAACAAUAUUGCAGACAAAUUAAAGGACAGUUGUUAAUAACUGUGGAUAACAAUAGUCCUGGAUUUAAGAAUUACCUAUCUGUACCACCAGGGAUACUGACAAAACCUGGACUUUUAAUGAAACCGUUUUGGUGUAUAGGUCACGCCCCUGCAGACUCACUGCACAAUUCUCUGCCAUUUAGGAGUUAAAUGACUUUGUUAAUGCAACCUUCGUCACAGCUCCCUUGCUGUCUCCUUACACAUUUCCCGUAAAGAGAGAUCUAAUAUUUAAACUGUCUUUAUUGCACAGUCUGUCUAAUUUUAAAUUUCUCAUAUGCUAAUCUGUUAAUAAGCUGCUAGUGCAUGCAGGAGCCUUAUGUAUGUGAUUAAAGUUCAAUUAAUAUCUCUAUCAAGUUCUUGCUUUACAGGUGGUUUACACAUUGUAUGUGUAUGUAUGAAUAUGUGUAGUGCACUCAGAAAAAAAGGCACAGAUAGCCUGAUGUAGGUAGGAUCUCUAGACCUAACAGAUUCCCUCUUCUGUCUACCCACUUCCUCCAGUGCUUGCCCUAUGAAGUAGAUGGAAGCUGCAGUAUGCAACAUAUGUCUCCUUCAUGGACAGCAUGCUUUCCAUGCCUGCCGAGGGAUGUACAUAGGCCAAUCUCAUUCCCGUUCAGGACUGUGUGUGAGAUUAAGAGACUUUAUGGAAUAACAUACCAUCCAUGCACUAAAGGCUCUGAAUAUUCCGCUUUAUAAAAAAAGCAUAUUAUUAGCAUUAAUCUAGUAUGUGUUGUUUAAAACACCACUAAAGACACCCAACCACUUUAUCACAAUGAAGUGGUCUGAGUGCAGUGCUCCUUUCGUUUUAAACCUGCAAGGUAAAGCAUUGCCGUUUAGUAGUACACCAUUGCUUACAUUGCAGGGUUCAAUACACUUCUAGUGACUGUCUUCAUGACUGCCGCUAAAGGCGCUUGCACUGUUAAAAGUGAGUCAAACUCUGUUCUCCUAGCUAACCGCAAUUUCUUCGGAGGAGCAUAACAUGGGGCACACAUGCAGUUUUUUUCCCCAAUGCUUCUUUGUAAGGAGCAUUGGAUUAGAACAAAAUAAGAGCCUGCUUGACGUUGCGGGAAGCGGAUCGUGCAUGUGCAGGGACUGGAUCUUUUGUGUUUAGAUUGAAGGGGGACCCUAAGCUAAAGGCACAGGAGAACACUAUAGCAGUAGGUUUGUGUUCCUAACGCUAUAGUAUUUAUUUUAGUUGUUGCUGCAAGCCCUCUUCAUAUGGUGCAUCCUUCAGAGAGGAUGCAAUCCCUGGCACCAUUAACUGGCACCGUGCAUUAAGACAUCACUAAGCUGUUCAGUCCUUAUGUAAAUCUUCUCCUGCUAGCACACAGGAAUUUAUCACUUUUAGUCACAGAGAGAUUUGUAAUCCUGUAGCUUCGAGACGUGAUGAAGGCUCAUUUUUAUUAAUGGGAUUCAUUUCCAUGAUGUGCUAAACAGAGGAUAACUGCACAAAGAUCCUUGUGGUUACAGAUACAUUUCUUCAUAAAUAUCUUGUCUUCCCCUUCUAGUAUAUACCUUUACAUCAUUUUCUGCCUCAGGAGAAUGUUUCAUAUGAGUUCAUAUGCAUUGUUCUUAUUGCCCCUAGUCGUUUAAUCAUCAUUGGUUCGUUAAUUAUUAUUGACUAUGUACAAAUCACUUAUUUACUUAAAAUAACUUGAACUUAAAAUCGUUUGUUAAUUAUCGGACAUGAUUAGUGUGAUUCUAAAAUACUGUCUACUUAGUACAUUUUAUUUAAGGAUAUUACUAGACAUCUAUAUUGUGCAACAAUCAGGAUGUAAGAGAUACGCUUUCCUAAAGAUUAAUCUUUUUUCCCCAUAAUUGAAUCUAUAAAAUCUAUUUACCCUACCAGGAAAAAUCAUCACAAUGUGUAUUUGAACCCAUGGAUACAUGGCAGCUAGCUAGCAAGUGUUGGAUAAAACACCUGUAUGUAUGUGUGCUGUUCAGAAAUACCUGAAAUAUUGACAUAAUUUGACACCAUUUUAUUUUUUUCCUUCAUCCUUUACAUAAAUAUGGUAACAAUAUUUUUGAGGCCUGAAUGAAUGGGUAUCUGUCUUUUAGGAACCUAUUGGCCAAACAACCACGUUCCACAAGUACAGUUACUGAAAGAUUUAUGCUAUAUAGGACAGUGCAGGUUGUUAUUGCAGCUUGCAAAUAAAUUAUUGCAGCAUGUCUUUCAAAGCCUUCCAACUUUCAUUUAGCUGACUGCUAAUAUGCAAUAUUUCGCCUCCAAAAGUUGCUGUAGAGAAUGGGAAUGGCAAGGCGACUUGCAGAAGACCUUGUCAAGUGUUACACCAGACUGGCACUGACCCCAUGUCUUUGAAUAGAACCAAAGAUUCAGCAAUUUGCCUGGCUAAAAAAGAGCCGAAAACUUAGCAGUCCAAUCCCUGUAAGUUCCUACUGGUGGAAAGACUAUAUACAAAAAUGUGGGGAUUUCUGUAUGGUUCACUAUGUAGGGUUGUAAAUAUACUCAAAGUAAAACUGACCGUCAGUGCUUUAUCCUCUUAGUCAUUGUUUCUUUAAUAAUCCAAUGUGCUAGAGUACAGUAGCAAAACAUGUGCCCCAUUGCAACUAUUUAUAAACUGUUCUGCGUGGAAAAAAAAAUCACAGAUCUAUUUUAAGUAUAAUGCAGUCUUUAUUUUGAGCAGUUUGAAUAUUUUUCCGCCUGUCUUUGAGAAUUGUGGCGCGUUAUCCUCACUGUCUGUGUGUGUUUGUUACAUACCUGCACAUAUCUGCCAGCUUGAAUAUCUGUAGACGUUGUUAUUCAAGUGCUGUGUAAUUAUAAAGGCGCAUGACACAUCAUCUAAUAUACGUAAACAGUAGUCUAAUUAGCAGUGCCCAUGGAGAAUAAAACGACUGCUAUAAGAUUCCCCAUGCUGAUAGACAUUCGAAAAUAAAUCUUUAUUUUACACUAAUUUUCCUGCCACUCUGUCAGACGGUUAUCUGAAUUUACAGCUCCGCUACGAUAUUGCAAGAUGCACUUAUUUCAGAUGCCCGUUUAAAAGUAUUUUUCUUUAAGUGGGAACAUCUCUAUAAUGACAGUAUUCUGAAUGACACUGUUCUGCUGACUUUAUAAAUCAUGUCUAAUCCUUUUUAUUUGGCUGGGAUCUGUUGGUACAAAAAGCCUGCUUAUUAAAAAAAAUAAAAAAAUAAAAAAUAAAAUACAAGUAAGCUAGUUUUAUUCCAUAUUUCAAUACAGAUAAAUAGGUGCAGUUUAAACACUUUUAUUUGAUGAUUGUGCUUAUAUACAGUAUUUUCAAACAUGACGGAAACAUGUUGGUACCCUGUAGUGUUGGUACUGGGAAUGCUAAGGAUAAAAGAUUUUGGAUAUUGGUUGCUUGGGGCCAUAAAACUCCCAUAGCUUUUGUUAGGUGUAUGCGCUAAUCUAUGUAAAAUUUAAAUAAGCCCUAGUGAGCAUGGCCCUCGCACCAUCUGUUUCUGUCUCUUUCAAUAUGUCACAAAUGCAUAUACCUCCUUACUGUACAACCAUGGCAUUGGUGCUCUGCAAAUUAUAAUGAUGAAUAUUCAGGAUAGGUUGUUAAAAGCUUUAUUAUUUGAUCUCCAUGAACUAUAUAUUUGCCACGUUAGGACUUUAUGCACGUAUGUGUGUACAUACAUGUACAAAUGAAAACAUUUGAUUCAAACACAAUUGAAAUUUAUGAUAUACCGGGUAACUGCAGGAUUAUUUAUUAAAGUGAAACUUGUCAGGAAUUCAAAGUGGCUACUCUGGCCUUACAUUUGAAUUCUGAUUUAGAUCAUGUUUUCAGUUUGGCUAUUUUUACUAUAAUUAAAAAUUCACUAUGAAUAUUCACUUUUGUGACUAACCAUGAGUUUAUGAUUAUAAUAUAAACCUAAAUGAGCUUUCUAAUAUUAAAAUAAAUAUUUUUAUUUUGGAUGUUAGUGCUCUCCCUCUUUAAUUAAAUUCUUUCAAACAAAUAGGUUUAAUUCAGCUUCAGAGCGUUCUCCUCAGUGCAUCUAAUCUGCUCCCAAUGAAGUCAUCAGUACUGAUGACCUCUUGUCCAAUCCAGUGCUUCUCCUGUAGAAGUCCUGGAGAUGUAGGAUGCCUGCUCCGCAGUAGCGUUUCCAAACCAGUGCUUCUACUAUGGAAGCAUUGAAUUAAAUACUUUUCUUUAAUGUAUAUCAAGACCUUAAAAUAAAAGGCCUUGAAUGAGAAUGCAAUUCUAGUGACUGUUAGUAUUACAGCCACUUGAGGCAUGGUUUAUGCAAAAAAAAUUAAACAUGAUCGAUUUUUAGAAACAGAAAUGUUUUACGAACACUUAGCAAAGUACUAUCUUCAAACUGAUAUUAAUACUGUCCCAGUUACAAGUAAACUUUUCAAUUACGAACAUUACUUGACAAUUUUAAAUCAUUUGUAAGUUGAAUUCGUUAUUUAAAACAGCAAACAAAAAAAAUGACAUCUUGCCAAUCAUUGAGUACUGAAAGGCUCACCCCACCCCAUUCAGUGGGCUUUAAACACCAUAAACACUACAGUUCAUUGUAGUGCUUGUGAUUCAGCAAGUCUUUUGUUGUUAUCCUAUUGCUCAGUGUCAAACUGUUUUACAAAAGCCAGAAACAUGAGCUAUCCUGCCACAUAAACCCCUCUGCUGCUGCUCGGCUAUGAAGAAGUGGAAUUCUAUACGGGCUAGUCCGAGUUUAGAUUGCAAUAAUAGGCUGAGAGCACAGGGCUAACACAUAGUUGGAUGGGUUAAUGCGGAAGUCCACUUUGGCAAUACAUGAAUUGCAGGUGGAGGGUUCUAAUUUAGGUGUCAGAACAGCCAUGGUCUUACCUAACCACAUGAAGGGAUGGAAACCAAGUCCUUUGCCCUUUAAACAUUACAGUGUGCUGUAGUGCAUAUAGCACUUAGUCUGUCCCUUUGAAAUAAGUUUAGUGACUUCUUAUAAACAUAAGUACAUGACAGGACUUUCCUUUGGGUGAGGAUGAUGGGUAUUUGAAAAUGUUCCUCAAUUGAAUAUGUUGGACAGCACUGAGCUACUUCAACCACAGCUCUGUGUGAAACUGAAGUCAGUUUAGUGCCUGUCAAAGAUAAUGAAAUGAAGGCACCCCUCAGAUAUAGAACAAGCGAGAAUUUGAAGUGAAAUUACAUUUCAAAUUUAAGGUGAAAACAGCUGAAGUAAAAAUGUUCUCUGAGGCAGCCAUACUUCUAGUUUGGCUACUACUUUGGCCUUAAAUUUAAAAUUCACUUUGAAUUCUCAUUCUAGUAAAUAACCCUGAAAGUUUCUUUCUUCUAUAUUUUUUGCUAGGCUAUUUAGCCUUUUACCUUGCUCCUUUUCUACAGACAUUUUUCCAGUGAACUGCAACCUGCCUAUCAUAUGAAAACGCACAACCAGGCUAAGAACAGGACUGCUGACUUUUGUUCGUAAAUUAUAUAUCCUAGCAAUCAGUGUCACUUAGUUCGUACAAAAGCUACUUGACACUACAAGAAAACAUGUUACAGGUUGUUAAACGCUAUAUAAGUAGCUUGCAAACUGCUUACAAUUAUCUUAAAUUGAAUUUCUGGAGAGUAAAACGGCAAGUUAAUUUUCUGCAAUCACAUCUGCCAUAUAAACGCACUCAACCACAGUAAGAGGGAAGAGAAAGGUAAAUCUGUGAAAAACGAACUACAUCGACAAGCAGAUACUGUGAUGAUAAUGUAUACUUCAAGUCAUGCUUCUGUUUAACCCAACCAUAUGGCCAGAGGAUUAAAGGUGACGUGUGCUUGAAGACCCAUGUCUGCUCUACUCUCCAUAUAUUGAAGUAUCCUCUACCAUAGUCCAAGCACACAACCAUUUCCAGGCUGACUUUAAGGAAAAUUCUGGAGAUGAGUCUGUUAGAUUAUUGUUUUGGAAUACUUUUGGGUAAUUCUUUAACUUUAAUGAUAUAUAUAUCUGUGGUUGGUACAAAAAAAACCAACAAAUUAGUAGAGAGGAUAAUGUAAGUCAGUUGGGGUGUGCCGAAACCAACAUUCGGGUAGACCUGUAAAUAAAAAGGGCAAACCUAUGUAUAAUUCUGAUAAGAGGGAGAGGAGAGUCGGGCAAGGUUUGGACACAGGCAGCCAGGAGCAAAAAGGGCUCGACAUUCGGGUAGACUUGUAAAUAAAGCUUGCAAAACUAAAUCCAUUGAGAUGCAAUAGAAUUUAUUUUAAUGCACAUGUUUAAAUACCAUGGUCAUGAAAAGCUUGUCUUGGUAUAUACCUACAAUAUGCAACUGAUUUGUAUCAGCCUAGUUUUUUUAUGAUGUGCAUAGGUAUGUUUUGUCUUGAAGCUGCCGAGGCUGUCCCUAUUCUGGAUGAAUGCUGUGAAUAAGCUAAAGGGUCCAACCCUAAUUUCAUGAGGAUUUAAUUGAUGUAGAACAUACAUUUGGAUGUAGUAAGUGGUCAGCCAUUUAAAGUGAAGAGAGGAUAUUGAGGAGGUUUGUCUAUUAAACAGGAGAGAAACCGAUCCAUUACUCCUGCUGGAAUAUUGGUGGAAUAUUGGGGAAUUUCGGUGGGGGGUCCGGUCUGGUUUGUCUUGGUAAAAGUCAGUGGAACGUCAACCUGGUUCUAGGACCUAUUCAGAUAUGGGAAUGCACAAGUCUUUGGAGGCUAAUGGAGGUAGUGUAACCUUUCUCAACUGUGCUAGUGCUGCAACAGCUUUAGCAGAAAACAAUUUGUGAUAGUCAUAAAAAGAAACCCCUCCAUACUUUUAGCCUGGAUGACAACUUGUGAUGCUAUGAGAAGAGACCCCAAAUUGACAUCUUUCUCUUAUAAUAAGACUUUCCUAAUGUUGCUGUAUUUGAAUUAGUAAUUGCGUGACUUAUCACCCUGUGAAAGAUUUGGAGGAAGGAGAGUUGGAGGAAGGUUAGUAGGAACAACAGAUUAGGCAGCCAAAUUGGCAGAUUCUAACGUUUCAAGUCUAUUAUUUAUAGAGUUGAUUGAAGUUGUUAUGGUUGAUAGCAUAGUGUGCAUCUCUGCCAAAUUGCUAGAACUACUCCCUUCCUCACUUGUACCAGGUCUUGGUUAAUCUGAUUGUGAUUUUAUUAGAUAGUAUAAUUUCCUGUCCGUAGCCGAGAAUGAUAUGUUUUGCCUCCGUAGCUCUGCAGUGAUUUUUGGGCCUGUCUAGGAACUGAUAGAGCUUGGACUUGCAGACAUAUCUCUGAUAGGUACACCAGUUCUGGCUGGGGUGCUAGGGAGGGGGAGAUUGUCACCUUAACAUGAAGAAGACAUGCUAAGAGAGAAGGGAAUUGACUUAGAGAUAUUAUAGUCACUAUAACCACUUCAUCUCUUUGAAUUUGUUAUAGUGCCUGUAGUCUACUGGUAUUAUUCCUCUAAUCAGUGUUAAACUGCAUAAAAGCAGUUUAACAGUAAAUAAGUGUCCAUGGCCACCCAGAGUCUGGCCCCUUCUGGAGGUGUGCCUAAGGCAGAGAUUACAAUCUUCCUUGAAGUCCUACCCAUUCAUACCUUCAGUUGGAGUUCUGAAAGGCUAAAAGCAGUCCGCUGAUUGUCUUAUACAAAUUACGGCUACCCAUUGCUGUUUAGACUAAUACUUCCUUAUUAACCAAAGCAGCACUGAUGGGAUAGACUGCUGGGGACUCUCGUUUAGCGUUAAAACUUAAAAACUGUUUAAUGCUGAAUGAAAUUAUGAUACCAGGGGUCUCCAUACACUAAAACCAGUUUAUUGUUUUUAAGCAGAUCCAAUGCAUACAGUGUCCCUUUAAUUAUUGUAAUUAGGACCUUCCCUCCCCCAGUCGUAGUACGAACUGACUGAUUGACUAAUACAAAGAGGUAAAAAAAUGAACUAGUUGGGUGACUAUUGAGUCCCUGCCAGAUUCCAAGCUUUGAGAGGCACUAUCUAGGAUUUGGGGCAGAGGGCAACUGAACAAUGUGGCGUAGUGUGAAAAGGCAUAAGUUAGAAUGGCCGUGACAGGUGAGGCCCUACCAAUGCAACCGUGCAAGACUCCAACUAUGAUUGAACUAUUGGGUGAAUUGGUUGAUCCCGAAAGACCAUUUUGCUUACAUGAAACCCAGUCUAGCUGGGAAUCUGAAUUCCGUUUUAGUGACGGUGUGAAGAUUUAAAAAAAAACAAAAAAACAAGAAAGAUACAAAGAAAGAAAGAGAAAACUAAAUAUUUACCCUAGCAACAUGGCAUUAGUCAUUUUAUGGUAUUACAUAAUCGCAAAACAUACAAAAGAACUUGCAAGACAGAUCCUCGUGAAUCUUCAAUGGCGCAUACUUUCUGCUGUCCUAUCAGUUGAUGCUUCAAGUAUAUUUAAGAUUAUUACUAAUCAAUUUGUUUUGUUACAUGUCUGUUUAUAGGUUGAGAAUAUCCUGCUACAUGACCGUGGUCACUAUGUCCUGUGUGAUUUUGGAAGUGCAACAAAUAAAUGCCAGAACCCUCAGAGUGAGGGGGUCACAACAGUUGAGGAGGAGAUUAAAAAGUAAGGCUAAGCUGAAGAGGGAAGCCAAACAUCAAUUUUUAUAAAGUCAGUGUAUUCUCAUAGAAAGAAAGGCUCUCAUCAGACUGAAUAAAACUAGCAAUGAAGACUUUUGUCCUCUACCUGUGGACUAUGGCAGCAUCGUAUAUGGAAUCCUUGCAAGAUGGCUUGUGAUGACCAUAGUUAUAGUGCUUGGAGUGCCCCUAUAAUAACAUGUAUUCCUUCCAUUGGCAAGCUAUUCAUGUACCGUUCUAGAUUAUCAGUAAAAAAAUUUAAAUAAAGUUUAUUCCCUCAUGGUUUCCGCUUGAGUACCAAAGCAUAGCCAUGACUGGUUUAAUAGAACACAUCCAAUGAAUGAAUCUGUAUAGCAUAAAGUCACAAUGUUUCAGUAGGAUAGAACAUAUAUUAGUUGAUACAGUAUAUAUGGGUAGGUCCUUACAUUGUGUAGUAUGAUUAUGAAUACUGACAUAUUUUGAUGCAUCCAUCUGCCUAUCAAAUCAUGCUUUAAAAAUUUAAUUUUAAAAUGUACACAUCUGCAGCACUGGGUGAGUGUUUGAUUGUAUAAAUCAUUACAUGCACACAGUAACACAUUCAAAUUGUUCUUGUUUUUCAGAUAUACAACCCUCUCCUAUCGUGCUCCUGAAAUGGUUAAUUUGUAUAGUGGAAAAACAAUCACUGCUAAAGCUGAUAUAUGGGUUUGUUUUGAUUGUGUUCCCUGUCCUUCAUGUUUUUUUUUUUUUUUUGUUUUGCUUUUUUUUCUUUGCUUUAAUAAUUCAUUAUGUUUUUUGGAAAAAGAUACAUUUGAAAUUUUACAUUCUAUACAAGAAAUCACUUUAAGUACAUGACUUGUCUUUGUACUAUGACACCGUUGCUCACAUUUUCAUAUCAGAGCAUGACUUCGGGUUUAGAAAAAUAAAGAAUUGUUUUACUAGACUUUAUAUGUUUUCAUACAGACCAUAUAUAUGUAUUCAUUUUGUAUCUAAGACUUUUUUUCCUGAGUGUUCCUGCAUAAGAACGCUACAUGACCUAGAUGUUCUGCAUUUCUUCCCUAUUCUGAAGGCGCUGGGCUGCCUACUUUACAAGCUCUGCUUCUUCACACUGCCAUUUGGCGAGAGUCAGGUUUCAAUCUGCGAUGGCAAUUUCACCAUCCCGGACAAUUCUCGUUAUUCUCAGGACAUGCACUGCCUAAUCCGUAAGUUUCAUAGCGUGUCUGCAUAAAUCAUUACUUAAUGUUUUAAGGCUAGUUAUGGCAAAACCCUUCCUUUUGCGAUCUCUCUUGCUGAAUUUUUUUUUUCCUCCUCUUUCUCGAUAGAUCUGAUUUUUUUUAUUUUUUUUUAGGUAGUUAGAGAUUCAGUAUAGAUAUCUCUGUGACAGGAACAUAUACAUAUUGUGCUUGUUUAUUUGUUCCAAUCAGGGUAUAUGCUUGAGCCAGAUCCUGAUAAGAGGCCAGAUAUAUAUCAAGUAUCCUAUUUUGCAUUCAAGCUAGUGAAAAAGGAAUGCCCAGUCCAGAAUGCGCACGUAAGUACUCAUAUUAUGGUUCCGGUGGGACACAUUUCUGUUGCUCAUAACUCACAGUGCACAGUUAUCUGUGAAUGAACACUACCCUUUUAUGUGCUAUUUCUGUAGGACUCUGUGAUCCCAGCAAGGCUCCCAGAGCCAUUUAAAGCUGGAGAAGCUGCUGCCAAGAAAACUACUCCCAAGGCUAGGUGAGUUCUGUGCGCCGUGGAUGAAAUUAAUGCCAUUCUUUAGCAUGAGAGUUCCCAGAUUUGUGUUGUCCAUAAAGUCUGACAGUGAUAGUUCUACUUCGUUUACUACUUUAAUUUUAAAUUAAGUGAUCUCCUCUGACAUCCUGAGAUAGCUCUGCUGUGACAAAUCAUUCUUCUUAUGAAGAAUCCUAGUGAUUUGCAUUAAUCCUGCAAGCACCAGUCUGAGUACAUUUUGGGUUAGAGGAUUUUUUUUCUUAGUAUUAUUAUUUAUUAUACAGUGACUGAUUUAAUGUUUAGAGCUUAAUUUCAAGCAAGCGUACUUUUUAGAUGACCAAGUUAACGUUAAUUAGUGUUCUAUUUGUCAGUGUUCUAAGCUUCCCACAAGUAACAUUUUGCUUGCUGCCGUUGUGAUGGUGUUGAAUCUAUUCAUAAUCAGCAAGUAUUUCACUUUAGGUUGUUAUUAAUUUACAAUGCAGCAAUUGGAUCCCUCUGCUUUUCAGGCUAACAGACCCUAUUCCAACAAUGGAAACUUCCAUAGCUCCACGGCAAAGGCCCAAAGCUGGACAGACGCAACCAAAUCCAGGCAUGCUUCCUAUUCAGCCGGCCCUUACACCACGUAAAAGACCAACUGUGCAACCAGUUGUUCCUAACUCAGGUAAUGAAUGGAUAACUUUAUCACGCCUACAUGUAUGUAUUAUCUUUAUUUUGUGUGUAUAGAGAGGUGAACACACAGGUGUUAGAGUGUGUUGGUGGAUUUUAGAUCACAUAGCAGGACUUUGUAUUUAUUUUGUAUUGUAACUUUAUCACGCCGCCUUCCAAAUAAUUUCCAAUGUCCCACUGAAGAAAUAUUUGUAUUUAUAAAUAGUAUCUAUUGAAACCCUCAAACCUCAUAUAUUUUGAGUGCACGUGUCACUAGACGUGGCUUUUGUUCUUUUAAUAUGUGCAAAGCUUUCUAAAGCGCAAUGGGGGUCACACUUUCCUGCGUACAGACUCACUCAUUAUGGCCCUUUCAUAUUUUAAUAUUAUUAUUACCCAAAUGGUAAACUGUAUAGUUUUGGGAUCCGCUUCACUCUCUAUUUAAUUGUAUCACCUCCCUUCAUAGGUGUAGCUGCCAGUGUUCAGGCUCCUGCACCUUCACCAGUGCAGCCUGCUGUAAAACCAGUGGCCCAACCCCAACUGCAGGCUAAGGUGGCACAACCCGCGCCGCAGGUUACCAUACCAGUAACUACCGCUCCACAGCCAGCGCCACUGCAAACACCAACACCAGUACCUGCACAGCCAGUACCACUGCAACAACAGCAGCUCUAUCUGAAACAGCAACUUCUACAGCAGCAGCAGGCAGCUGCCUUAUUCCAACAGCAGCAGAUUCUGCAGGCUCAACAGGUAACCACAGUGUGUGUGUGUUUUUACUAUGUUUAUAGCUAUACUCUAUAUUGUUCAUGUUUGUAAAUAGAUUGCAGGACUUAGUUUAAUAUUCAUAUGGUUGUUCUGUUCAUUGACAGUGUGACUGCAUUACCGAAGACAAUUCAUUAUCCAGCAACGUAUUAUCCAGCAGCAUUACUGCAUACUCUGCCUUGUUCUCAUGUAAUCAAUCUUAAUUUCAAAAGGUGGAUCUUUCUAAAUAUCUGACAAAACUGUCCGCCAGCUCUGUCCCCCAAUCCAUGAUCUACUGUACUUGGAAUAGUGUAUUGGGAUAGUGUAAAUUUUGUGAAUGUUUAGAUAUUCAAAUCAAUAAUCACUAUUCAUAGUUUUCAGGACUGAGAAUGUGAGGGCUUUAUAUAUAUAUAUAUAUAUAUAUAUAUAUAUAUAUAUAUAUAUAUAUAUAUUGUGUGUGUGUGUGUGUAAAUUAUCUCUUGUAAUACAGUAUGGUCUAAAAAGCAGACCCCUCGGGGUUUAAUUAAUUACACUUAACCUGUAGUUGUCUUUGUGAUUGAUAAAAGGGUACGCAGGAUGUAGUCCAAUAGCAUUUGUGUUUCUGCAUUUCAUCACUCCUGCUCUGCAGUCAUACUAAUAUUUAAACAGCCUAAGUAUGCUUGUCGCGUACAUAUUGUUGUUUGUCUGGUUUCUGUGUCCAUCUUCCUUGCUUGUGUGUAUAUAUUUGUGUAUAUGCUGAUCUGGAUAUUUCUGUACCAAAGAUGCAGGCAAUGCAGCAACAGCAGAUGCUUCAAGCAUACUACUUGCAACAACAGCAGCUUCUAGCUCAGCAGGCUGCCAUGCAGCAGAAGUCGGUGGUACAAAAACCUUUACCGAACCAGCCUCAAGUUCUACCGACUGCUGUUCAGCCAUCAGCUCCCCCAGAACAAAUGGUAAGUCCUUCAUUCAUCAAUAUAUGCUACCUAUAUGUUGUACCUAUACCAGAAGUAGAUCACAGCCUGACUUAAGAGGCGGUAAAUGUUUAGGGAAGGAGAGUUACAAAUACUGCAUUACUGAGGUUGUUAAUGAUAUAUGGAACAAACAUUCACUAGAAGUAGUAUCAAAAAUAUACAAUAAAGGGGCAGAACAUAGCAGAUCUUUAACCACCCACUCUCGGCAUAACCAAGUAAAGAAUGCAAGUAGACUAUUCAUUAUUCAGAUGAGGUGUGGAUCUCAAUAAAGGGCCAUGGCCCCACAGUCAUUCAAAGACAUUUAGAACAUUAAAAAUGAUGUAUUUUCCUUAUAAUUAUAAAUGUCCAGAGGGUGGAAUAUGCAUCUUUUCUUUUUUCUUUUUUUUUUUUUAAUUCUUACAUUUUUGCGCUCUGUGGCAGAGUAGUCAGAUAAUACAUUAUGUUUAUCAGUGACAUGAAAGUUGGAAGUUGUACAUGUAGUAGGUUUUUGGAUACAGUCGAUAUACAGGUUAACAUAACAGCUUUGCACUGAGUAUAUUAUGUAUUUCAGUACUCGGUGAGUAUUUGGCAACAGACUUCGAAAGUGGUUUGCAUUAUUACAAUUAUAUGCGUUUAUACAGUAAAUGGGUUGUAUAAAUCAGUAGCUGUCAGCGCUGUCCAGCCAGCCAGUGCAAAGCAAUAUUGUGCAAGAGAUAGUCAGCAGUGCUAGUGGUUUCAUUUAGCGUAUCCCCUGUUUUAGAUCCGCCCCAUGAGGGUUUUUACUCCUCUUUCUUUGGAUGCGUUAUCCAGCUUGAAGUGACGCGACAGCGAGAAAAAUAUCGAAGGGUCCCAUGAUAGGUGGGAGGAGUAGUAUUGAAAAGCAGUAGAGUGGUAGAGAAGAAAAAUUACAGAAAAAAAACAGACAGAAUGAGAAGGGUUCCAGGUCGUUGUUGGCAGGCCAUGUCGGGGAGACCGGUAGCAGCAAAAAAAGGGAGGGGGGCAGCCGGUAGCCUCUCGAAUGGGGAAGCAGUGGGGCGAAUAUGCAUCUUUUAAAGUACAACAUAGAAAGGACUAACGCCAUCCAUUUAUUUCAGAUUCAAGCUCCAAUGAGAGCACCACAAAUGCCCCAGCCAGUACCCACUCAACCUGCAGCUGGGCAGAAGCUAGGCUCCCUUACUCCUCCAUCAUCACCCAAGACCCAACGUGGUGGGCAUAGGAGGAUUCUGAGUGAUGUUACACACAGUGCUGUAUUUGGCGUACCCGCUAGCAAAUCUACUCAACUGCUACAGGCAGCCGCUGCUGAAGCAAACCUCAACAAGUCCAAGUAUGUACAAAGUAUAUUGAUGCAUUGAUGGAAACGCAGCCAUGUGUCUGUAAACAAGCGUCAUGGCUUAUGGUGGCUUUCAACCAUUGUGCCUUAAAGGACUGCUAUAGUGCCAGGAAAACAUACUUGUUUUCCUGGCACUAUAGUGCCCUAACGGUGCCCCCACCCUCAAGGCCCCCCUCCCGCUGGGCUGGAUGGAGAGGAAGGGGUUAAACCUACCUCUUUCUCCAGUGCCGGGCGGGGAGCUCUCCUCCUCCUCUCCUCCCUCUUCUCCUCCUCUUCGGCUGAAUGCGCAUGCGCGGCAGGAGCUGCGCGCGCAUUCAGCCAGUCCAUAGGAAAGCAUUCACAAUGCUUUCCUAUGGACGCUGGCGUCUUCUCACUGUGAUUUUCACAGUGAGAAACGCGGAAGCCCUCUAGCGGCUGUCAAUGAGACAGCCACUAGAGGCUGGAUUAACCCUAACAUAAACAUAGCAGUUUCUCUGAAACUGCUAUGCUUAUAGAAAAAAGAGUUAACCCUAGAUGGACCAGGCACCCAGACCACCUCAUUAAGCUGAAGUGGUCUGGGUGCCUAUAGUGGUCCUUUAAGCUACAUUAAAAUGUGCCAUGAAUACAUUGACUUCAGAUCUGUAAGAAGCUAAAUGUAUGUAUUUUUAAAUAAAUGCUGAAAUUAAAAUUGUGCAUCCCGUUGAGCAAAUGAUUAAAACUAAGCAAUCAGUUUAUCUAUAGCCAACGUGCUAUAUGUCACGUGUUUCUCUAAAAGGAUACAAGUAAAUGCGACAUUCACCAGCUACUAAUGAAGGUUUAAAAUAGUUAAAAAUGGGCAGAGCUUGGAAAUGUUUCUCUUUUGUGCCUUAGUCCUAAACAUUUAUGAUCAUUGCUCUGGGUGGUGCUGUUCUGCAUGACUUUAUAAUUAUGACCUGUUCUAAAUGGAUAAUAACAUGAAUUGUUUAUUCAUGUUAAUAAACAAUCUUGCGUGUCUCCUCAAAGACAUUCUAAACAUAGUGAUAGAUUGGAAAUUAACACAAAAAUGUUAUAAUAAAUAGAACUUUCCUAAUCCAAAUUGUGCCUUAAUCAGUUAUAAUCUAACAUUUUAAAACUGUUCUGGAUUGGCCAUCCAUUAUAAGAAAAUUAAUUUGGUGGUUUUACUAAUGCGUGUGUUGUAGAACGUAGGAAAAAAAAAUCCAUCUUAAUUUGUGAUAUUUCCUAUUUGUUGCUAUAUUACCUGAUCCAACAGAAAAGUCUAUUUCCUAGUAAAAUAGAGUGAACACAUUUUGAGGUGAGGAUUUCCAACAGGGCAGGCCAAUUAGAUGUUACUGGUGACACCCCAGAAACCAUUUUCAGUACUGACGAGCCUUGUGAAGCCAAAGCAGGCUGCCUGUUUGUCCGCAUUUACAAGUCCAGAGCUGGAUUAGAACUGUGUUCAGAUGUUGUCCUGCUGCAAGAAUAAUUGUAUAUCAGCAUUCACAAUCAAACACAUACUAGCAGAUACUUUUUUUGGGGGUGGGGGGAGGGUGCGGAGGGGGAAGUGAUUGCUAUGAUAACUGUUCUGGAGUGUUGAUUGUCAGUUAAGCAAUGCUGUGAUGUCACUGUGUUACAGUGCAGCAUCAUAACCAUGUCUUUUUAAGCAUCAAUGUUGGGGUUAAAAGGCAUUAAAGGGACACUAUAGUCUCCUGAACAACAUUAGCUUAAUGAAGCAGUUUUGGUGUAUAGAACAUGCCCCUGAAGCCUCACUGCUCAAUCCUCUGCCAUUUAGGAGUUAAAUCCCUUUGUUUAUGAACCCUAGUCAAACCUCCCUGCAUGUGACUUGCACAGCCUUCCAUAAACACUUCCUGUAAAGAGAGCCCUAUUUAGGCUUUCAUUAUUGCAAGUUCUGUUUAAUUAAGAUUUUCUUAUCCCCUGCUAUGUUAAUAGAUUGCUAGACCCUACAAGAGCCUCCUGUAUGUGAUUAAAGUUCAAUUUAGAGAUUGAGAUACAGUUAUUUACAUACAGUAAAUUACAUCUGUUUGAAAGUGAAACCAGUUUUUUUUUUCAUUCAGGCUCUGUCAAUGAUAGUCAGGGGAGGUGUGGCUAGGGCUGUAUAAACAGAAACAAAGUGAUUUAACUCCUAAAUGACAGUGAAUUGAGCAGUGAAAUUGCAGGGGAAUAAUCUAUACACGAAAACUGCUUUAUUUAGCUAAAGUAAUUUAGGGGACUAUAGUGUUCCUUUAAUGGUUUAUGAAACUCAAGGUGCUGUGCACUGUAACUCCCAUCAUGCUCAGCUAGGCAAAGAUGCCCCCCUGUCCCUGUUCACAAUUCGAGCUGUGCUCUUAUGUCAUUAAAUUGUUACAAUUAUGACACAUGAGAUUUUGAAGUCUGUACAAUGUAAUAUUUAAUGCUAUGAGUAUGGAAAUAGUGUCACCUGUUAAAAAACAAAACAAAAAACAAAGUAUGUGUGUAGAGAGAUUGCUUUACUUUGUAACAUAGGUAUGAUCAUUUAAUUGAGCAAAUAUGCAUAUUAAACUCCCAAAGCCAAUGCAAACAUUAUUUAUAUGGCAGCUAAUUAGCAUCUUUUUGUUAACAUUAAUUAUCUUUUGUUUGUUUUCCUAUGCUGUUGUGUUUUAUUUUAUUUUUUUCUGUGUUAGAGGGGAUUAAUAUUGUUUUUUGUUUUUUCAUUCAACUGUCAGGUCGGCCACCACUACCCCAUCAGGUUCACCACGAACCUCCCAGCAGAAUGUCCACAUACCUGCAGAGCCACCUGGUUGGAAUCCCUUUGAUGAUGAUAACUUCUCUAAACUUACUGCUGAGGAACUUCUGAACAAAGACUUUGCCAAGCUGGGAGAAAGUAAGACGGUUUUCACUCGAUCUCAUCUCCUAAAAUAUUAGCUAUUUCCUCUCCAUCUAAUUGCUUAAAUUAUUAGCUAUGUUGUACCUUGGGAAUGCUCCAUUUUCAGUGUUCCAACAGUGAGAACACACACUGGGUCCUGCAGACAUAAGGGUCUUCCACCAGUAAAAAAAAAAAUGUUAGAGGGAUAACCUUGAUUCCAAAUUCUGAUAUUCAGGGCCUAAAAUCAUGUAGCUUUUGAACAUUGCCUCCAUUCUGAGUAUGAAUUUCUUUGUUAUUUGAAGACAUACUGAAUAAAUUAAACGCUGCUUUAUUGACUUAAACUCAAAAACGACCGUUUCUGGGGCACUUUCUACAGUCCAUCACUCCUGGAGCCUUGACGUAAAUGUGCUGCUUUUCAAGUACCCCAUACCCCUACAUGUUCGGUGCUAAUGCAUUGCUAAUUGCAGAGUUCCAGUAUUGGAAGAGUGCUCGUUCUCUGUAUUAUCAUUAGAAAUCACUUCCAGUUCAAGUUUAAAAGCUCAAGACUUCAAAGGGUACAGAUAUAAUAUCCACAAUUUUAGAAUAAAUUAAAUAAAGUACUAUUUCUUUUUUUUUUUAUAGCAAUGUCCUCAUUUAAAAUGUUGUAUCCUAUAUUACUAUCUCUAAAUCUGGGAUUGACAUGAUCAGUGACCAGACAGUAGGGUAAAUGUUAGCCAAUUUAGGCUAGGUGACAAAUGUAAUGAAACUCCAGGUUCCACAAUGGCCUUCAUUAGUCUGUCUGCAUGUAGUAGGUGUCCAUGUUCCUGUGUGUGUGCCAGUCUCUAGGGGAGUCUGUGUAGAGCUGGUGUCACGGUUUUCGUGUAUUCAUCACCUGUCAAGUAUGUAUGUGUGUAUAGCUAGCUCUCCUUGAAUGUGCUGCUUAUUAGUCUCCAUUCCUCCCUAUAACUUACUGUACCUUGUCACAGUGUGCAACCCUCUGCAUUAUGCAGUCAAGUGCACAGUGUUGCUCUACUUAUUGAUGGCUCUUUAAUUGCAAAUACAUCAGACAGCUCUCCUCUAUGCAUGAUUGCUAUAUGUCAUUUCCCUGCUGACUAAUGUCAGUAUGUGUGACUAUCACAUAUUGUGUGUGUGUGUGUGCAUGCUUGUGAGUGUGCAGCUAUCAGUGUGUGUAAUUGUUUGUCUUUUUAGCUGUGUCAAAGCGAGAGUUAAUUUAUUGAUACUUUAUAAAAGGUUCCCAUUUUAGGAAUUUUUAGAAUUAAUUCACCCCUAAUCAUUCUGAACAUAAAAUCGCAGUAGUUUUCUAUCAAAAGGCAAAAUGGCUUCUCGGCAAUUUCUUACAAUUUAAUGUAAAGCAAUAUAAUUUAUUUAAUAGAACAUGUUAUGCUAAUUUAUAAGUGAUUUUCAUACACUUUUCCGUAGCAGCAGUAACCAGUUUGUAGUAUGGCAGUUAAUCUUGCAGUUCUGUGAAUUAAUUUUACUAGCUUGCCUGAUCUUCCGUUCACUGUGGCAGUCCACUACAGGCCCAUUAUAGGCCAGGCAGCGAGAGGUACAGGUGAUGCCUGGAUGCACUGCUUGUCAAGAUGAUUGUGUUGUGCACAUACAGAGCAUGCAGCCUGUCGGUUCACUUGUGCAUGGCAAGACCAUCUUGGUACUGCUGUUAUUAAAGGUUCUGCAAUCAGAGCACAAAAUUAAAGGAUACCUCCAAUGCCAGUAUUAAGUGUUCAAAGUGAAUAGGGAAGAACACCGUCCCGACUAUCGGACAGCUAGGAGCUUGAGGAAAAUGCAUAUUUCUUAUGAAAUUGGCUCUUUUCUACAACAAGAAAGAGGGCACAGCCAGUUACCUCACAUUUCAGCAAAGUUAAAAUGCUGUAGGGAACUAGAGUAAAACCUCUGCUAUUGAAAUAUGAAAGAUAGACUUCUGUAAUAGUAGAAACGUUACAAAAUAAUUUAAAUACUAAUGCGUAGAGCAUAGAUUAUGAAAUAUAUAUUUAUUACAGGCUCCAAUGCAUUUAUAAGAUGUUGUCCACAGUAGACCUAUGUACCCCUACAGGUAAACCACAGGAACCGCUAAGCAGCUCAGCAGAGAAUCUCCUGUCUGGGUUUCCAGCUCCUCCUGCUGUGUCUCAGGCUGAUGUUUUCGGACCAUCCCUGUUUUCCAGUGCACCAGGUGAUUUCACACCCAUCACACACAUUCACAAGCAUCACCUUGUGUUUACUUGUCUACCAAUCGUUGUCUACUAUAAUGUCCUGAUAAUCUUUCAACCCAUCAAAUAUAAUAGUGCAGGUGUAAAGGAAAAAUAAAUUGUGAGGAAAAAUAAAGCAUAAAAGUUCAGCCGUUUCAACUCCUGAUUUAUGACAUGUGUUUGAAAAGAUCCUCCCUGCUUCGAACUUCAAACCUAUGCCCUUUUACAUUCUAAAGAGGUGGUGAGCCAGUGACCCGAACUCUGUAAAGCACCCCGCACUUUGAUAAGUGAUUAGGAAAUGUUUUAAGUGUUAAAUGUAGUAAAACAUAGUUUAUCAUUAUUGUGUACCCAUUUGAUCAUACCUAUUUUUAAAAUAUAUUUGAUAAUCAUAAAGAGUUAGUCUGGUCACAAUAAUACCAUGGAUAGGCACUUACUAAAGUUGGGUGCUGUAUAGACCUUCAGUGUCGCCACACCAGUAGUAACUUCCAAACAGAAAAAGUGUAUUUCAGCACUCAAAAUAAUGUACUGUUUUUUUUUUUGUGCAUAGCAGCAAAUGGCAAAUGCCAACAUUUUGGCUCAUACAGGAGCUCUUUUUAAGCUUGAAAGAGCUCCCGUGUUAGCGGAAACGUUGCUGUUUGUGUAUCUCAUAAAUUCCUGUAAUGCAGAGGUAUACUGGAUAAAAGCAGACACUGUAGACCAGAAUGAAAAGCUGCUAAUUAUUGGAGCCUCUUUAUUUUGAGUGUGGUCUGUAUGAAGCUGUAUGCCUCCUCUUUCAGCAGAGUCAAGAUCUUGGAAUUUAUAUAUAUAUAUUUUUUCUAUUUUAAUUUUUCCUAUUAUAUUUGUACAUUAUAGAUAAUACUUUAAAGGGACACCAGAAAAACUACAGCUUAUUGGCUAGGAUGGUGUUGGCUCUGCCCCCAGCUCAAAUCUUCAGAAUUGACAAUCUCAGCCAAUUGAAUGCUUUCCUGUAGGAAAUCAUUGUUAUUGGCUGAGAUCAUCCCUUCUGAUGAUGUCAGCCAAGGUGGCAGAUCAGGGGCAGAGCCAGCACCAGCAGACCCAUAAGGUUUUACUAUAUUUAGGUGGCCCAGAAGGGCUAUAUAGUGUUUUUAACACUACAGGGUCAGGAAAACAUGUUUGUGUUCCUUUAAAAAUUGGGGUUCAGUUUUUUAUUAUUGUUUUCCUUUAGGUCUUUCAGACAACACUGCUGUUACUCUAUUUGAUCAGGGUUUGUUUAACAAAAAAAUCCCUUUGCAUUGAUCAGAUAGAUUAUUUAGUUUAUGUCCAAUAUGGCAUUUAACCCACUCAUCGCCAGGGUAACCAGCAGCAAUAACCAAUUGUACAGUAGGCUCUGGGUAAAAAUCUGGAUCUUUCUUUUAAGUAAAACUUUCCUGUUUUCUAUGCUGUGUUUCUUCAGUUUCUUACUUCUUCCCUCCUUUUGGUGUUUCCUUUCCUUUUUCUUCCUCCUUCACCGCCCCAGCUGCAGAAAAACCUGCAGAUGCACAAGUACAAGAUCCCAGCCCUCCACUGCAGAAAUUGGCUGAUCCCUUUUUACCUCUCGCUCUGUCAGAAACGCCAGGUAAAAACACAAAGAGUGCAAUAGGUCCUCUUAUCGGUUUUUCUAUUCCGUUUCUAUGUAUGAUUCCACCUUAGUUUGCAGGCUUCUGUUUUAAAAAGCAUUUUUGUCUUUCAAAGAAAAAAAAAAACUAACAUGAAAUAUUGUAGCUGUGGUAUUAUUUAUUUACAAAUGGAGAAACGUAUUUUAUUUUUAUUUUUUUCAAUAAAAAUGCAUUUUUUGACUCCUCUGAGCAAACUGUAAUUUAAAGAUUGGAAAGGUUAGUGCAUUGGAUCUCCAGUCUCCACUUGAGGAAAGCUAUGAAGCAGAGAAGCUCUGCUUAACAGUGUCAACAAUGACAGUGAAACCACCGCUAACAGGAGCCGCUAAUCGUCUACAGCCCAAACACUGCUUGUCUUAGAGGUGACAGGAGAUUUAUUUCAAUAAUGGUAUUGCAUGGAGAGCAGUUUGAGAUACUGUAGUGUAAAUGAUACAUUGGUUCAGAAGAGUAAAAGUCGAUUGGUUGUCAUUAUGAAUUAAUUGAAUAUAUUGAAAUUGGUUUGUGCUUUAUUUAUUUUUAUUAUUUUUUUAUAUAUUAAUAUUUUUACUGGUAUAUACCUAGGUGUUUUAAAGGCUUCUGUCUAUGAAGUGUUUAGCAAACACUGUAAAGUCACCUCUUGCAUUGAGAAGGGCACCUUCCAAAUUGUGACAAAUCAGUGAGUGGGUUAGGAUGAUGGGGGUUGUACUUAUAUCACAGAUACCAUGCCCUGAUUUAGGACAGUGCUCAUAGUUGUGUUUUAAUGUCCUCUCCCACCUGCCUUGUUUAGGAAUUCUUCAGUUAAUAGUAUACAAAUUCAAAAACAUGGUUCCUUUCUGUUUGACUUUUUUGAUAUGCCUGCCACCCUCUCCUAAGCUUUGCUCACUCCUCACCAAAUGCUUUUUAUUUUUAUUUUUUUCAUUUUUUUUAUUUUAAUUCUGCUUGACCCAGAGAAAUUGAUUGAGGGUCUCAAAUCACCGGAGCCCCAACUCCUGCUCCCUCACCUAGUGCAACUGGCUGAUCCCUUUGGCAGCACUUCUGAAGCUCUGAAUGGUAAACAUUUUGGGGAGGGGGUAAUGCUAAUGCUGUGCUUACUUAAGAAACAUGAGUUCUUUUUAGCUGAUGAGAAAGCUGUUUAGAAAAGAAAUAAUUACAUUUACAAAUCGCUAUUAUUUCCAGAGCUCUGUGCUUAGUGAAAGGCAGCCAGUUCUGCCACUGUGUACAGCUGUUUUUUAUUAGUCUACCUCUAAAACAUGUAAUCACAGUUACCUGUAUGUACUGAGAGCCAAGCUUUUCUUCCCUUCGAUAUUUAUUUAAAUUUUUUUAUUUAAGGCAUACAUGGCUCUGCAAAUAAUGGCUUUGUUUGUUAUUAAUUACUGUGAAUACCUGACAGUUCUUGCCAACUGCUUUGAUAGCAGCUGAAAUAUUUGGAUGUGUAACCCUAUAUAUCAAGCAGCAUCUCAAUUAUACCUAAUGCCUAAGCCUGUUUUGGACAUCCCCAUAAUGCGCUGACAUCUCACAUAAUGCUGGAAAAGCAUUAAGGGAGAUGUAGUCCACAACAUCUGGAGGGGUGAAGGUUGCCUAUACCUGGGCUAGGCUUUUGUCUUAAGUUACUCCACAGUAGCCGACUUUUUUGCAUUUCAACUACUGACGACAUCAGAUCGGAUAUUUCUGUUAUGUUACCUUCUCUGCCUCUGGCACUAGCAUGGUAAUUCACUAAAAUGUGAACUGUUGGGAAGUCUAUGUGAAUUUUAGUUUGUAGUCUAAAAUGUUUAAUUGGGGAAAAAAAUAUCCCCGUUUCUGCCUGGGAAUCUGAAAUUCUCUUUGAAUUGCCAGCAACUUACACUUUAUUGGAUAACUCUGCAUAUGUCAAUGCACACACACUAUCGUUCACUUGCAUGCACCUUCUGUGUUAUCUUGCUCAUUAUCUUACACACUCACUCACGUUCUUUCAUUGCCCACACUCUGUUAUUCUUUAAUUUAUUUUACAUACUCCGUAAAAAGCAACAAAAAAAAGAGUUACACAGGGGCACAGUUACAUACACACCUCCUUAUACUCUUAGCUCACAUGUUCUGAACACUCACAGGGUUAUUUACCAAAGUGAGCAUUCAAAGUGAAUUUAACAUUUUAGGCCAUGGUAGCCGAACUGGAACCACAGCUGACUCAUAAAAUGUUUCCAGUUCAGCUAUUCUGACCUUUGAGUCACUUUGUUUGCCCAGCUUUCCGAACUCUUCUCCUCACGCCAUCCUGCAUCGGUACUGGCUGGGUGAUCUAGAAUGGGGAAGAAAGAAGAGGUAAGACAUUACCAGAUAGUGAGCUAAUAGUGUCUGGAGCUGUGCCAGUAAUCAUGCCCGUAUAUAACCCCAUACAUCUAAGAUACCCUGGACUGUAACAUCAAAUGUUUAUUAUGGGAGUUAUAGUGCAUCUAUCGAUCCAUCUGUGCUACUAUCUAUUUAAUCUGUAAAUCUAUGCUAUUUUCUGAUAUGUCUAUAUUGGUCUUUCAAUCUUAUCUUUCUAUAGUAUAUGGAUAACGUAUAUUGUGUGUGUGUAUGUAUGUAUGUAUGUAUGUGAUAUAUAUAUAUAUAUAUAUAUAUAUAUAUAUAUAUAUAUAUAUAUACCCCAAUAAGAUAUAGGUAGCCAGCACUCAAGGUCUUGGGAAAAAAGGUUUUCUUUAUUAAUAAGAAGAUCCUACAGAAAGUCAACUUUUCAGUUCAUAUUAGAACUUUCAUUAGAACAUAAUGGACUCACGUCCGAGUCUAUGAUGAGCUCCGGUUGUGGGCCAAAGAACGCCCAGCUGUUCCACGCAGACAGAUUUAAGAUCCAAUACUGCAGCUCGUUGCUCGUUUCGCCAUUCAGGAGCAGUCCAUCCUUACGCAAUAUCUGCGAUGGACUGUAACUGCUCGUCCGACUGGGGUUCAUCGUCAACUGGGAUAAGUCCUGCCUGACCCCAUCCAGACGCAUUGAAUUUCUAGGUUUCUACGUGGAUUCCGAGGAGGAAUCGUUGAGCCUUCCAUCCUCCAAGAUUCGGACGACCCGCAAGGAACUACGCAGGACACUUCUCCAUCCGAGGAUCACCCUGCAUCGUUUUGCAUGGAUCAUUGGACUGCUGGCCUCGUCUGUCCAGGCAGUGUUCCCAGCUACUCUCCAUUACAGGGCACUCCAGCGAUUAAAUAUAGCUCACCUGCGAGAGGGCCUGUCUUUCACUGAUCUGGUGACCCUGGAUGGCGAAACGAGCCAUCCAAGGUCAUAUCACUACUGCAGCUCGUCGUGCCCUGUAAUGGAGAGUUGCCGGGACCACUGCCUGGAUAGACAAGGCCAGCAGUCCGAUGAUCCGUGCAAAAUGACGCUGGGUGAUCUUUGGACGGAAAGGUGUCCUGCGUAGUUCCUUGCGGAUCGUACGAAUCUUGCAGGAUGGAAGGCUCAACGAUUCCUCCUCAGAAUCCACGGGGAAACCUAGAAAUUCAAUGCGUCUGUAUGGGGUCAGGCAGGACUUUUCCCAGUUGACGAUGAACCCCAGUCGGAUGAGCAGUUACAGUCCAUCGCAGAUGGAUGGAGUGCUCCUGAGCCAUGAUUAGUGAUUAUCCAUGUGUAUAUCAUACGCAUCAUAUCUAUUGCUUGCCUUAGUGAGGGCAAGAUUGGCCAACUUGGGCUCUAUUCUUAAACAGAAUGGCUUUAAGCCGUUCCAUCGACAGGGAGGCAUUAACACUUCCGGCAAAUCGCUCUCUGGAACCAACCACGGAGUUCCUCCGGGUCCCCCAUUAGGUUCAUAGCUCUGGUGUCCUUGGCCAAGUCAAAUAAUUUUGCCAGGGUGCCAAACACAUCAAGAUGUUUGUCUUGGCACGAUUUAAGUGCUGAGUCCAGCACUUUGCAUGGGUUCUAACCCAAUUUAGCCAGAAACUGGGUCAUCUUAGGGUCUACUUCCGGGGUGUCACACACUUUGUUAGGCACAACAGGCCUGGGACACACUGCCCUUAUUUUAUUCCGGGCCGCCUUGCUGAGUGGGUGCCAUACCCAGUUCUCUAGAUAUCGGGCCACAUGGUCAGGUGGAAGCCACUCGGCCGCCCUUGGAUAGUGCAACUCAUCCGGGUCGAACAAGGACUCACCCAACGGAUCCAUGAGGGCAGUCUCCGCAUCAAUGGGAGGAGCAGCCCCAAGAUCCGCCUGAGCGAAGGAAAAGAGGGCACGGCCCAACUCAGGAAUCCCUCUGAGUGUCUCUCAGACUCCUCACCAGCCUCCUCACUAGACCUGAUUUUUGAGUCGUAGUCGCUCUCUUUUUGUUCUCUCGCACUAUUCCAUCGCACUGCCUGUUUUGCCUGGAAGGCUCUCUUGCAUGGUUGAGAUACGCCAUCUCGGGCGACCAAAGGUACGCCAAUCAUAGGGGUUCUGGAGGCAGAGGGUGAGGUAUGCUUUACGCAGAGCCUUCCUGGGUGCUUCACCUGAAAAAUCCAUUGCAGGACACAUGGUGGUGCCCCGUGGGACCUGCAAAUGGAGCUUCUGGUGGAUGCAUGAGCAGGACCUGGAAGAUAGUCUGCGACAGGGCUGAUGACAUGACCCCAUGGCUACCAUAAUGGCAUCUGUGUGCUGAGCACUGUAGCGCUGAAGCCAGUUGACAAAUCACCUUACUUCACAUUUUUCAUAUUAUACCCGAUUGGAUAAGAAAAAAACAAACAAACCAUGUUUUGGUUUUCUUUAUUUCCUUUUUAAAUUAUUCCGCUUUUACAUUUUCCUUUUGUGCCAACAUCUGUUUAUAUUCUAUACAUACUUUGGUUUUUAACAAAUUCUUCUGUUUGUGUUUAGUAAUCUCAAAAUGUUAUGUAGUCUCUUCGAUUCAGGGUUGCUUGGAACUGGAGUGCAAAUUGCAAAAAGUUAGUCUAGUUUAAAAAGCAAAAAUAAAAAGAGAAAUGUGUGAUUGAACUGGUGCCUGUUGUUUCUAGAGAAUCAUGUGCUUUUUCCUGUUAAACCUAAAUAUUUAUGGGUUUGUCAUUUAUACAUAGAAUUCAUAAAUGUGAGGUGAACCCCUACCUUUUGUUUUUGUUUUUUUAAACCCACAAACAUGUCCCUUAAUCAGCAAACUAAUAUUAAAAUAUUUACUACAAAGAUUAUAAUUCUAAUCAUGGUAUCCGUGUGGAAUCCUAUCCCUGCUGUGUGAUGAGGUCUGUAAUAACCUGGUGAUGCCCUUCUCCUUUCCUAUCCUUUCUCUUUUAUCUUGUGCAUGCUGCUUGAUUGCUGUAUUCAUCCUACAAGGAAAGGCAGAAAUAGCGGUUGAAAGCCUAAUCCCUGGGCUUGAACCUCCGAUACCUCAGCGUCUGUCUUCUCAGGCAGACUCCAUCGCUUCAAACCGCACAGGUUGGUGGAGUGUAGAAUUUACAAAUCCUAUAUUUGUUGUAUCUUGUGCAGUAAACUGAACUGGCUUCUACUCAAAUCCUGGAAUGUUUAAAUCUUUUUUAAAAAAAAUGUUUCCAAUGCAUUGUAUUAAUACAGAACUGGAGCAACAAUGUUUUGGAUGCUGCUGAUGGUUUUUGUGUAUUAUUGAUGUAUUAUUCAUGUUGGUUUCAUUUAUUGGAAAUGUGGCCUAUUUUGGUUUCCAUUUUUAUCAAGAUUCAGUAGUUGGAAUAUUAUGCUAAAGCUGGAUUGGUCAACGCAAGCAUUCCGAUAUAUCAAAAACUCAUAUUCUGCUUUUCUCAGCAUAACGUUCCCUGCAUAAUAUAUCUUAACAUUUUUGGGUUGUGUGAAGAUUGUGUAUGAAAACCCAGUAGAUCACUGCUCUUUGAGAUUUACUGGCAUGUGCCCAGCCCACAACUGGACUCUGGAAAACCAGACACGCAUGAACAAUAUAAAAGAGGGCGGUAUUUGCUCACAAACAUUUGUGCCCUAGAUCUGCUCUAACUAUAAAUGGCCAUACUGCCAAUCCCUGUACUAUUACUGCAUCUGGUUUUUUUCUUAUAUCUUCACAUAUAUUUGAGUUCUUCUAUACAGAACAGCUUCAUAUGUUCUUGUUAUCACUGCAAAAUAUCUAUUAUUGCAAAGAUUCAACCUGUGUACUAUACAUAAAGGAUUAUAUGGUAGUUUUAAAAAAUAAAAAAUAAAAGGGGGGAAAAAGUUGGUUUACUAAAUAAAAUAUGUGCUUUUCUUGGCUUUUUAAAUUUCUUCUGGUUUGUAAGGUUUAAGUCUGAGCCGACGCUUGUUAUAUUCUUUUCCAAGCUCUCAUGUAUAGUAAGUAACACUUUGCCAUCUCUUCAAUGCUGCACAUUGGAAACCCAGACUCUCUUACUGGGGAAGAUUCUCUUCUUGACUACUCCCUUCUUUCUAACCCUGGGGCAGACCUUCUCGAAGAAUUUGCACCUGUUUCUCUCUCUGCUCCAGCUUCUGCAGGUAAAUGCUUAUUUGUGGCAUAUAUGUGAAUAGCCCAAACUGAUUCACACACUAUUCAUCCAUUUGCUCAUCUCUCUGUCUGUGAAGGCAAACCCUGCUUUACAUUUGGGCCAUUCCCCAUUUAUCUCUAAUCCGUUUUGCUAUGAAAGUGAAAAUACUGUGUAAUACUGUGGCAUCAAUGCGACCUCCCCACAUCUUUGGCCGAGCAUGACGGGGUAUCAUCAAACAUAAUUUGCAUUGAAAAUUGAUAGAAACAGUUUGCACUAAAGUAUCUAUCUCAAUUUUCUGUCUCUAUAAUUCCUCUCCAACCCACUCAAAAUGUGUCCCAUUUUAACAUUCUAGAAUCAAUAUAGAGGCUCUCUUAACUAUGCUUCAAGGUGGCCAAAGUGACUAUGCUAUUUAGACACGUCAGGCGUUUAAUUCAAAGUGUUGCCCCUCACUCUGUAGGAUUUACAUGCUACAGUUGGGUAAUCACUAGUUCAUUUGAGAGUCACAUUUUUUAAAAUUGAUUUCUGUCCUGAAACAUUUGCAUUUUAUGUCCUGUCCUUCAUCAUGUGGCAGUAGUAAUGCCUAGGAAACCCUAAAAAUUAUGAGAGUGGGGACUUAACUAUAAAUAGGACAAUUACAAGAAAACUUACAGGAACGAUGGGUUGAAGAGGAUCCUGCUCAAACGGGCUUACAGUCUAUAGGCAUUUGUCAAAAACAUAGAUCUUCCCACUACACAUGCCACCAGGUGUGCAAUUCCAUCCCAGAGAAAUUUAAAAGAAUAAAAAACACAUAGAGCAUGUCGAUAUGUGCACAAAAGUAUGAUGGACUCUUUUCUAGGAGAACCAUUGCAUUUUACUUUAAAUUAGGUUAGCACCCAUUACAGUUGGUAGCAGUAAUCUAAGCAAUGUCAUAUGUGUGACUCUGUGUGAGCUAGAUUUUGUUUUAAUAUUUUUCUUCCAUGGAGUAAGUUGUAUAGCUUGUUGUGCCGAGGAUAUGCACUAACAUUUUAACAAUAAUUUUAGAUGUUUUAAAGCUUAUUAAUAUGAAUACUGUAGCAAUGAUGCUUCAUUUUUGAAGCAGUGACCCACUGGGUUACAUCUUUGCAAAAUUAAAAUCACUUUUGUGAAUUGCUUAAAGGAUAAAGGUUGUCCAACCAAAAGAAAAUAACACCCUGAUUUGGUUACCUUUCUAUCUUGGUCCCCCUUUCCAACCUUAAAAAGAAAAGCAUAAGUUUACCUAUGUUUCAGCACUGAGACCAAAUCCUUCCAUCAGACCGAUCCUCCUCUGCUGACCUCACUCCCCUUAGCUGUAGAGGGAGGAUGGGCUCAGGGGAGGAUAUGGGCAACACUGAGGAGGGAGCAAUGCUACCAUUGUAUGCCUGUUUCUAGCAUGCUGUGUGCACUGAUGUCAGACGUUCAAUAUGCACAAAAUUGGUAUAAUCCACCCUGGAACUCUUUUUCCAGGCUGUGUAAUGGCCCCACUAUGAUGCUGCCAGAGGUGUAGGAUUGCAGGAGAUACAUUACAGAAAAUAGAAGAAACAUGUGACAUUCAUUUAGUCUGUAACAGUGUUCAUAUCCUUAUGUGUAUAACAUUGUUGCAUUUAAUUCUAUAUCAAUCGGAGACUGAUGUAUCCAAUCUCUUCAGUCAGAAAAAAAAUAUCACGCGUCCAUUUUCUUAUAUGCAGGUUCUGCUAUAGUUCUAUGGUCCCACUGUGUGGGCUAUCUUCAUCUUAUUCUGCACCAUAAUUUUAUUCUGGAUCACAAUUUGUUAUUGCUAUGAACACCUACAAAAUGUAGAACUUUUCCAUUCUUGAGAAGGCUUUCUUCAUCUUGCUAAAUAUUGACUUGUAGUUAGGGCUUUUAUUCAUGACUUAUUUUAUGUGUUAGAUUAUAAGAUUAGUUGAGAAAAUGUAUUGAAGGACAACCACUAUUGACAUUCUAAAAGCAAUAAAAAUAUUUACCGGGGGGAAAAAAUAAUCCAAUCUUUACAUUGUAGUAAAAUUGUUGGAUAACGUUUUUUUUAUUCUGUGAUAUUUCUUGUCUUGGAGUGGGCAGAGUGGCGUGCAUUGCCUUCUGACACUGUACCAUGUGCCGUUUUUAUGUUUGCAGAUACAUGAGCUAUAUCAGUACCAAUUAUAGUUUACCUCCUCAUGAUAUCAGUUGGUAUAAAAUGAAAAUAAAAGUAAACUGUACAUUUCCUUGCACUGAGGUUAGCACAAAGUAUUGACUAACAGACUUAUUGGUGUUUUUUUUUUUUUUUCUUUUCCUUUUCUAUCUCAUGAUAAGUGUAAAAUAUAUCAUCAAAUCAGAUCUGUACUGUGGCAGAUAUUAUCUUAUUGUGUUUGACUUAUAUUUAGAUGCAGAAAGCUUUAAGUAUGGGGUGUGUAAUUGGUGAUGAAAGUAGAAUUAAAGGGAUAGUUCAAGCAUCAAAACAACUUUCACUUAGUGAAGCAAUUUUAAUGUGUAGCUCAUGCAUUUGCCAUUUCACUGCUCAACUAUCUGCUAUUUAGAAGUUUAAAUCACUUUUUAUUCACAUUUUUGCCAUUGACUUUGACUCACUAACAUUAAAACAUGGAUAAUUUUAAUCAUGUCUGACUGUACAGUGUGUUUACUUUAUCACUCUCUUAACAGAGGAGAUGAUAAGAAAUUCAAAAUAACACACACUGUAAUAAAUUAAGUUUUGAAAAUUAGAUCUCUGUUUACAGGAAAUGUAUAGGGAGACCCUAUAAGCCACAUGCAGGGAAGACAUGUCUGUGGCUGCCUAAACAAAAUGAAUUAACUUCUAAAUGGCAGCGAAUUGAGCAGUGAAACUGCAGGAACAUUUCUCGCUAUACACCAAAACUACUCCAUUAAGCUAAAGUUGUUUUGGUGCUUAUACUUUUGCUGCAGGGCAAUGCUAUUUUCUGUUGUGCUCUUAACUUAUACAGUGCUCUCUCCUUCCAUUAAGUCUGGAAUUUAACUUACAGUUUAAUAAAAUAAAUAAGCCAGCAUUACAGUGAUCGAACUCUUAAUUACAGCAACCUCUAGUCAUCAUUUGACUUAAAUUCACAUGACUCUUGACCAGCCAUUUAAAAAACAAAACAAAAAAAAAACAUAUGCCAAAGUAGUGAUUAGCCAAUUGGAGAUGGGUUUAAUUAUUUUAUAUGGGUUUAAUUGCUCCCAUUAGUAGCAUAUCUAAAUUGUAAACACAAAAAUUAUACCGAACCCUAAGUUUUCUAAAUUGUAGGCUGUUUGAGUUUAUAAUUUGUAUCCUCUAUUUGAGAGCUUUUUUUUUUCCCCUUGGAUUUAUUCGACUAAAAUUAGACUAAAACUAAAAUAAUUCAGAUGACUAAAACUAAAAUGGCUUUUUAGUCAAAGACUAUGACUAAAACUAAAUUGAAAUUUGCUGCCAAAAUUAACACUGCAUAGAGGGUCUGUGGAAGGGGCAAAAGAGACAGAGGCUUUAACUAAACCCAUUAGAUUUUAGUCGUGUCGACUAAAAUCUACUGGAGAUUUGGUCAACUAAAACUAAGACAAUUGAAAUGACUAAAAUACGACUAACACUAAAAUGGCUUUUUACUAAAACUAAAUAAUAAAUUGCCACCAAAAUUAACACUGAUUAUAUAGCAGCAUUUGAUGAAGGCAGGAUAGGCAUCUACAAAGGCUCUCAUUCAUUUUACAGCGUUUGAAAAAAAGGGGUAACUGUUAUUGCACAAGAUAAUGCUUGCAAAGGAAAAGAUGGUUACAUCUGUCACCAAUGCGCUGUUCCAAAGUUCCAGGUUGCCUAAGUCACCUGUCUGGGAGUGCAACUAUCCGCCAGCACACAAAUAGAAAUAAGUCAAUGUGUGCAGUGUUUAAGCAGAAACACUUGCAUACACUUAGAGAUCACUGAAAUGGUCAUGGUCGUUGGAGUAACCCUUUCAAACCUAUAUGAUUCCAAUCAUAGGUUCAUAUAGUUUAAUUUCAUAGUGUUUCUUGUCACUAGUGUACAUUGUUUUGAUUGCAGUUACACAUGCACCUGCUUAAAGGACCACUCUAAGCACCCAGACCACUUCAGCUUUAUGAAGUGGUCUGGGUGCCAGGUACCUCUAGGAUUAACCCUUUUUUUUAUAAACAUAGCAGUUUCAGAGAAACUGCUAUGUUUAAACUGAGGGUUAAUCCAGCCUCCAGAGCCUCUAGUGGCUGUCUCAUUGACAGCCGCUAGAGGCGCUUGCGUGCUUCUCACUGUGAAAAUCACAGUGAGAGCACGCAAGCGUCCAUAGGAAAGCAUUGUAAAUGCUUUCCUAUGCGACCGGCUGAAUGUGCGCGCGGCUCCUGCCGCGCAUGCGCAUUCAGCCGAUGACGUCGCGAGCAAGGAGGAGAGGAGGAGUACAGCUCCCCGCCCGGCGCUGGAGAAAGGUAAGUGUUUAACCCCUUCCUCUCCCCAGAACCGGGCGGGAGGGGGACCCUGAGGGUGAGGGCACCCUCAGGGCACUAUAGUGCCAGGAAAAUGAGUGUUUUCCUGGCACUAUAGUGGUCCUUUAAUGCCACUUUAUAUCAGUUUGAACUGCUAGAAUGGGAAAGAAAUACAUCUGGAUAUGUUAUUGCUCAUCACAAGUAUGAUAUGAAAACACUUGAGCCUGCCUUUAAAUGCAUUCAGAAGAUGGAUAGGAAAUAGACGCACAAAAAAAUGCAUUGAAAAAAAAUAAAUUAAGAAAAAUGAAGAUAUCCUGGCUAUCCCAUUUUCAGUUGUAGAUAUUUAAGACCAUUGGUUUAGAUUGCAUUUAUAACAACUAUGUUCCCCCGAGGGAGCAUUUGUUAAACCAUGCAAUGUUCUAUAGGCAACACCAUACUGUCAAGAUGUGAGGAUAGCCCAACACUCAGAUCUUGAAUCUAUAGCUAUCCUAUAUGAAGAAGAAUAACAGGAUAGAUUGAAUGGUUUACAUUAUUCCUGCACACCCAUGUGCGUUAGUCACAGAAUGGGUUAUUGGGCACUAUUAUUACUUCCAUUGACAUCAUAGUACUGCUAGACGACAUACUAUAUAGUGUUUUAUGCUAUACAGUUUUAAGCUAGUAAUGUUGUGCACCCCAUGGCUACCACUCCCAGAACACUCCAUGGGGGCCUUUUAGUUCUUGAUGAACACACUCAACCCAAGUAACCAUUAUCGCUUAUUUUACACAUAAAACUCUUGUUCUCUGCAUGACUACACCUUACGUUGCAUUUACCGUAUGAAUUUCACUGUGCUCUCAUUUGUGUCAUUGCUUACAACAUGCUUUGAUUUAAUAUGGAACAAUCUAUAAAUAACGAAUGUAAAAAAAACAAAAAAAACAUACAACUUAAUGAAAUAGUCCCCCCAUACCUCUUAUUGUUCUACACCUAAAGACGUUAAUGAAACUACUCCUAAAGCACAGAUUUUGUUAGCAUACCAAGUGACUUUUUUUUUUUCUUCUGACAAACAAAUUAUUUUAUGGAAACAAUUGAGAAAACUGAUACAAAUUCCUGGUAAUUAAACAUUUGUUAGGAUCCCAUGCAUGCAUUCUCUGUCUGCCUCUUGUACAGACAAAUUUAGACAAACGUCCGCUUGUGAUGUUAUCAAGUGAAAAUUGCCUUAUAGCUGCUGCAGUGAAGACAGCUAGGCCAUCAACUAGACUGAGACCCUACAUAGAAGUGGUCACGAGAGCUUCUCUUAAACAUUACUUCUACUACUGAAACAUUACUUCUUGUAUUAAAAUAAUCUGAUUUCAUUGUUUCCUUGUUAAGACAAAGAAUCCGCUUGCACUCUCAAUUGGUCACUUAAAUAAGUAAUACAAAUUUUAUAUAUUCUAUAGUCCCUUUUCUGGUUUAAUGGAAUUUUAUGUCUACUAAUGCAUAAUUUCAAUGGUCUGCUUUAUGUCUGAAAUAAUAGUUGUAGCAUAGGUCAAGCUCAUGGUUAUCCACAUAGACACAAGCUGCUUUAGAAGAAUAACCUGUUGGGAAUGUAGGUCUGCUUAAUGCUUAUUUUCUGUUAUGUAGAACUUAGAAAAUCGAAUUUGUAGUUGGUUACAAAUAUUGUUAUUGCUCUGUUUCUACUGUUACCAUGAUUGAGAGGUUUGUAGUGGUGUAUACUAGUUAAGCAUCACAAUCCACACAAUAUUAUUUAGAUGUACUUAUAAAGUAGAUCAGCUAGAUCUCCUUCCUCUUCAUGGCUGAGUGGACUCGUGGAAAUUUGCAAAACGGCACUUGUACACUAGGUGUCUCUAAUCCCCUACAAAAACGAAUUUGAGGCUUAGGCCAGGUUUUUCACAUAUGUUUGCAGAUCUGGAGAGCUAAUCGGUCCUCCAGAAAACUGGGUUAUAGUUCAUAAUAUUUUUUCCAGAUCAACAUUAAGUUGGAUAAAUGACUUUGCUUUUACACAUAUUUGGUAUACUGUUGAGUUGUGAGGCAUGCCAAUGCAACAAAUAGAUAUACUAACUAGGCAAAUAGUAAGCAGGAGCAAAUAGGUGAUUGAGCAAUACAAUUUCUCACUUAUAAUUUAUUAACAAAGUUGCAACUCCCCAGUAUGCCAUAAAAAAUAGAAAUAAAACAAAAUAUCCCAAAUAAAAGUAAAUUAAAUAUUAUGUGAUGAUUAAAUGUAAAAUUACCUUGUAGUAAAAUUUACAGCAUUUUCAAAAUAUCGAUAAACUACAAUUCUAAAAAUAUACAAGAGAUAAAAAAUGAAUGACUGGUUUGGGAGGGGGAUCUCUAUUUUUUAGGAUAACAUUUUAAUAAUAAAAAUAUCUAUAAUGAAUUCCCAAGUUGUUGCUUGAUCAGAUUUUGUGUAGGGUACUUGGCCAUACGUAUUACUAAAUUGAGCAGUCUUCAUUUGUUUGAAUAGAUGACUGCACCACAGUCAAGAGUGUAUCAGUGUGGCAUUUGGUCGUUAAAGAGACACUGCAGACCCCUAAAGCACUUUUUGUCCUCUUCAUUUUUUAUUUUUUUAUUCAUGCUACAAAAACUGGAUAUUUCAACAGAAAUCGUCACGUCUAUAAUAUAACUUUAUUACACCCCCUUCCUGGCUGUCAAUCAGACAACCGGUUCUCUUAUUUCCUGAUUGUUUAGCUCAGUGGAGCUAAACGUAAGAGACAGCAAUUACUCAGAGGACCUGCCUUGCAAAUACUUCUCAUUGAGCUGCAUUGGGAAGUAUGUGAUUGGACAGCUACAGAAAGUCUGGGAAAAAGUGUGUGUAUUUAUAAUAUUUAAUAUAUAAAUGUAAAAACUUUUUUAUAUAUGUGUGUGUGUGUGUGUGUGUGUGUAUAUAUAUAUAUAUAUAUAUAUAUAUAUAUAUAUAUAUAUAUAUAUACACACACACACACAUUCUAUGUAUAUAUUUAAAUAUUAACUACAUAAUUAUUUGAUUUUAUUAAAUAUAAUUUGAGGGACCUGCCUGAUAACCCAGGCAGACAGUCCAGAGAAUUUAAUUGGCAAGCCCUAUAUUUAACCUCGUAACUUUCCAAAACACCAUAAAACUUUUACAUAGGGGGUUUUGUUCUACUCGGGAGACUUCGCUGAACACAAAUAUGAGUGUUAUAAAUCAGUCAAACUUAUCACAACGAUGAAAUCACCAGUAAAAAUGCAGUUUAUGUGUGUAAAAAUGCAAAAAACUAAUAAAAACACUAACUUUGACCAGCGUUUGUGACUAAGUGGCUACUACAAAAGACUGGACAUACCCCAUUUUGAAUACCCAGGGUUGUCUACGUUUGAUAUGCCAUGAUGAGGUUGAUUCACAUUCUUGGGAUACCAUAUGGUCUCAAAUGGCAACAUAGACCCAGCAGACCAAUCUGGCAAACUGAAUUGGGCAAGCCCUAGAUUGACCCUGUAAUUUUCCAAAACACCAUAAAACUUGUACAUGGUGGGUAUCGUUAUACUCGGGAGACUUUGCUGAACACAAAUAUGAGUGUUUUAAUGAGUGUUUUAAACAGUAAAACUUAUCACGACGAUCGUAUUACCAGUUAAAGUGCAGUUUUUGUGUUUAAAAAAAAAUAAUGCAAAAAACAAAUAUAAACACGAGCUUUGGUAAGUGUUUGUGGCUAAGUGGCUACUACAAAAGACUGGACAUACCCCAUGUGGGUGUAUGGCUGUCUGUGUGUAUGGCCGUGUGUGUGUGUGGGUGGGUGUAUGGCUGUGUGUGUGUGUGUGUGUGUGUGUGUGUGUGUAUGUAUGUCUGUGAGGGAGCCUGUGUGUCUGAUUGUGGGUGUCUUUGAGUGCGUGUGUCUCAGUGAGUGUGAGUGAGAACAGGGGCAGGGCUUUAGGAGACUGGGGGGACUGGGAUUUAGUAGACGAGGGGGGGACUGGAAUUUAGUAGACGAGGCGGUAACUGGGAUUUAGUAGAGGGGGGGUCUAUUUUUAUAUAUUUUUUUUUUAUGCUGUACUUUUCAAAAUAAAACUGUUUUUUUGCGGCCCACAUAAACUUAAACAUUGUUUAUUUGGCCCUUGCUAGCUUUGAGUUUGACAUGCUUGCCCUACAGUGUUCUUUUAAAGUGCUCAGUCACUCGUGCUGUGGUGAGCUGAAAUGUGAAGCUUCAUUGGGACUGUGACUGUGAUCUGGUUCUGACUUCAAUACAUUUUAAUUAAUCUGUAAUGAUUGUUGAUUCUGUUAACCAUGUCAGCUACUUCUUGGCUUUAUUGUGGCUGUAGUACUACUACAGAUGAAACGUAUUGCCAGCUGCAAAGGUAAUAAGGAGUCUAUAGGGUCUGUAUCAGUAUCUUGAUGCUUUAAGCAUGUGCACACCGUGCAGCAUUAUUUAAUAGAAAAUUAAAAUUAACAUAGCAGGAGCACUAUUAAAGAUGAGACCAUGUAAGGGAGAGUCUACAAGAGGUCUAGGAAGAUAGAGAGCUAAAGCAUUUUAUAGACAUAUACUGUGUGAGGAUCUCUGUAUUACACCUCUGUGUAAUCCAUCACAGUGAUCCUGGCUGUGUGGUAUAGUUAUGGGUAUCUCCUUAUUAACAGCUAUACCUGUUGCAUGGGUGUCUCUGUAGUCUACCCAGCUCUGUGUAUUGUAUAGGUAUCUUUGGAUUGUGUCCAGUUCUGUGUAUUGUAUCUGUUUUUUGUUUCUAGUCUGUUUGUGGUAUGGUUAUCUCUGUAUUGUAGUCAGCUUUAUGUAUUUUAUAGAUAACUGUUUUAGUGUAUGAGCAUUUCUUUAUUGUGCUCAGCUCAAUGUAUUGUACAAGUAUGUCUGUACUGUAAAAAAAAAAAAAUACCUGAAAAUACAUGUUGGUCAAAAAAACCACAAUCUUCUAGAAAUUAUAUGAAUAAAACAAAAUGUGCUGGAAUAAUUUGCAAAAUAAUAUUGCAGACAAGUCUGCAGGUUUCAAUGAAUUGUUGCUUUCUGUGAAGUUUUGAUUUCUUCUUUUCCUAACUCUAUAUAAUCUUAAUUAUAUAAUGUUGUGCUAAUUGUAGUCCAAUGUAUGGGCUCCUGUUUGCCAUCCUUUCACUUGCAAGGUGUGUGUAUAUGGCUGAAGGAUCCUGCCAUACACUAAAGGUAGCAAUGGGUCAUUAAAAAAAUAAAAAAAAUAAAAAAUCUCUUAUGUUAAACAAUAGGGUCAGCUCAUUGGCCUAGAUUGUUAACUGAUCUCAACCAAUGAGAUAAGCCCUAAAGUGCCAGGUUUAACUCUGUGCAGAGAGCUUCUGGCUGUCACGGAGAACAGGUGCCCAGCAGACCCGAGGUAAGUUGUCAAACCAUUUGACCAUUUACAUUGGGAUGGCACCAGGGCUCUCUUGGCACGCUGUAGUGGUUAUGAAGCUUGGAAUUAUAAUUUUUAAGGAUGUGCUUCUGUAAUUUCAAUUUCUAUGUGCAAGAAUCCAGCUUAUAUUGAGUUAAUUGUAUUAUUGCCAUUUAUAUAGCGCCAACAGUUUUCGUAGCGAUUUGACACCUUUUUUCUUGAUCUAUAAUGCUGUUAAUCCCAGGAUCUGCAGCUUUUGACUGAAAACUAAUUUUCAACACCUCUGUAAGAUUUUAUGGGUGUGUUGUAUGAUUUAAAGAAGUAUAAAAUUGUACAGCAGCCCAAGACAAGGUUUCAGUUAGUGUCAUUUAUUUAAAAAACAAAAAUGUGAAUGAACCAUUUGUGCUUUAAACCGAGCAAAGUCUCCGGUUGGAAGCUUUGAGGAGAGCUUAUUCGGCAGCAUGUGAUGUCACUUGCAACUGUUGUAUUGCAAUAAAUAAAAUAUAUGCUGCAGGCUGGACGAGUAGGGACAGAUUUGCCAUGGAGAUGUAGUAAAAUAUAUGGGUAUAUGAAAUCUACCUUUAUUAACAGAGAGGUACAUCGAUGCCUUUCCACUCUAGCAAUACACUUCCCAUGUUAUUUUUGCCAGCCAUUGUCUGGAAAUACAGUUUAAUAACUGAGCUAGAUGUCCUUUUUGGCGAUGGUUGAUUGAAAGAACUGGUAGCGAUACAAUGUUCUGAAACAUUUAGUGCACAGAAGGAGUGCAGUGUGAUGCAGUGCUACAUAUUUAAAGUGUUACUCCCAUCAUAAAACACUGUUUUCAAAAACACUGGUUUUGGUUAAAGUAGCCCUGUCUUUGGUGCCCUUACUACCCCUCAUCAUAGGGGGUCACAGAGAAUGGACGAAGGAGAGGACAGAGGGGGUGGGGGCCGUGCUGCCUUUGGCUCUCUUGCCCCAGCAUGCUGUGAGUGCUGACAUCCAACACACAUUUUGCACAGUAUUUACAUUGGCUAAUGAAGCUGCAGAAAGUGACGUUACAGCCUCAGCAGCUAAGGUGUUAUUAUAAUUAUUAUUAAUGGUAAUUAUAUAGCGCCAGCAUAUUCCAUAGCACUAAACAAUAUUAUCAAAGGGGGAGAUUUAACAAUAAAUGAGACAAUUACAAAAACUUACAGGGACAAUAGGUUGAAGAUGGUCCUGCUCAAACAAGCUUACAGUCUUUAGGAGGUGGGGUAUGAAACACAACAGGAUAGGAGGUGGCAAUCAAAUAAGGUGGGAUUGAAGCAGGUAUGGAUUAGUACCUUGAAUUGACACCUACAGGAUACAGGAAGUCAGUGUAAGAACUGACAGAGGGGAGAGUUGUGAGAGGAGCGACAGGAGAGUAAAAUGUCUAGCUGCAGCAUUCAUUACAGACUGUAGCGUGGAAAUACGACUUCUGGGAAGACCUAUUAGGAGAGAGUUACCAUAAUCCAUCCAUACCAAGAGAUUACUAAAGCAUGGACAAACUCCUUAGUGGCAGCCUGCACCCGCCCCUUUCUUAGCAAGAUAUGUUUUUAAGAUGGAAUCUACAGGAUUUGGUAACAAACUGGAUGUGAGGCUUAAAGGUGAGGCCAGAAUCAAAUAUAGCGCCAAGAUGGCAUGCUUGCAAAGAUGGGCUGAUGUGGGUGCCACCAGCUUGAAGGGACAGUGAAAGAGGAGGAUCAUGAUUAGUAGGAAGAAAGACAAGAAGUUCAGUUUUAGAGAGAUUGAGUUUUAAAAAGCCAGAGGACACCAAAUCAGAAAUGGAAGAAAGGUAAGCAGAAACAAGCAGAACGGCAGGGAAGAGGUCUGGGGAGGAGAGUUAUAUCUGGUUGUCAUCAGCGUACAGGUGGUAUUGGAAUCCAAAUGAGGUAAUAAGUUUGCCAAGAGAGGCAGUAGAAUAAGAAAAAAAGAAGAGGAGAAAGUACAGAACCUUGGGGGUUUCCAACAGAAACAGGACAAAGGGAGGAGAUAUCAUUAGAAAAGGAGACCCUGAAUGAGCAUUUGGAAAGAUAGGAGGAAAACCAAGAGAGGACAGUGUCACAGAGACAGAGCGAUUGAAGAGUUUUGAGAAGGAGAACAUGGUCAACAGUGUCAAAGGCAGCAGAGUGGUCAAGAAGCUUUAGUAUGGAGUAGUGCCCUUUGAAUUUAGCUGUGAUUAGGUCGUUAGUGACUUUAAUAAGAGCAGUCUCCGUAUAAUGGAGGGGGCGGAAGCCAGACUGAAGAGGGUCAAGGAGAGAGGGGAAAUUGAGGAAACAAGCCAGACGGGUAAAGAGAAGUCUUUCCAGAAGCUUUGAGGAAAAAGGGAGCAGGGAUAUGGGACGAUAGUUAGAAGGGGAGGACGGGUCAAGAGAUGUUUAUUUUUUUUUAAAGAUGGGUGUUAAUUUCUGUGUGUAGCGUUUCACUGAAACUCUGCACAUACAGUCUUGAUACAUCAUUACAACUUCAAUAAAGUGGUCAUGGUGCUUGGAGUAACCCUUUAAUGUUUUGCCAUGUUCUGGGUAAAACAAAGUUUGUGGUAAAAUGUACCAUUAUGUAUUUAAUUUGCAAACAAGUCUUUGAUUGUUUAAUUUUUAUUACUGAAUUGAGGAGUUAGAGACCAAGAUGUCUGGGAGGACCAGAUGUUUGGUGAGAUAAGUCUAAGGAAUCCAAUAAGUUGGCCAAUCUUAAGUCUAUAUUAUUUGGUCUACGUGCAAAAUUAGAUAAAUAUAUUGAUGUAAACAAAGUAAGACAAAAUUAUCCCUUUGAUAUCCUUUUAAAUGUUAAUAAAAAAGACAUUUGAUUAUUAAAUCGGAACCUGCAUGCUUUUGCUUGUGCAAAGAGUUUAUUCUGCCUCCUGAAUGGUUGAGAGUGGAUGAUGAUUUGGGUUAGUGUUGAUUGACAUUUCACAGUACUCGUAUUCUUUUCCCCAACCAAAACCCAUUUUCAUCCAUUGUGCAGUCCAUCUCCAAACUUGCUUUUCCUCUAAGCCUGGGGUAGACAGUCACAAGGCUUACAUGCUUCAGGAUAUUCUUAUGCUUCCCCAACAUCUGUAGAGCCUUAGACUGCCUGCCCCAACCUUAAGCUAUGCCACUCUAGCAUUCAGAGGUUUUUGUUUGAAUAAUAUAAUAGUUGAUCAUCUAACCCUACAACAUGCUUUUAUCAUAUAGCAUGUUUCCUUUGAACUAGUUCAGUGCUGAUUGACACGUCCAAAAGGCAGCAAUGCCCCAUUGCUUCUCUUCCUUGCUUUGCUUGUAUGUAGACAUUUUAACAAGCGUCUCUCUUCCGCUGUCUGAGCUCGCUGCUUCUCUCUCUCUCUUUAUCUCCUACGCAUGCUGCAGAUGAUACUAACUUCCUAACGGGCUUUGAUAUGCCGGACGAUACAGAAAAAAGGGCUGAUGAUGAAUUUGAUCCUAUUCCAGUUUUGGUAUCCAAAAACUCCCAAGGUAAGCUGGAGAAGGAAAGUAAUAAAUGAUAUUUGGGGGGUGGAUAGUCAAUUAAGGAUACUUGGUGUUCCCUUUCUAAGAACCCUGAAAGGCUAUAAGUUUGUAAAAAUGAAAAAAAUCGUAAAUAUUUUUUUAUUAUAAAGCAGUACUUACUUUUCUCCGGCACCAGCAUGAUCUGAUAUUUGUGUGUGACACUCUAAUGUAACACCUACUUCUAGCUUCCUUCCUUUUUUCCAUUUCCCUCCAAGCAAUAAUCCCUGCUUGGGAAUACUUUACCCCACCGGCGUGAUCCUUCCACAUGUAGCUGAUGCACAAGCCUGAUUGCCAUAGGAUCUGUAUUUGACACUUCAGCUAGUAGUAUAGUCACUGCAACUACAGCACGUUUUGUAGUUGCUGUGCUGUAAAGGAGAAAAACUCCUGUAAGAGGCUUGUUGCUCUACCCUGUAUAUCAAUUGUUGAAAUGCAGUCGACAUUAUUAUUAUUAUUAUUAUUAUUAUUGGCAUGUAAAUAGCAUAAACAUAUUCUGCAACGCUUUACAAUAUUAUAAAGGGGAAAAUGUAACAAUAUAUAAGACUAUUACAAAAUGUUACAAAGCAAUAGGUUCAUGAGGACCCAUCUUAAACGAGUUUACAAUCUAGAGAUAGACCUUUGUUAAGAAGUGAUUGCGAGGUAGGAGUCAUAUAUAAAUUGUUUUCUUACUUUAAUCUGUACAUUUGCUAGCUAAAGUGCUGGAAAGAAACACAUUUCAGUUAGUGUAUCCUUGUACAAUGUUACAUUUUCCUAAAAUGACAAGGAGUAAGCAGGAUCUCUGUUAGGGGGGAUUCAGUGACUUGUGACACUGCCAUUUAUGGGAUACUCAUAAAAAUAUAGAGUAUGCUGAACCCCCCUCCAAUAAUUUACUUUAGAAAGCAAUCUCAAAAUACUGCUGCUUUAACCAUCUGAACAUUGUCCAGCUGUUUAAGGCCUGCAGUUGAUUUUAUUUAUUCUAACUUAUAUGUGGCUGAGUGUGCCUGCAAAUUGCAACCUGUAACUCCACCAUCAUCUGUAGCACACAAUAGAUGUUUAUUUGCAUUUUAUUGCUGAUCCUGUUGCUCAAUAUUUCCUUAUUCUUCUGCUUUUGUCCCUGUCUCUGUUCUCACCAAUAUACUGAACCACUGUCUCUCCCCCUGCUCUCUAGGUCCUCACCCUAAUAACAACAGUGGGAACUCUGAGUCCAGCCUACCAAACAUGACCAGGUCUCUUCUACUGGUGGAUCAGCUCAUAGACUUGUAAACUGCACAAGCGCUAGCAAAAUCCUCCCCUCUCUCCAGAGGAAAAAUACCCUGCAUAUAUAUAUAUAUAGAUAGAUAUAUAUAUGUACAUCUCUUAAUUUUUUAUUUGAUCCUUCCGUGUACAUCAGUAUAGUGUGGAUUUAUUAAGGAGCCUGUGGCUGACUCUGAAUACAUAUCUUUGCGCCUUUCUUGUCUUGUACAACCUGCUUCCAUCUUAAGAAAUAGACACCUAAUAUGAGGAGGACUGAGCAAGAGGUAGAAGGUGGUAGGUGAGAAAGGAAUCCCUUUCUGCUCCAGAUGAGGAUAUAUUGAUGCUCUUUGCUAUUUUUCAUGCAAUCGUUACUCUGUCUUACAAAGACGAAUGUUGAACAUAGAUCAACAAUGGAAAUUGAGAGUAUUCUGAAUUGUAACAACAAGAUAACUUAGCAGCAGCUCGUUUAUUUAAAAGCAACCUAUUUUGGGGGCUCCCAGAGGCAAACUUCCAUCAAGUAAAUUCAAAGGAAACCCCCUGUCCCCAUUAAUUCUGGAAGUUUGAAAAUUUUUCGAAAAAAUAUCAAUCUGUAGAAAGUUAUUUUACAACUCCAAGUGGCCUGUUAUAAAAAGCAAUGCAGAUUUUACUGUAAAAUUAUAUUAUCUCCUUGAUUAUUGUGAUGUAAAAAUCCAGAACAGAGCCAGUCAUGGUACCGUAAUCACAUAGCAGCUGCCAUUGUGGCUUGGAAUGACUACCAAAAUCAAAAGGUUUUGGAUCAGUCAUUACAAUAUCCGGCAGAAACCUUAAUUAUUAUGUACAACAUUCCCAUGAGAUGCUUCAAUUUCACUGAUUAGACUUUGGAUUUUGUACUUGAAGGACUAUUUCCUUUUUUUUUUUUUUGUCUUGUAGCAUAGUACAGUUGCUGUGUGUCUGCAAUGUUACUAGACAGAUGUCCACUGCAUCUUGCAUAUGUGUCAGCAUUUCCAAUGUAAGUUAUGAGGACAAUGUGGUCCCUUUGUUGUAUUUAAAGAAAGAGUUAAUGUUUGCUGCUGUAAAGUUCUCCUGAUUUCGGGAUGUGAAGCGUAUACUAGCUUGGAGCUGAUUUAGAAAAAAUCAUAGAACAUUAAAGGUUACAUGACCUUACUAUGAAUGUAUGAAAUGAAAUGGUUAGAGCAGGGUCAAAAUAAAAUAAAUACAGAUUUAUAAUAUGUGUGAAUGCGGGGUUUGCAUUAAUAACUAAAUGUACAGAGACACAAAUGAGCCGACAGGGUACCCAUUAUAUCAUCAAUGUUGGUUAUUUGUGACUAAAGCAUAUGUCUGUAAAAGAAAUGUAAUGUAUCACAUAUCUUCCUUUUUGAGAUAUACAUAUAAUGCCUGUUUUCGCCUAAACUGUUUAAGCCAUCCUAAUUUUUUUUGGCCCUACAGAAUGAAAUAUAAUGAAAAGUAAAAUAGCACAAAAAUGUCAUCAAUAUAUCCGUAUAUUCUACAGCACGUUUGUGCAAUCAGUUUAACCUUGAAUUCAAUGAAGAUCUUCUAUAAAAUAGCAUUUAAAUAUAGAAAAAGAGUUGGGUGCAAUGCUAUACUAAUCCUCACUUAUAAGUGUUUCUUAGAUUUAAAUUACCGUAAAUAAAAUGAAAAUUCUAGAAGAAAAUACUGGCUCUGCAAAGAGUAAAACAAAAUCUAUAAAAUUCACUUGCAGUAUUUUGCUGACUGAGUGCUAAUAACUGCAGAAUUGGCACUAUGUAUAUUUGAUAUCCAAUAAUCGCAAAUACCUCUGACUAUUUUUCUUUACCUGGGGAAACAUAUCUGCCCCUACUAUGUAUUUUAUUUCCUUUGGUUUCUGUAUUAUUAUUUUAUUUUAUUUUUUGUUAUAUAUAUUUUUUAAAUUGGUGUUUAAAGCUGUAUUGGUGCGUGUAUGUCUCCUGCAAGAAAAGCAUAUUCUAUGUCUGUACAGCGGUUAGUGGGAGCGUUUGAAAUAUAUGUGUAUACUGUGCACAUCAUUCACAAGGUGUACAAAUUGUUAGGGUGGAAUUUAUCUGUUUGUUUAAUGGUUACCCCUCUUCAAUGUGAUGGAGUUUACGUCUGUAAAUAGGACACUCAGUUUUCUGAGUGUUCGAAGAACCUCCUGUAUACACCCGGUUUCUACCUGUGUCCAAUACACAAAUCUUGCUUUCUUCUAUAUCGUAUCAAAUAAUUUGUUCUCUUCUCGAGAGAAUUUAUCAUUGCUGUAGAAAAAAAAACAAACAACUUUAGUGAAGUGAUUGGUAGAUCUUUGACUUGUGUAUAUAUAAAUAUAUAAAUAUAUUUCUGUUAUUUUAGUCCAUUUGCCUUCUCCAGUACAGAAUUAUUGCAGUUCGUCUUUAGGUUUUCAUAAUAAUUAAAGAAAAUAAUGAUAAUGUAAAAAUGACUGGCAUAUGAAUCCUGCACAUUUCCCAAUUGUAUAGUAGAAUCUAUUUCUGUGAAUUAAAGGAUUUUAAAGAAUGGUUUCUGAACUCAGAUUUCACUUUGAUCCCACAUGAUGUUGUACUUGUGUCAAUAGUGGCAUUUUUGUUUCACAUCUGCAAGUGACUUCAGAAUACUUUACAGACAUAGACUGUUACAUUUUUUACAGAAUUUAGUUUGUGAAGUCCAGAAUAUUGUAUUAAAUUAUGAUUUGAAACAAAAUCAUAAACCACCAUAUAACAAUCUGUUUGGGUGAGUAGCUUGUGUGAACUAAAUCUGAUAACUGGGAGCGUGUGUAAAACAUUGCCAGAAGGGUUAACAUUGAUUCAACUUGGCCGGAUCCCCAUUUACCUCUUAAAAAAAUUAAAAUAAUAUUUUUGGUCCCAAAUUUAUUAUAUAUCUAUAUAUUAUUUUUUUUUCUUUUCUUAAUUUAUGUUAUCUUUGUCUUUAAGUAAUAAAAAAUCUCAAAAAUGGAAAAAAAUAUUUUGAAUACAUGAGGCUUUGGGAAAUGGGCAAUCAUCUGUUCUGAGUUGUUUUUUUUUGGGAGGGUGGGGUGGGUGAGAGGGGAGUUAAAGUGGUUUGACAAAAAAACAGAUGGACAGUUCACAGUGAGUCCCUUUAGCAUAAACACUAUAAUACACUUAAGUGAUUAUGGAGCUUAAUAUAUUGAAAGUACUUUUUUCAAUCCAUACACAGUUAUGGAAAGGCAUCACAGUAUUUAGUGGACAUUUAAACAUUACAUGAUCAAGAGGCAUAAUUAGAUUAGUUGAUGUCCAAUGCACACAUUAUGAAACAACAAAUGGGAUUCUAGAAAGAAAAAUAGUGGAGGAAAAACAAAAGUGAAGGAAAUUGUGGAUUUUGUACACUGAAGAGGAGGUGGUGCCCUUAGUCCACAAGAAAGUCAUGGUCUCCUGAGUCAAAGAGUCUACAAACAGCAGCCUAGUUGAGCCAUGUGUAAUCAAUUAGGACUUAGAAGUAGAGAUAUAUAAUGUACUAAUCCUGUUGUUUAUGCCCCCAUGUGCCACUAGAUGGCACCAUAGGGAAUAAUUAUAACUUCCAACAGUUGUUUUGUUUUUUGCUUAAAAAAAAAAGCACAUUCUUUGGUUAAAUGGUCUCUGUAAGCAACAAACUCCUUCAGCUGUCUGAAGUAGUAAUGGUGCAAGGUUCAUAUCAUAGCACACUCGAUUUUCAAAGCUUCUGAGAUAAUGAACUUUGAUUUGAAAUGUGUAGCUUAAAGAGACACUCCACUGCCAAAUUACAAAAUAAAUCAAAAUCACUGUUUUGUAGAUACACCCCGAAUAAAAAAAUUAAUAUACAAUUUUUCAUUGGAGUUCUAUCUAAAAACAGCUAGCAAAAACUGCAUAUCUCGUCUGCUGCCUUUGCAAGCCCUCCCCUUCUAACACCGCCUACAUGUUCUGUGGCUUUCCAAUCACAGACUUCGAAAACUGCAGCUCAAUGAGACGUCUUAGCAAGGCAGGUGCCAUGGGCUCUUGCUGCCUCUGGAGUUUAGCUUCACUGAGCUAACCAACCAGGAAGUAACAUAACCUGUUUUAUGCUUGAGAAGCCAGGAGGUGUAACAAGUAUACUUUAUAAAAGUGAAAAUUUCUAUUGAAAUCUGUCCUAUUUCUAAAAUUAAAAAAAGUACACAUUUUUCACACAAAGCUUUUCGGCAAGCUAAAAUGCUUUAAGGGUCUGGUGUGUCCCUUUACCAUUCACUUGACCGAUAACAGGCCAAUUUGCCUUGUUGAUACAUUUCGUUCUAGUCUUAUACACAUCUUAGGGUGAGCUCUAGUUCGUUUUUCUCAAGGUAAUGAUUCAGUGGCACGCAGAGGGAGGAUUGUUCACCAAUCGCUUUAAAAUCUUUACUGUAGAUAUUUGCAAACUGCACUUUUAGUGAUGUUCAUCCAGAAUGUAACUGAUGGCUACUUGAGUACCAUAUAGAAUGUGUUUCACAAACACCUGCAGUACAAAAGAAUAGGUAAAAUUUAUUACACACAUGUACAUUGAUAGGUUGGUGGUGUUGCUAUCCCUGACAGUAAAUACAUGUAGAACAGUGAUUCCCAAACAUUUUAAUGGCACCCCAUUUCCAUAAAUUGUACCCCUCAUAUUUGCAAAAUGUUUGUUGCUGUUAUUUCAAAUUUAUAUGCUUUUCUCUGCCCCAGACUCCCUGUUUUUCUGCCCCAGGCUCUCCCUGCUUCUCAUUGUGCAGAUAGACAUACCAACACAAAUUCAGAUAAACCGACACACAAAGUAACACAUCUCCACAUACACAGAUACAGACUCACAAAAAUGUACAAACACACAGAUCCAUGCAAUGACACACUCAAACAGAUACACACUGACACACACGUGGAUACAUAGACAAACAGAUCCAAAAACACACACAUACAGAUAGUUACAAACACUGACAAACAUGCAGAUACACACACAUUGACACACAUACAGAUGUACAGACACAUUGAUUCACAUACUGGCAAACAUGCAGGUGCACAGAUACAAACACUGAUAUACAUGCAGAUACAAACACCGACACGCAUACACAUACACAGAUUCAAACACUGACACAUAUACAGUUGUACAGACACACUGCUACAUAUCCUGACACAUACAAACACAGAUACAGAUAGACACACAGGCUUACAUAAAGAUGCAUCAACUGCCACGUAUACAGAUGUACAGAUACAAACAAUGACACACAUGCAGAUACACAGACACACGGGUGCAAACACUGACACACAUACAGUUGUAAAGACACACAGAUACAAAUGAUGACACACUCACACUGAUACAAUAACAAACAAACACGCAUUCAGAUACACAGAUACGUACACUGACACACAUGCAGAUACACACAGACAUAAUGACACAUGUAGAUAUACAGACACACAAACACUGACACACAUGCAGUUGCACAGGCACACUGAUGCACAUACUGACACACAUGCAGAUACAGAGAUGCAAACAUUGAUACACACACUGACUUACAUAUUGAUACUGAUACAGACAUACAGCUACACAUACUGACACAUACAGAUGUACAGAUACACAUUGCCUCACAUGCAGAUACAUUGAUGCAAAGAGUUGCACAUACACACUGAUACACACACUGACACACAUACAGAAGUAUAGAAACACAGAUACAAACACUAACACAAAUACAGAUGUACAGACAAAGAUACAAAUAUUGACACAGAUACACACACUGGCACACAUACAGAUGUGCAUAUCCAAAUACUGAAAUGCAUGCAGAUGCACAUAUAUACUGAUACACAUGCAGAUAAACCGAUCCAAACACUGACAAACAUACAGAUGUACAGACACACAGAUCCAAGCAAUGAUAGUCACACAGAUACAUAUACACACAGAUACAAACACUGACACAUAUACAGUUGCACACAGAUCCAAGCUACAUACACACUGAUGCACAUACAGAUGCGCACACAGAUGUAUAGAUGCACACUUCCAUACAUGCAAAUACAGACAAAGAUGCAAGCACUGAUACAGACACUGAUGCACAUGCAUAUGCACACAGCAUAUACAGAUACACAUACAGAUGUAUAGACGCACACUUCCAUACACGCAAAUACACAGACUCAGGUGCAAACACUGACACACAAGCUGCACAGACACAGAUGCAAACACUGACACACAGCUGCACAGACACUGCAACUUCUAUCAUUAUGAAAUGAUUGCAUAAUGAUACAAGUUGCAAAGACACAGAUUCAAGCACUGACACACAUACAGUUGCGCACACACACACUGACGUACAUGCAGAUACACACAAACACAAUUCAGGUCACAAUUCUAGCCACCCUCUAGUUUCUUAACUUGUAGGUGCUGGAGUAUGGCUUCCAUGGGUGGGGCUGAUGGGUGUUAGUCUCACUCCUCCUCUCCCUCCCUCUUGUAGCUCCCCGUCCCGUGCAGCAGAUUCUAUUUGAGCUGGGAGGAAGUAGCCAGCCUACUCACCUCCUCUGGCACUCCGUGCAGGUUAAAAGGGACCCGGUCACGCUAUUAAAGCGCCCCAAUGCGUGUCCUGGCCCCAGGUGGCACUAAGUGCACGGGCCACCCGAUGGACCUUCACAUUUGCGGUUCCCAGCCCGUGCGGCGGCUAGCACCGCGGCCAUUACUAAAUUAUAUUUUUUGUUCUUGUACUCCUGGGGGUAUGCGUACCACGGAUUGGAAACCCCUGAUGUAGAACAUUGACCUUAAAAUAAAAAAGUAAGAUAAGAGCUAAUUGAAAAUAAAAUCUCAAGCUUGCCAUUUGAACACAUGUUGAUGCCUGUUUGAUUUCUUUCUAUCCUUUGUUACCUUUGUGAGUAAACUAGAUAUUUACAAGCAUGCAACCCAUCCAUGCUGGAAACUCUUAGGUCUAUAGUGCAGUUAGUUUCAAACAGUUUGCCAUGGCAAACUGGCGUGCCACACACCACUUAAUGUGUGCCAUGGACACUCUGACUUCAGGGCUGUGAUUGGUUGAAUGCAACCCUGAAAAUGUGUUUUAUUGGUUUUUUUUUUUAAAUUAGUCUCAACCUAGGAAUUUGGAUCCAAUCUGGCAAUUAAAAAAAGCAUUGUCACAUUUCAGUAUUUCAUAAUGAUACAAUUUUUGUAUAGAAUUGAAAGCCGUCUGAGCACUCCAAAGGUUCAAUGCAAAGGCAAAUUUUUAUUGCAGCAGAUGCAAUGUUUAAAUUGAUGAUGCAGUGAUGAAAAUGAUUAAAUACUGAUUCUGACUGCGUUGAAAUUUCACUGAAUUUCCAAACCAAUUUAAAGAUUCCAUCAGAUAAAGGGGUCUCGCAGGCUCUUCCAUAGACCUCAGUGAUAUACUCUCACGCGUUCAUAAGAGUACAUCACUGACGCAGCCUCAGGAUGUGAAAUGGCUGCACAGAGAGAAGGUGUGUCUAGAGACCGUUUCAGGUAAGUACAACUGUAUUCCCCUACACUACGCAGCCACCAGACCAUCGCCGGAGAUGUCACUUCUGGGGGUGUUUGCAAAAUAUGCAAUGUCCCCAAAAAGUGACAGAUUUGCUUUAAUUAAAAUGAAUAAGGUUCUCUCUCUUAAGGCAUCCAUCAACAUUUAGAAGAUGCCAACGAAGGUAAAAAGAAAAAUGUAGUUGUUCCUUAAAAAUAUUUCUCUUAUUGAAGUGUGCCUUGGUCCAAAAUAGACCAGGAACCUCUGCUUUAGUGGACAUAAUGAGACCCUAUUAAAUUUGCUAUUAAUAUACUUGAUUUAAUUUGAUGUGCAUCCUGCUGUAAUGGGCUAUAGGUUCUAAUAAUCCUGAUAUUGAAUCUUCUCCGGAUAUAUAAUUUAAAGGGAUACUAUAGGCAUCAAAACAACUUAAGCUUAACAAGGCGGAUUGGGUGUAUAGGUCAUGCCCCUACAGUUUCACUGCUUGAUUCUCUGCCAUUUAGAAGUUAAACUAGCUUUGUUUCUGUUUAUGCAGUCCUAGCCACACCUCCCCUGACAGUGACUCCCACAACCUGGAUGAAAAAAAGUGUUAUUUUCAAUCACAUGUUAACUUGCUUUAGAAGUUUUUAUCUCAUGUUCUGUAAAUUGAACUUUGAAUAUCUAGGUUCCUUUUCAGGAAGUGUUUCGGAAGGCUGUGCAAGUGGGGUGUGGGUGGGACUGUAUAAACAAAGGGAUUUAACUCCUAAAUGGCAGAUAAUUGAUCAGAGAGAGUGCAGGUGCAUGGUCUACACCCCAAAACCGCUUCAUUAAGCUAAAGUUGUUUUAGUGCUUAUAGUAUCUGUAACCUAUACAUUGUGCAGGUGGUAUAUGAUUAUCUAACAUUGCUUACAUGCACACUUUAAUACAUUUAAGACUGAAUACAGAUAUGCAAGGUUAUUUUAUUAUUUAGCUUAAUUUUUUAAAUGUAAUUUAAAAGACUAAAACAAUACAUGCUAGGGUCUUUCUUAUCUCUUGGAAAUUGUUUUUAAUAAUACUUGACAGUGGUUUUUUUUACCUCCAGUUUUUUAUUUUUUUUUACUUUGACUUUAAUCAUUUUAUUGAUGUCACUAAUUCCACUAGCUUGCUAAUAUUUCCCCCAAGGUAAGCCAUGUUAAUUGUACAUACGUGCAAUUAUAACUGUUUAUUGUAUGUGUAAAUCUAGUAUGGAUUUAGUAUGGACAUGUAGGCAUGUGUGUAUCUGUGUUAGUAUGUGUGUAUAUGUGUGUGUAUGUGUGUGUGUAUAUAUAUACACACAAUCUCAUUUAUGUGUCUAUAUGUUGAUAUAUUUAAGAAAGACUCAUGAACUGUACAGUGACUAGAUUUCUCCUGCUAGGGUAAUUAAGUAAGGACCAUAAUUUAAUGUUGAUUCAAAAUGUUCUUGUACAUAAUUGGUUAAAUGGUCUUAAUAUAGUAAUGUGUUUCACUGUAUUACUUUUUUUUUUAACAGUUUGUAUAUUUGUGUAGGUAAUAUUGCAAAGAAUGUAAGGCGUUAUUUUUUGCAUUGUUAUAGGUCUUCAGCGAGAGCCUCAAACGUUUCCACUUGGAAGUGAUGUGCAUCAAAACAUCCUCGGUUCUGCAGGAUAUCCAGUGUCUGUUGAUAGUACCCAUAUUCUAGAGUUAAAGACUGAUACUCCAUCAAAGGGGCCCUCCAGUAGCAGUUCCAUUCAUAGUAGUGAAGGAGAAGGCACUGAUCAUGAAUCAGAUCUGUUGGACUGCAGCGGGUCAAGACCUCUGUUGAUGGAGUCUGAUGAAGAAGACGGCUCAAAGAAAAUCAACAAUGCAGUAUUUGAAAUUUUUUCCCAAGAGACAAUUACUACCCUGAACUCCCAAGUGCACAAUUUAACAAAAGUGGUGACUUUGGGAUCUGCAGAAGGGUCUGCACAAGAUAUAAAUAUCUUUGCAACUGCACCCUUCAUAGGUUCAAAGGUACCCCAAGACGACUCUGAUAUUUUUACCAAAGCUCCUUUUGUGGCUAAAUCAGCCUCUACAUUGGGCCAGAAUGAGGAGCCUGAUGUUUUUCUUAGAGCUCCUUUCUCUAGGAAGAUAAGCAUAGAAGAAGCAUCUCCAAACAUUUCACCACAUGCUGUUCCAUCCCUUGUAGCCCUUGAUGUGGCAUCGGUAGGUAAUGCUACAUUCCGAAACGUAGACUCUGCAGUGGGCACACCUUCGAUGAAGACCUCUUAUACCACUGGAAACCUCUACGCACAUUCCAGCAGAAUGACAGAUACAACAGAGUCCUCUCUGUUUACAAAUGCUUUAAAGUGCCCACCCAGUGCAGAAAAUCACAGGAUCCCAGGAUCUGAUGUUUCACCAGAAACUGUGUUUGGGGCUGUUGUCACAACACCUUUUCGUCCUCAGUCAUUGUCUAAGUAUUCCCGACACUACAGUCCUCAAGAUGGACAAAACAUGGAUGCUCAACCCAUUGCUGCUUACAAAAUAGUGUCUCAGGCUGCAAAAGUCUCUGUUGCUGGAUCUGUUCCCAUCCCCUCUAUAACUUACAGGACUUCAGAAACUUCCAGCUCUGAUCCAUUUGAUGCUGCACCCUUUCCUUCAAAAUCUGGCAGACAGAAUCCAUAAAAUGAAUUGUGGUGAUGAUGGCUGUAGUUCUUCUAAACAUUCGCAAAUAGAAUCCACUCCGGAAAUGGUCCCCAACCUGUCAAUUUAUUUGGAAGCCAGUGCACUUCCUGUGUAGUACUUUCAAUGAAUAUUAAUGUUUACAAAUGAAGAUCCAAAGUUUUAUUAGUUUUCAUUUUUCUCUCUCUGUCCUCUUGGCAAAGGAAGCAAUCAGGAGAAAGCUUACUUUUUUCUUUUUUUUUUUUAUUCACUUUCUUUACUCAGUGCAGGGAAAACUGAAACCUGUUGCCUUACGUCAUCCAUUUUGUAGGAUUUGAGUUAGUCGUUUAGUUUUUAAUUGAGAAGUAUUCCAUAAAAUAAACAGCUUUGAUUUGUAAAUAUUAAUAUUCCAUUAUUACCCUGUUCCUGCUAUUACCUGGCAUGUUGAUAGAGCAGGGAUGUCAGUAUAUCUUCUCAUUUUUUGAUGAAGCUCUAUAGGAUCGUUGGUUGUUUGUUUCUUUCCUUUUUUGUGUUGUCUGCUCCUUUAAGUAUAUCAAGCACUUAUAUUGCCCAGCUAGGACAGUGCUUAAAGGGACACUCCAGGCACCCAGACCACGUCUGCCCAUUGGAGUGGUCUGGGUACCAACUCCCACUACCCUUAACCCUGCAACUGUAAUUAUUGCAGUUUUUUAUAAACUGCAAUUAUUUCCUUGCAGGGUUAAGUCCUCCUCUAGUGGCUAACUACUAGACAGCCACUAGAGGGCACUUACGCGUUGAUAGCAAAGAGGGCACUUCCGCGUUGAUAGCAUGCGCAUUAGGUUUCCUCAGCCAGCGGCGGGAUCAGCCUCGCCCACCGGCUGACGCGAUUACUGGGAGGAGCGACGCUGACCCGAAACCACCGCCGAGGGACAUUGGCGGGGUCUCAGGUAAGUGACUGAAGGGGUUUUCAUCCCUUCAGCUACCUGGGAUGGGGGAUGGGAGAUGGGAGGGAGAGGGUACCUGCAGUGCCAGGAAAACGGAUGGUUUUCCUGGCACUGGAGUUUCCCUUUAAAUCAUUUUUUUCCCAUUUUAUUUCCUUUUCUUAUUUGUAGAUCAAAAUAAGUGUUACGGUUGGGUCUUAGAUUUUGAGGUGCCUUAUUUAUAGAGAUGGAACAGUUUGUCCUAAUAUUUUCAGAUUAACGUAAAUUGAAAACCCAGUGGCAAACUGCCAAAAUAGCAGAGUCGGAAAUAGCUCAGUUUAAAAACAUUUUUUCAACUAAGCUAUUUUAGCCUAAAUUCUGCAACUUAUAUAUAUAGUUCUCACUGCUUAGUGAGUUAAGAUCUAAAUAUGGGAUGCCGGAGAUCCUGAAAAUGUGAUAACUAUUAAUUUCAUCUCAAUCGUAGGUUUUUAUUGCCAUUCUCAUUGUAUAUGUGCUAUUUCCCCUCUAGCCAAUGUUUUAAUAUAUUAAUAGCACUUGAAAAAUGAAGUCCUGAGUAGCACAAUGUGGAUUCCAUUCUUCUACACACUCAACGUACCCAACAAUAUAAAACCUGUUUCAGUUGGAACAACGGAGUGACAAUGUAGCAGCUUCUUAGACUUUAUGUAUGUAGUUCAAUGUGUAACAUGCAUGUGCAUGCAUAUACUGUAUGUGUAAUGUAAAUUACAGCUGAAGCCGAAAGCAAUCUCCUGCCAUCAAAUCUUUCUUGUAUGUCAUGGACAAAUCAUCAUUUUGGACACGUCCCAGAGAAGUAUAUACAUAGUAGCAUUUCUCUAUACAUUGAGAACUAUUGCAACUUCAUCUUUUUCAGAAUCAUAUCUUUCAUAUAACUCCUAAUAUGGGGAGAGGGAAUAUAUUUUUUAAGGACAGUCCGGGUAAGCAUAGUUAUUGCUACUCUCUGAUGGAUAUUAGUUUCUAAAACUAUAUUAUCUGAGUAUGUUUACCUAGGUUUAUAGCAGAUCUGAAGGUAUUCAUGAAAUAAAAGGACACAUUUUCUUUAACUAUCUGCUAAAAUUAAGAGCCAGGGAUUUAUUAGUCAAAAAUUUGCUGUUGACUAUAGAUUUGAACUUUGCAAAUCAAUUAGCUAAUUGAAUGUGUACCAUAUCACUUAACACUUUUUUCAUUUCUUUCAGUUUACUUUAACCCACUAUGAUUAUCAUUUGGUUCAGUUUCUUCAAGUUCCUACAAAAAGUUAUUGAACAAUAAGUCUCACCUUCAACAAAACGUGUGAUUAUUGGAGGUGACUCCUUUCUUGUGUAGGUUUAGCGAGUGUAAAGAGAUUCGGUAACUAAAGGGCAUACAACAUUGGCAGACUUGCACUGUUAUGUAACUGACACUUAUGUGGAAUUAACAAUAUGAGUACACUUAAAUUGAGUGUAAGUCCUUUAUAACAGGAGUGGUCAGCCUCAUCCUCUAUCUGGUACUGAACAGUGUUCCAGCAUAGCAGAGAAUUUUGUAAAUUACAGUUCCAUUAACAGACACCAGAAUACUUGUUGACCACUUCUAUCCAUCUGUCUUUCUCAAUUCAUGAAUUAUAAAGAAUGUUCUGCAUAUAUUAGUGGUGUGUGCGUAUAUGUAUAUAAUACAUGUAGAUUAUAGGUGUGUGUGUGUAUACACACGCACAUACAAAAAGACGUUGCACUUUAGUCAAGUAAAUAAAUGUUACAUAUAUUUUAGAAAUCCCUUAAGUCCUCCACUUUAAAGAAAAAAAAAAUAGCCUGGCCAUCUCCCAUCUUGGAUGAUGUGUUGCCAUUCAACAGCUGGUUGCAUUGUUCUGUAGAGUAGGAUCAUACUGACCAAAUUAGUCGCCUGUUUCACAUGACAGAAAAACAAAACCUGUAAAACAAGACUUUGUGCAUUAUUUUGGUGUUUAAAAAUGAUUUGAACAUUAAUCAAAUCAAAAUCAGUUCUGCGUCACCUCAUCUUGUAACAAAGAAUAAGUUAAAAUAGAAGAUAAAUGAAUCACUAUUGGUGUGGUAUUGCUAUCCUGUAAAUUCCAAACCUAUUAUUUAUUGGACAUUUGUAAUCUAGUGUGGCUUUGCUCUGUUUUGGUGAGAUAAACUGUGGAAUGCCCUGUCAAUAUACUCGGAGCUGUGGCACCUUCUUCUUUUGCCGUUAGCUUGUGGACUGCUGCUUCUUCCAUCUGAGAGGAACUUGAAGAAACAUGUUGGUUAAAACAUAAUAAAAUUUCAGUUGCUGAAUUAAA